GGGGAGGGAAUGUAGGAUACCUUAAAACAUGCCAUGCUAAAACAGAUUAAAAUUUACAUCUCCAUUUCUAAACAUAAAACACGCCAAAAGUCGCUCGCUUUUCCAUCUAUUUAUUUAUUUAAACAAACCAACCAACCAACCAACCAACCAACCACUAGUUGAGCUUCGUGCGCCACUCUACCCUCUCCGCCCCUCACGUCUCUCUAUGUGCAAGGUUAGUACAUUACUGGACCUGGGGAGCAGCCCACGGAGCGCCCCCGCCCCCAGCAGCUGCUGAACUACAACUCCCAUCAGCCCCAUCCAUCACAGCCCUCGCCAAAGGAGGAAGAAAGGCAACAAAGGCUGCCGGGAGCUGUAGUUCAGCCGGGGCUGGUUCGCGAUGGCCGGCGCCGUUCUCGCGAGAAGUCCGACGCGAAGCCGGGCUGCCGGCUGCUGCCGCUGGAGAAGAAGGGAAGGGAUGAGGGGAGGGGCCCACAGGCGCGCGAGAGGCCGCGAGUGACACUCUCGCUGUGAGGAGGCUCCUCGCAAGAUGUCGGCUCUGGCCGUGGCGACGGCGGCGGCUGCCACCGCGGCGGCCGUGACCGCGGCGCGCUCGGAGAAGCCCAGCAGCCCGGGCUCGUCGAGGGGCUUCUACUUCAACACGGUGCUGUCUCUCGCCCGCUCGCUGGCCGUGCAGAGACCCGCUCCGCUCGAGAAGGUGAGGGAAGGAGGCGCUGCCCAAGGCGACUGCCCGCUGCUCCCUGUUACCUCAGGGCUGGGCUGGGGGGUCUCGCUUACGUCACCGCGUACGGCGUAGGUGCGGGGGCGGGUCUACGCUUCGCUCCUUGGACGACUUGCUUACGUUAUUUCGUUUCAUUCCCUCAUAUUUGAUUUGCAAAACAACCACCGCAACAGAAAGUGCAACACCUUUAAUAAUAAUAAUCAGUGCUUUUUUACUCUCAUUUUCCCCCCCAAUUUUUUUUAUUGAUUUUCACAAAAUUAUAGACACACAAACAAAUAAACGAACAUAAAUCAUAACCUUAUUAAAACUAAUCUUAUUAACAUUGUUAAGUGACUUCCUCGUAUCCCCCUAGUUGAAUUUCAUUGCAUAUCCUUUUAACGGUUUUCCAAAUCAAAAUUCUUAUAAACUUAACUUAAUCACUUAACAUCUUUCUUUCUUACAAAUUCAGCAUUAAACAUAUUAAUUCAUCACAUUACAGAUUUAAAUCCUAAGCUUAUCUGGUAAUUGCAAGCUUUUUCCAAUUAAUUUAACUUAACGUAUUUAACUAAGUCAUCAUUAAAUUUCGUCCAUUCUUCCUUCUGGUCACGGACUCUUCCAGUCAGGUCGGCUAGCUCCGAAAAAUCCACCAUCUUCAUCUGCCAUUCUUCCACAGUUGGUACUUCUUGCGAGGGCUACUCUCAUUUUGACUCAAAGAAAAAUCACCAUUUUAUAGUUCAAAUCAGGAAAAGUAAAUACAGUAAAUGGGCAAAAGUACAAAGAUUCACAAAAUGUUUAGGGGUUUGCGUACCCCUGCAUCCCUCCAGAAAAAAAGCACUGAUAAAAAUAAUAAUUUCAAGACACGCCUAAAGAAUUGCCUCAAGUUUCCUAGACCUCUGAUCUGGGUAGGCUUAAGCCUUAAGUAAGGAUCUUUCCUGGCCAAAAAGAGGGCAGUGAAGAAAAAGGUGCCUGAUUCGGAUUAAGUUGAUGGAUUAUUAUGCCGAAAUGGCAAAAAAAGGGACCGGAAGAAUCAGAAAUCAGGAAGCCCAAAUUUUAAUAAGGCAUGGGAUGGAAUUUAUAAUUUAUCUUUAAAAAAUCAUUGCAAACAGUUAAAAUCGUUAUUAGGAUUGGAAUAACACUUGUAGUUAAAUGGUGAAUUUUGGAUAAAAGAUUUGGAUGUGGGAAGAAAUGACUAACAAUGGGAGGACCCACAAAGGGGAGGAGGGAAGUCCAGGAGAUUCUGUUGGAAUUUUUAUGAUGUAUGUUGGAUAUGUGGUUCUAAAACUUUUAAUUCAAAAAACCAAAUAAGUAAAUUUAUUAAAAAUAAGAAAAGGUUCCUGCUUGAUCUCUGUAGGCGGGAACUCCCCGCCUUGGCUGCAGGGGUGACAACUUGAACGAAAUGUUGGGGCUCCCAGGUAAAACCCUUGCCCCACAUAAUGGAUCGAUGGCAAUGGCCAUCAACUUUGGGAAGGGGGUGAGGAUUGGCUCCUACGGCCAGCUGGGCUCUUACAAAUGUGGGAACAGGUAUUACCAGUAUGUGGCACCUAUGGUGGGGGCCGGCUCACGAGGCAAGGUGAGGUGACUGCCUCAGGCGGCAGGAUCCGUAGGGGCAGCGGAUCCUGAUGUCUGUUGCUCUUCAUGUAGAUCUUCACUCGCCCCUUUUCCCCUGGUGGGGAGUGGGGCCACUGUUUUGUGGUUUGCCUCAGGUGCCGAAAUGUCUUGGGUCCGCCCUGCCUGCAGUGGUGCCAGUUCUGCCUCCAAAUGAGGCAGAUCUCUCUUUUUAAAAUAUAUAUAUAUAUAUAUAUAUAUAUAUAUAUAUAUAUAUGCUUUUCAGGUUUCUACAUUUCACUCAUUUUACAAUCGUUUUAACAUUUCAAAACUUGACUUCCUUCUACCUCUUUCUGCAGUUCCUUAUAUUUAUUUUUAAUAUCUUCUGCAUAUCCAAAUCAACUUACCAUAUUUUUCCGUGUAUAAGACUAGGUUUUCUCCCUAAAAAAUAAUGUCAAAAAUUAGAGAGGCGUCUUAUACACGGAUAUAUCUCUCCCCCCCCCAUUUUCUUAAAUCUGAGUCCCACCAAAUAGGGGGCAUCUUAUACAUGGGGGCGUCUUCUAGAAGAAAAAAUAAGGUAAUUUGCUCAUUUAUUCCCCCACUUUAAAUAUAUUAUACUCUUUUAAAACUGCAGUUUAUUGCAAUAAUAAGGCAGGUUGAGUGGGCACAUGCGAUCUCGUAGGUAAAUUGGUCCCAGUUUGUUAAGCUUGUGCACUGGUUUUCUCUGGCAAGUACAGCUGGAUAUUUCAGGGAGGUGAUGGUGGAAGAGGAUGAUUUCUUCACCAUCUACCACAAGGAUUGCCUGGUCUAGGAAAGUUGUUAUUCCUUUACCAUUUAGCAUUUUCCACUAGGAUUCCCUGGACAGGAUUAUUCUUCUCAUUUUAAACAUAAUUUCAAAAUCAUAACCCCAAGAACUGCCACUCCUUGUUGUGAAUGGGGAUGGAGAAAUAAAACAGUGAUAAUUCUGAAAUGGCGGUAAGGAAGAUGAUAGUAGCAAGAUGCUUAUUGUGAUAUUUUACUAUCAGCGUUUAACCACAAUGAUUGCCUAAUGUAAGGGUUAUUAUUUUUUAAUAUUAUAUUUAAUGUAAGAAUAAUCCUGAGAUGCGGUAAUCCUUUGGCAAAUGGUGAUGGUGAAAUGUAACAGCGAUCAGCCUGAAGAUAAUAAUUAUAAUAAUUUUACUAUUACUAUUUCUUCACUAUUUGUCGCUGGGAUUGUGUUCCUUGUAGCAAAUGUUUAUGAUGAAAUAUGGUAGUGAUAAUAACCCUGAAGUAAUAAUGUGCCCAUUCAAUCACCACUAGGAUUGCUGGGUCUCAGGAUUCUUGUUCUUAUUUUUGAUUUUAUAUAUCUUAAAAAAUAGCCCUGAGACUUAGUGAUCCUGUUGGGAAAUAGUGAUGGUGAAAUAUAAUAGUAGCAAUCCUGAAAUCAGGUGGUUCUUGUGGUGAUGGUGAAAUCGUAUUACAAAUGCUAAUCUGGAGGCCUGACAAUUCCUGUAGUUAAUGAUGAUGGGAAAAAUUAUAAUAUUGAUUUUUUUAUUGUGACUGUACAGUCAUACCUCUGGUUGCGUUCGCUUCAUGUUGUGGAUUUUUGGGUUGCGAAUGGGGCAAACCCGGAAGUGUAUACUUCCGGGUUUCGCCACACAUGCAGAAGCGAUCUGCGCACUUCACGCAUGCACAGAAGCGCUCUGUUACGCUUCAUGCACACGCAGUAGCGGCACUCUACUUACGGACUUUUCAGGGUGUGAACAGCACCUCGAAAUGGAUCACGUUCGUAAGUAGAGGUACCACUGUACUUUUCUUUUAUGUCAAUCGCUCUGGAAUUUUUUUACUGCAGGGUAGUGUAGAAGUAAAAGUAAUAUACAAAUCCCCAAGACCUUGUGGUAAACGAUGAUAGUAAAAUAAAUAAUAUUAAAUUUCACCAUAGUCACUGUCGGUUGGAAUUGCUAGGUUAGGGGAAAUAAUAAUAAUAAUAAUAAUAAUAAUAAUAAUACAGUAAUCAUAAUAGUAAUAAAAUUUUAUUUAUACCUCGCCCUCCCCAGCCGGAGCUGGGCUCAGAGCAGCUGACAUCAUAUAAAUAAUACAAUAUACAUAAAAAACAAGCAAUCAAUCAAUUCAAAUGCAUCCCAAAAUUAAUUCAAAUGAAUUAAAAUUAAAGUUAAAACUGAACAAAUGACAAUCCUCAGGUUAAAACUGAAAGUGGUUAAUACUCGCCAGGACCAACUGUUACCACGGAUAUUAUAAGGACCUGUGAGCGGGCUGAGAAACCUCCUUCAUGCUUGUUCUUAUACAAAGAGAAAAUGAGUCAGACUGAACCCUGACCAAAGGAUAGUCGUCUGACACAUAUUAACAACUCUCUUAAUUGUCUGUCAGUCUUUAGGCUGUCCAAACUCAUGCACAAGAGGGUGGUACUGGCAUACUCAACUAUUAUUAUUUUUUGAGGGGGGUGAUGACUGAGCAUGUUCAGUGGGUGUGGAAUUCUGGCUAAUUAUUGGGGGAAUGGAAAACAGUAGUAUUGUAAGGUAUUGUACAUGCUGUAACAUUUUAUUGCAGGUCCCCCAUAAUAAAAAUAAAAAUAACAAAAUUGAGAUUUGGCAAUCCUUGUGGUAUAAGAUAAUGACAAAAGCAGCUUUCAAAGUGGGGUGGAGCUGCUACAAUAGCUUCCAAGUUCCUGGCAGGUGAGCUGCUGUUGCUUAUUGGGAGAGGGAGGUGUGAGGCGAUGGGGAGAUCAGCAUGACAAAGACACCAGCAGCAAUUCCACAUUGGCUCCACCAGACUGUUUGCACGGUGCCCGCCUCCCUGCCACUUCACCUCUCGCCCUCCUGGCAAGCCAGUUUAGUGGUAGAUCUGCCUCACCUGGGUGAUGAAAUAGUAUAUGUUGUCAAUAAUUUAUUCUAUUGUCAUCAUUUAUCACUUAGAUUGCUAGGUCACAGGUCAUUGUUAUAUUUCACAGGAUCUGACCCAUCCUCAUGGCAAGAGACGAUGCCUUUAGAUGCCAUUUUGCCAUUAGGAUUAAAAGAUCUGUGGGUUUGACUUGAAAUUUCAGGGUUUUAAUAUUCAUCCUCCGGACCUGCAAGGCAAGGGCUAAACUAUUAGACUGAUGUCGGGAUUACUGAAUGUAUUUGAACUGCUUUGCUGGCUUGGUUUGUAUUCUUGUUCACCACUACAGCUGCCAGGUUUCAGGGUUUUUGCUGGUGGUUGUUGUUGUUGUUGAUUGCCCGGAAACUGAGGUCCAGCGCUGAGGGCCUUCUGAUGGUUCCCUCGCUGCGAGAAGCCAAGUUACAGGGAACCAGGCGGAGGGCCUUCUUGGUAGAGAAACGCCCUCCCACCAAAUGUCAAAGAGAAAAACAACUACCAGACUCUUAGAAGACAUCUGAAGGCAGCCCUGUUUAGGGAAGCUUUUAAUGUUUAACAGACCAUUGUCUUUUAAUAUUUUGUUGGAAGCCGCCCAGAGUGGCUGGGGAAACCCAGCCAGAUGGCCGGGGUAUAAAUAAUAAUAAUAAUAAUAAUAAUAAUAAUAAUAAUAAUUACUGUGUUUCUAUUCCCCCGUUACUCCUUAGAGUGGCAUAUAUGGUGCUCCCCCUCUCCGUAUUAUCCUCACAACAGCCCUGUGAGGUAGGUUAGGCUGUGAGUUGGUGGCAAACCUAGAGAGCUUCAUGGCUGAGUGAGGAUUUGAACCCUGAUUUUCCAAGUCCUAGUCUGACCCACUUACCUCUACUCCACAUGGCUUUCUUGGGAGUCGUAAGGGAAGGGAACUUGAGGGGAACUUGUGGCCCUCCAUAUGCUCUUGGACUAUAAAUUUAAUCAUCCCUGGUGGCAACCAUGCUGGCUGAGGCUGAUUUGGAAUUUAACAAUGUCUUGAGGGCCAGAGAAGCUUGAAAGACCUGAAAAGACCUGGAAACCUCACUGCUGUGUGAAGGCAUCCUUGCAAAGUUGGACAUUGGCUCUUAACUGAUGAGUUUGGAUUAGGGUUGCGUGUUUCAUGGUGCAAUAUGACAUUUGAGGGGUUGAGCCACCUUCUCAUUACCAUAAGUAGACUUGGGAUUUUUGUUACAGCCCGGAAUUGGCUGGUCCUAGCAGGCUCAGCUGCUGGGUCCUAUCAGUGUCCCAGGGCACCAUUCCCAAGCUCAUCAAGGGCCAACAAGCUUUGGCCCUGAUUUACCAAAUUGUGCUGGAGGAGACUCUUGAGAGUCCCAUGGACUGCAAGAUCAAACCUCUCCAUUCUUAAGAAAAUCAGCCCUGAGUGCUCACUGGAAGGACAGAUCCUGAAGCUGAGGCUCCAAUACUUUGGCCACCUCAUGAGAAGAGAAGACUCCCUGGAAAAGACCCUGAUUUUGGGAAAGAUUGAGGGCACAAGGAGAAGGGGACGACAGAGGACAAGAUGGUUGGAUAGUGUUCUCAAAGCUACCAACAUGAGUCUGACCAAACUGCGGGAGGCAGUGGAAGACAGGAACGCCUGGCGUGCUCUGGUCCAGGGGGUCACAAAGAGUCGGACAUGACUAAACGACUAAACAACAACAACUGGACCACCAGCCCCUGCUGCAUAGGAGACGUAGAAUUGUUCAGUUGGAGGGGACCCUGAGAGUCAUUUAGUCCAGCCCCCUGCAAUGCAGGAAUCUUAACUUGAUCGUAUAUGACAGAUAGCCAUCCAGUCUCUGCUUAAAUACUUCCAAGGAAGGAGAGUCCACCACCUACUGUUGAACAGCUCUUAUUGUCAAAAAGUUCUUCCCAAUGUUUAGUUGGAAUAUCCUUUUUUGUAACUUGAAUCCAUUGGUUUGGGUCCUACCCUUCAGAGAAGGAGAAAACAAGCUUGCUUCAUCCUCCAUGGGACAGCACUUUGGAUAGGCUAAGCCAGGGGUCAGCAAACAUUUUCAGCAGGGGGCCGGUCCCCUGUCCCUCAGACCUUGUGGGGGGCUGGACUACCGGUAUAUUUUGAAAAAAACAAAUGAACAAAUUCCCAUGCCCCACAAAUAACCCAGAGGUGCAUUUUAAAUAAAAGGACACGUUCUACUCAUGCAAAAACACCAGGCAGGCCCCACAAAUAACCCAGAGAUGCAUUUUAAAGAAAAAUUUUACUCAUGUAAAAAUACGCUUAUUCCUAGACCGUCUGCAGGCUGGAUUUAGAAGGCGAUUGGGCCGGAUCAGGCCCCCGGGCCUUAGUUUGCCUACCCAUGGGCUAAGCAGUGGUUUCAGGUGUAAGGUAUUUUAGAUAGUACCUCUGAACUGUAAUAGCCAUUCAACACAGAAACAGUUCAAGAACUUGCAUAAAACCAUGCUUAAGGAAACAUAACUAUUGUGGUGUUUGAAUUGGCAGAGACAGCAUGAGAAACCAUGAUUUGACGUGGGUUUGCACUUGAUGGUUUGUGAAAAUUGUUUUGCUAUGGUGUUUGAAUUGAUAAACUAUAUCUAUGGCCAUCACUGCCUCUGGACAUGGCUGUUCCUAGGGACUGAAGUGAUGAGCAGAAGAAGAAUAAAAACAGACAGCUCAAAACUAAUGUGUGCCUAGAAGUUUGGAAAUCAUGUUUUAGAUUCUCACUGGGGCUUGGUACAAACCAUGUUUUUAGUGGGAUGCCUGAACUGAGCAUGCCUGUAAGUGUAUGAGGAUAAAAAUAGUGGAGUCUUGAUAAAGCUUGAUAAAUCAGCAAACAAACAAGUCACAUAAAUCCAAAAAUGGUCAUUUUUAAAAAACUGUUCUGUAGGUAAUUGAAUGGUCUACCUUUUUAUUACAGCUUUUUAGUAGUUUUGCAUAGCUUGGCAGAUUAAUUAUAUAUGAAAGUGAAGGAAGGUGAGGACAGGUGACCUCACCUAGGCCCGAAGUCACCCCCCCACCAAAGCAGGCUCAAAGCUUCUCAAAGCUUUUCAAAAUCAUUUUCUCAGCAGCUAAGCAUCAGAAACAUUCCGCUCUGCUGUGACAAAAGGUAGAGAACAGUCCAUUGUUACUCAGGCCUUUCUCAUGCCUUCUGGCCUUGCUAAAGAACCACAUUGCAACUUACUUUCUGUCCAGGAACCAUGCCAGAACAAGAGAUUGAAACAUAUCUGAACACUCUGAAACCUGAAAGGGUGCCAAGAGUCCACAAUAGUCCCAAGACAGCUUUCUGUUCAUGCUCAGAGGAACUCAUGGGCAGGACUCCUGAGGGAGGAGAAAGGAGGAGGGAACUGGAAAGGGGUAUAUAUGCUUGUGCACAUGACUGUGAACUUCGUGCAUGCUUUUUGUGACUUAUCACACUUGCUCCUUCUACCAGUUCAUGGAUGGUAGAAAUAAAAGCCUUUUCUCCGAAACUAUUCCUUGAGUGUCUGUUGACUCCCACUUCCCUUUUCCCAGGCGCAAUAUUUUUCCCACCCGAGGGCAAAGCCUCAUAAGGCUACAAAAGUGGAAGGACUUAAUUAUAAGAUUUUCUUUACAAAAUAUGAAAUUGAUGGGAAAUUGUUUAAAAUAUACCGUAUUUUUUGCUCUAUAAGACUCACUUUUUCCCUCCUAAAAAGUAAGGGGAAAUGUGUGUGCGUCUUAUGGAGCAAAUGCAGGCUGCGCAGCUAUCCCAGAAGCCAGAACAGCAAGAGGGAUUGCUGCUUUCACUGCGCAGCGAUCCCUCUUGCUGUUCUGGCUUCUGAGAUUCAGAAUAUUUUUCUUGUUUUUCUCCUCCAAAAACUAGGUGCGUCUUGUAGUCUGGUGCGUCUUAUAGAGCAAAAAACACGGUAUGUUUGUUACGAGGAUCACUGAAUUGGUUUGAACACCCAACGUCAACAUGUUUUUCUCUUCUAUGUUUAACGCAGGGCAACGUCAAAAGGGGUAGUGGUUUAGCAUGAAGUUGGAUAUGCAGCAUAUACUAUAGGCAUGUCUGACCAGUCAGGUACAAGCUGAUUUCCGUGUUUGUUUUGUUUUAGUGUUAAACAAAACAAAAACCCUGAACAAGUUGGCAUUGUUCAGAGCUCCGUAACUUGUUAUGUGCAGAUCUAUUAGGUAAGGGCAGGCUUACUGGAAUCAGAUCAUGGGUCCUUUGGGGGGUGUGUGCUCUAAACCCCAGAAUAAUCAUGGCUAACUAUUACAAACAUAUUAUGAAUCAUUAAGGAUAUAUGAUGAAUCGGCAUAUAACGUUUGUGGAAGGCUCUUUUUCUAAUCAAUUUAAUAUGAGAAUUUUAGAAGUACCUUCAGGUGCAAAACCCUGGCGAGACUAAUUUUAGUUUGGGAGAGUACUACUCAAGGAAGACACUUAGUACUCUUAUGUAACAGUACUGAAACUACGAUUCCUUUUAGAACUUGCAAUAUAAUCCAUUUGCUUACUUACCAUUACAAACAAGUGGAUUAUAUUGCAAUGUUGUAGAUCAGGGGUGGAGAACCUGUGGCUCUUCAGAUAUGGACGGAAUAGAACUUGCAUCACUUCCGAUGCGCUUGCUGGAGGAGAAUUGGAAUCGAAUAUCUCCAGGGCCACAGGUCCCCCCCCACUCCUCUCAUAGCUGAAGUUAACAUAUGCAGUGCCUGCCUGUGUAUGUUCACUCAAAAGUAAGCCCUGCUGAAUUGAGUGGCUCUGUCUUCCAAGUAGAUUAAAUCGGAUUGCAACUUAUGGCAGUCCUGCUUAUGUCCCAUUGAAAUCAUUGUGGCAAGUUAGUCACGACAAGCUUAAAUCCCAUUGAAAUCAAUGGGACUAACUUUGGCUGCAAUCCUGUGCCCUCUCACCUGCUAAUAAGCUCCAUUGAAUUCAGUGGGACUUCUGAGUAAACAUGCAUAAAAUUGCACUGUAACUUAGUCUGGAUCCAACAUGCUGGGUUCAAUUCUUAUUUCCAAAUAAGUUUCUAAUUUUUAUUCAUUCAUUUAUUGCAUUUACAGUGGUACCUCGGGUUAAGUACUUAAUUCGUUCUGGAGGUCCGUUCUUAACCUGAAUCUGUUCUUAACCUGAAGCACCACUUUAGCUAAUGGGGCCUCCUGCUGCUCCUGCGCCGCCGGAGCCCGAUUUCUGUUCUUAUCCUGAGGCAAAGUUCUUAACCUGAAGCACUAUUUCUGGGUUAGCGGAGUGUGUAACCUGAAGCGUCUGUAACCUGAAGCGUAUGUAACCCGAGGUACCACUUUAUGACGAAUCCGUUAGAUAAAGAAUUCAGAAUUCAGAAUAGCUAUUCAGACUGCAGAAUAGCACUAUUUCUGGGUUAGCGGAGUCUGUAACCUGAAGCGUAUGUAACCCAAGGUACCACUGUAUAUCCCACCUUUUUUCUCAAGGCGGUUCUAUGGUUCAAACUACAAGAAAGAAGAUUCCACCUAAACAUUAGGAAGAACUUCCUGACAGUAAGAGCUGUUCGACAGUGGAAUUUGCUGCCAAGGAGUGUGGUGGAGUCUCCUUCUUUGGAGGUCUUUAAGCAGAGGCUUGACAACCAUAUGUCAGGAGUGCUCUGAUGGUGUUUCCUGCUUGGCAGGGGGUUGGACUCGAUGGCCCUUGUGGUCUCUUCCAACUCUAUGAUUCUAUGAUUCUCCUGCUCCUCAUUUAAUCUUCACAACAACCCUGUGAGGACAGGUAGGCUAGGCUGAGAGGCAUAAGGUCACCCUGUGAGCUUCACGACCGAGUGGGGUUUUGAACCCUGGUCUCCCAGGUCCUUGUCCAACACUAAUUACUAUGUCACACUGGCUCUCGGGGGAAAUUAGGGCUGCAAUCCUCUACACAUAUCAUACCUGGUAGUAAGCUAGGUCAGUAAGCCUGAACACGAUGUGGUUUAUCUCCAAGUAAACAUGCAUAGGAUUGUAUUGCUAGUCAUUUGAUUUUUUUUUUUAACUGAUCACAUUUUAUGCUCUUUUUUUAAUGCUACUGGGCUUUUGAGAAUACUUGCUUUUUGUGCACCAUGCGACGCCAAUCACACACAGAAAUUGUUUUGAACACUGGGUGAGAACGAACACAGAUUUUAAUGCUUAAAUUUGGCAGGUUUAUCUGCUGUUUAAUUGUGAAGAUUUAAAUCCAUCAGGCACACCUUAUUGGGAAACAUUGUGUGCUUUAGCAAUAGCCAUGAGCAUGUAGAAUGUGUUGGCUCAGCAAUACCAGUAUCACUGCAUGGUCAAGAACAGUUUCUGCCUACAAAACUGCGCCAUGGCUGAACCAUGUAAUUCUUACAAACACACACAAGUACUUUAUGGAUCCUAAAAAGCUACUGAUAGAAUAAGACUCUAUGCAUAUUUCUGGGAGUAAGCAUCAGUGAACGCAGUGGGACUUACUUCUGAGUAGGCAUGUCUAGGAUUGCAUUGUUAGUUUAGAGGUGGGCGCUUCUGUCCAAGAUGGGUGGUUGGUCCCAUUGCAUGAACAAAACACCUUUUUUGGGGGGUAUGAAAGUUGUUCAGUAUUGCAAACUAAAAUAAAAUAAGUAAAUGUUGCUGUAGAGAGCCAACGUGGGUGAAAGGAGAGAGAAGGAUGCAGCUGCCUGGAGACAAAUUAUUUCCACCUUGUUGUUUGUUUUUCCCCUGUGUGCUUGCAUUUCACUUCGCCAAACCCUCCUUAACGUCAUUCUCCUCCCAUCUGUCUUUCUGAUACCCAUCUGUUUAAUCAUUUGAUUGUUUGAUACUACCCAACAGCCUGUGAAACUGCCCAUGUUUGGAACCCUGCUUUAUUGAGUUGGGGGCCUCUUUGUUGGUGAUGUCCAGGCUCUGAACUCCUUCUUUUGGGAGGCUCAUUUGUGCACCCACCCACCCACCGCUGUUCACCAUUAGCCACCAAGGCAAGUCCCUGUUGUUCCAGCCUAUGUUGACCUUGUGCUCCAUACUGCUACCUCUUCUGCUGGUUACAUAAUGCUUCUGCUUAUUUAUUACUUAAAAGACACAUUAAACCUCCUUUCAGGACACAUGCCUUCACAAGGAGACGUGCAAGACUCCAAAAUGUGUUAAUAUGCAGCUGCCAAACCUGCACAUGCGCUCAAAUCCUGAGACUCAUCUCCAUCAGCAGGAGUAUUUGGGUAUGGUUGCUUCCACCCACAACUUUUAAAUGGACUCAUGGCUUAAAAGGACACCAUUUUGUUCCUGUGGAAUGGGUGGUGAGAUGAUUGUGCUACUGAUAUUUGCAAAUGGCUUGCUGAGCUUUAGCAUGGUGGUAUGGAAGGGGCUUAGAGCUGUAGAUGAAAAUGUCCGGGUCUUUUUAAAUCCUUAACGUGUACUCUUGUUGCCGGCAGAAGUUUGGGAAGGUAUGCCUUUUUAACAGAUAUUUUCACAUCCCCUGUUUUGCUUCUUAUAGGUACAGAAACUACUCUGCAUGUGCCCAGUUGACAUCCAUGGGAUCUUUCAGCUGGAUGAGCGUCGUAGAGAUGCUGUGAUUGCUUUGGGAAUUUUUCUAAUCGAGUCUGACUUGCAGGUACAAUAUGCUUCUUACUCUAAAAUAUGUUUGUUUACUUGACGGGAUUUAUAAUCUGCCAGUUCAACAGUUUCCAAAAAGUUUUAAAUCCUCAUAAAACUAAACAAACAAACAAAAAAACAAAAAACCAUGUAAUAUAAAAGAGUAGCAUAAAAGCAAUAUCCUGAAGUUUAAAGUAAAACAAAACUAUCUUCUUGGUCAGGGGUCAGCAUCCUUUUUCAGCCAUGGGCCGGUCCACCAUCCCUCAGACCAUGUGGUGGGCCGGACUAUAGUUUUUUUGGGGGGAAAUGAACGAAUUCCUAUGCCCCACAAAUAACCCAGAGAUGCAUUUUAAAUAAAAGGACACAUUCUACUCAUGUAAAAACAUGCUGAUUCCUGGACCGUCUGCGGGCCGGAUUGAGAAGGCGAUUGGGCCGCAUCUGGCCCCCAGGCCUUAGGUUGCCUACCCCUGUUCUUGGUGCUGAAAUCACAUCUAGGUAGGUGUUUCGUGGGCCUCCUUGAGAAGUUCUUUCCACAGUCAGGGUUCCAGCACCAAGUAAGUGCUUUUUCUUUGUAGCUAUUCACUGCAUCUCAGUUGGUGGGGGCACCCAAAGAGGGGCCUCCAUUAAAACUCCUACUGGAAUGUUUUAAUUUGAUCUGUAGCAUCAGAUUUAGUUAGCAAUUUGGCUUUGAAAGGAUAUUAAAGCUGUGUGGCAAUAAACAUAAUCAGUUGGCUGUUCCUUUUCCUCUGCAUGCAAUAUCUAGUUUCACAAUUUUCUUGCCUUUGCCUUCAAAACUUUCCAUGGCCUUGUCCCUUUGUAUAUCCCUGGGCUUAUUUCCUGUUGCAUCCUUUCCUGUGUGAUUCGGCUCCACCACAUACUGUUGUCUGAAGAUGUCCCACCUCCAGAAAUCUCUUCACUCAAUUCCACUUGGUUCCUGGUACUAACUGCCUCUUUGAAUGUCUCCUUGCACCCACGUGCUUUAUUUCUGUUAAGUCCCUCCUCAAAGUUUGCCUUUUUCUGGGAGACCUUUGUAUCAGUCCCCUAAUCCCCAUGUCUUAUCAUAACCAAGGCAAAGUCCAUGUAAUUGAAAUAAUCACAUCUUCUUCCCCUGUCUAUCCACCCAUAAAUUACCUGUAUUCCUUUACUGUUUGCCUGAGUCUAUUUUAGAUUGUUGACCUCACCACCUUGGGGCAGGAACUCUCAUACCGGAUAUUUGUAAAGCACCAUGUACAUAGACGUCACUGUGUUAAUUUAGUAAAUUAAUUCAGAUGGUUCUAAAAUUUCCUCUUUCCAUUCCAGCAUAAAGAUACUCUUGUUCCUUAUCUUCUCCGGCUGUUAAGGGGCCUUUCCAAAGUCCAAUGGAUAGAAGAAAGUAAUUCACGCAAAAGCAGAGGUGAGGUUUUAGAUUCUUGUUGUCAGAAUUUGGUCCUUGGUGGCCUUUUAUUUUUUGUAAUUAAUUGACUAAGUUUUGUAAGUGCAAUCCUAUGCAUACCUGCUCAGAAAUAAAUCCCAUUGAGUUCAAUGAGACUUACUCCCAGGCAGUGUUAUUUUGGUAAAAAGAUGAGGUAAAAGGUAAAGGUACCCCUGACCAUUAGGUCCAGUCAUGGCCGACUCUGGGUUUGUGGCGCUCAUCUCGCUUUAUUGGCUGAGGGAGCCAGCAUGACUAAGCCGCUUCUGGCAAACCAGAGUAGCGCACGGAAACACCGUUUACCUUCCCGCUAGAGGGGUACCUAUUUAUCUACUUGCACUUUGACGUGCUUUCGAACUGCUAGGUUGGCAGGAGCAGGACCAAGCAACGGGAGCUCACCCCAUCGCGGGGAUUCGAACCACCAACCUUCUGAUCGGCAAGCCCUAGGCUCUGUGGUUUAACCCACAGCGCCACCCGUGUCCCUUGGAAGAUGAGGUACUGGUACUCAUAUUUUGAUAAAAGUGCUGUGGGUGCCAGCGUGAAAUAGUUGCCAUGGGUAGCAAAGAAAAGCAGUGAUGGUACUCUGUAUAGUGGUACCUCGGGUUACGAAUUUAAUUCAUUCCGGUGGUCUGUUCUUAAUGUGAAACCGUUCUUGACCUGAGGCGCGCUUUCGCUAAUGGGGCCUCCUGCCGGCGGCGCACGAUUUCUGUUUGCAUCCUGGGGCAAAGUUUGCAACCUGGAGCAACUACUUCCAGGUUAGCAGAGUUUGUAACCCGAGGUACCACCGUACUGGUGUACACUGUCACAAAAAGAAAGCAGUGCUCCCAGGUAAGUGUGUAAAUAAGUGUUGGGGAUUCUUUUUCAGCCCCACACGACGUCCAAACUGGAAAACUAGCACUGUUAACUAAUCAGAAGCUGAUGCUGCUUUGAUAUUCUGGUCUAUAAGCCAUGCUUAAAUUAUGGUUUCCCAUAGGAAUAUGUAGUUUAAUAAAUCACAGUAUCUUUUUCAAAGCUGUGCUAGCAAGGGCAGGAAUGAGGAUCGGGCACACGACUAACUCUCAGUCCAGUAAACCAUGGUUUGUCUGAACUAGACCUUAAACAAUUUGUGACUUGUGAUGGAUUGCAGUUGUUGCUGUGUGCUAGUCAUAAUCUUGAUGUGUCUUUACCAUACUUGUAGGCAUGCUUCCGAUUCCAGAAAACUUCAGUUUCUGUUUGGUGACUUUGUUGUCAGAUGUGGCUUACAGGGAUUCUGUUCUGAGAGAACAGGUAAAAUUCACCAGGAAAAUGGGGCAUGCACGUCUUGGGUAGUAAAAUAAACAUUUCCUGUAUUAAUCAUAGUUCCAUAACUUGUGUAUCAACAGCUUUUUUAAAAAAACAAACAAACCCUGAAAAUAUUUAUUGACUAAGGCAGCUUAAGUAAUGACAUUUGAACAGAUAUAUAAAUUAUUAAAUAAUAAUGAAAUCAGGAGUUGUCUUCCUUCUUUUUCUCUGCCCCCCCCCCCGCCAGGGAAUUAAUAGUACAAAUCCUUCUAAAUGUUCUCAUUCUUCAAUGUAUUAAUUACACUAAAAGCUUAUAUGGAGCAACUCAUAAGAGGGCUUCUAAAAUGCGGACAGUUUACCAAACUUUCUCCUUUCUGCUAGCAAUUCCUUUAAGUCAGCAGUCCUUUUAGCAGUCUGUUUAGGGAAGUUUUUAAUGACUGAUGUUUUAAUGUAUUUUUAAUCUUUUGUUAGAAGCCGUCCAGGCUGGCUGGGGAAACCCAGCCAGAUGGGUGGGGUAUAAACAAUAAAUAUAUUAUAUUAUAUUAUUAUAUUAUAUUAUAUUAUAAUUCUACCAUGCUGUAAAAAGUUGCCAUGAUGCUGAUCAUUGCAAAGUUCUCAGACCAUUACAGACGGUUUUGGUGACUUUACAUACAUUGAUUUCAUUGACACAAAUGACAAAUAGGAUCUAGUAGAAUCUAGAAUCCUAUCAUAGUAGAGUCAGUAAGAUCUACUUUUUUGUCCCCUUGUAUAUCAAGCAGCAAUUGAUUUCCCAUAUAUGCUAAGGGUGUGAAUUAUCAUAUUUAAGGAAAGUGUCCCUGAUAAGAGCCCCUUUCAGAAGUGUUCCUUCGCAUGUUCACUGAGUAUGGAGAAGGAGGGCAUGCCCAGAGUUCCUUCUUCCAAUGUAAUGACCCUUGAUCCUUUGAAAAUGGAGCCUUCAUGCACGCAGCUAUUCAUGUGUGGGCUUCCCAUUCAGACCUGUUGCCAAAUAUGCAGAGGUUAAGAGUGGGGCUGCUAGGUGUGGUAACAUUGGUGGGUUAGGCUUGGUACAACCCUGUUCCCUCUGCACACAUUUGGUUAACAUGUAAAGAGUACCAAUGAAAUUUGGUCUAAAGGAAAUUGUUUUGUAAAUGGUUAUUUCCUAUAAUCAUGCUGUCUCGGGAUAUUCUGCGCACUUAAUUUUAAAUAUUAAUGCCUCCCCAAAAAAACCUGGCUGAAAUUAUAGAGUGCAGUGCUAAAAUUCCCACUUUAUCUUAGUGUUGCACCUUUAAGGUGCCAUACUCUUGCACUGCAGAUUGAAAUUCAUCCCAUCUGUCGAUUUUAAAAAUGCCUGUUUUGAUUAUUUCAGAUUUUAGAGGCAAUUUUGCAAGUGAUGCAGGUCCUCCUGGGAAUGUGCCAGUCCCCAGAAAUCCAGGAUAAAGGUAUUGAAAAUGUUCCAGUAGGUGCUGCUGUUUUUAUUAUUACAAAUGUAAAUUCAAUUGUGUGCUCUCACUCUCUAGUUACCAUUAUGCUGUAUGGUGUACUUCACGGUGGGCUGAUUUCCCCUGAAACCUGCUCCGUUGAGGUUCCUCAGAACAUUUCUGAGUAGAACUUGUGGUCCUUUGUUCUUGCAAAUUGAGAGUCUGGUUCAUCACAGCACCCUCUUAUUGGCUUCUUCCAUUUUUCUGUGUCCUGAUUCCUCCCUCUUCCGUCUCUUGGAUUCACCACUGUGUACAAUUACCGUAUUUUUUGCUCUAUAAGACUCACUUUUUCCCUCCUAAAAAGAAAGGGGAAAUGUGUGUGCGUCUUAAGGAGCGAAUGCAGGCUGCACAGCUAUCCUAGAAGCCAGAACAGCAAGAGGGAUCGCUGCUUUCGUUGCGCAGCAAUCCCUCUUGCUGUUCUGGCUUCUGAGAUUCAGAAUAUUUUUUUUCUUGUUUUCCUCCUCCAAAAACUAGGUGCAUCUUAUGGUCUGGUGCGUCUUAUAGAGCGAAAAAUACGGUAAUACAGAAAUUACUCCUCCUCUUUCCCGCGGUACCACGCUCCUUUAUUCACCUCAUCAGACUUCUCUUUGGCUCUUAGGAACUGAGGUUGACACAUUUCUUGGACUAUAUCACCCCUGACCCUUGGCCAUACUGAUUGGGGCAGAUAAAAGCUGAACUCCAGCACCAGACUGGAGAAGGCUGAUAGGUAGGCUCAGUUUAGAUGUAACUGGAAACCAUGGCUUUCCGUUAUGUAAAUGAGCAGAGCUGAACCUUGGAUUUACAUGCCUCCAUUCUCUGUCCUUUUUCGUGGAAAUGGGAAAAAGAUCAGAAGCAUCUUCUCUUUGCAGUUCCCUGGAAUAAAUGUUCCUGUGGCUUGUGCAAAGUCUACUUAGUGCGGGCAUAGGCAAACUCGGCCCUCCAAAUGUUUUGGGUUUGCAAUUCCCAUCAUCCCUGACCACUGGUCUGUUAAUUAGGGAUCAUGGGAGUUGUAGUCCCAAAACAUCUGGAGGGCCGAGUUUGCCUAUGCCUGACAUAGUGAAAUCAAUUCAGGUUCUGAAACGGAACCAGACAGGGGGCCUUCUCAGUAGUGGUGCCCUCCCUGUGGAACGGCAUCUCUUCAGAUGGCAAGGAGAUAAAGAAUUGCACAACUUUUAGAAGACACCUGAAGGCAGCCCCGUAUCGGGAGGUUUUUAACAUUUGAUGUAUUAUGUUUUUAUAUAUUCUGUAAGCCGCCCAGGGUGGCUGGAGAAACCCAGCCAGAUGGGCGGAGUAUAAAUAAUAAAGUAGUGAUGAUGAUGAUGAAACCCCAGUUUGAUUCUGAUUUUGCUCUCAGUAAGUAGAAUGUAAACAAGCCACAGUACCAUAAGUUCAAAUGUAACAGAGAGCUGUGGUUUGCUUGAAGGCAGAAGCAGAUGCUUCUGAUUUCCUUGCAGCUGCAAAAGAAGGAGAUAAAUGGUGGGAUUUGAGUCUCCCUGCAACGCAUUUGCAAAGCAGGAAAAAGAAUGGUUUCCAAUGAUGUCUGAGCUUGGGACAUCGUGAUGGUAAUGCUGUUUAAAAACCAACAUUGCAUUUUCCAAUUGGAAGAAACAAACUUGUAGAAGCCAAAGAUAAAUGGACUACUUUGUUUUCCAGAAUAUUUAUGCAAAUACGCUGUGCCAUGCCUGAUUGGAAUUUCACGAGCGUUUGGGCGCUACAGCAACUCGGAAGAGUCUCUCCUGUCAAAGCUUUUCCCUAAAGUUACUCCGCAUUCCCUCAGAGCCCCACAUGAGUUGGAUGGUAUUCGUCGACGCUCUUUUAAUGACUUCCGCUCGAUACUUCCACAUUCUCUACUGACGGUCUGCCAAGAAGGAUCUCUCAAGAGAAAGACCAGCAGCGUAUGCAGCAUCACACAGGUUAGUUCAGUUGCUUUUGGAAUAAAAUUAACCUAUCACCUCUUUUCUGAACCAUGGAUUAGUUUUUAGUAUACAGGAUAUCACUGAAUUUCGUUUUCUUAUUUUGAGAGGCGUACAGUCAUACCUCGGGUUGCGAAUGUGAUCCGGGCAGGAGGCACGUUCGCAACCUGCAGUGCCACGUCUGCACACGCACAUGCCGUGAUUCGUCGCUUCUGCGCAUGUGCAUGACAUCAUUUUGUGCUUCUGCGCAUGCGCAAGCGCUGAAACCCAGAAGUAACCCGUUCUGGUACUUCUGGGUUCAGCGCUGUCUGCAACCCGAAAACGCGCAAUCCACAGCGUUUGUAACCCAAGGUAUGACUGUAAUAUGAAACAUGGGCCUUGUAUUUAGAGAGGGCCCAGAACCUAUGGAACGAGCACAUGUUUUGCAUGCAGAAUGUCCCAGGCUCAAUUCCUGCCAUCUCCAGUUGGGAAAAGAUCAGUGUGGCAGGUGAUGGGAAAGUCUCCCAGCCAGGAGAACCACUGCUAGUCAGAGUUGACAAGAUCAGGCAUAGGCAAACUUGGCCCUCCAGAUGCUUUGGGACUACAAUUCCCAUAAUCCCUGACCACUGGUCCUGUUAGCUAGGGAUCAUGGGAGUUGUAGUCCCAAAACAUCUGGAGGGCCAAGUUUGCCUAUGCCUGGGCUAGAUGGACAGCUUCCAUUAUUGGCAUCUUCUCCAGAAACAGAUGUUUUCGUGAUCUCAGAAACUCAUUGUAAAUUCCACCUAGCCUCUCUGUGUUGAAAGAGCUGAGGAAAUUAAAGCAGAGAUUUUUUUUUGCAUCUGGAAGUUUCUAAGGGAUGAAACACUUACUAUAUAUCCCAAUGGGGUGGGUUUGGCCACAGAUUCUAAUUACCAUUGGGUAGUACAGUCAUACCUUGGUUCUCGAACGCCUUGGUACGCGUAUGCUUUGACUCCUGAACGCCGAAAACCCGGAAGUGUUCCGGUUUUCGAAUGUUCUUUGGAAGCUAAAUAUCUGACACUACUUCUGCGGCUUCCAAUUGAGUACAGGAAGCUCCUGCAGCCAAUCGCAAGCCGUGCCUUGGUUUUCAAACGGUUCCGGGAGUCGAACGGACUUCCAGAAUGGAUUAAGUUUGACAACCAAAGUACCACUGUGUCUCAGAGCUAAUGUUCAGCAUGGAAGUUAUAUAGACUCUUAUAGAGAUGUCUUAUAGAGAGUGGCUGGGGAAACUCAGCCAGAGGGAGUGGAAUCUUUGUUUAUAUGCAGGCCUGAGAUGCUUAGAUUUGCUGGAGAUUUUCAAAACCCCAUCAGCUUCAAGGAAAUUGGGCUAUGGCUACUCUUCUGGAAAUUUCAAUCAUAGUAUGUGAGGGGUUUUUUUUUGUAUAUGAAAAGUGACCUUUGCAUGACCACAUUUUGUGUCCAUCGCUACAUUUCAGGGCAGUCCUGAACGUGGAAUUCCUCCUCCCAGUUCCCCUGGAGGCACUACUGUGCAGUACUUUGAAGGUAUGUUUUUGCUUUUCGGUGUAAAUUAUUUGGAAUAGAGGCGUAAUAAGAGCUAUUGACCAAUUUAUGGUAUGACUUUUAACAGUUGUCCUGCAGUGAACAUUCUAGGGGCGAUUCCCACCACCGAGGUUAAUAAAACAAAUGCAAGCAACCAAAUAAAUAACACAGCCUAAAAAUAAGCAAACAAUUGCUAAGAGCAGAUCAAUGUCAAUUGUUCUUAAAGGCCUGAGAUAGCAAGUCAUGCUUUGCUUGGUGUCUAAAAGGUCAUGGCAGUGACAGGCCAUUUAUCUUUGGGAAGAGAAUUUAAUUAUCAAGAUUUCACCUUAGCUCAAGUAGUCAUCUUUGAAGGUGGAGAGGCCCAGGGCAGAGCAUCUGCUGAAGAUCUUGGCUGAUGGGCAGGAUGGUAUGGGGUGGCAGUGUUUGCUGUGGGGAAUUUAUAAGCAAACCCCACAAGGGCUGCAUCAAUAGGAGUAUAGCAUCUAGAUCAAGGGAAGUAAUAGUGCCACUGUAUUCUGCCCUGGUCAGACCUCACCUGGAGUACUGUGUCCAGUUCUGGGCACCACAGUUCAAGAAGGACACUGACGAACUGGAACGUGUCCAGAGGAGGGCAACCAAAAUGGUCAAAGGCCUGGAAACGAUGCCUUAUGAGGAACGGCUAAGGGAGCUGGGCAUGUUUAGCCUGGAGAAGAGGAGGUUAAGGGGUGAUAUGAUAGCCAUGUUCAAAUAUAUAAAAGGAUGUCACAUAGAGGAGGGAGAAAGGUUGUUUUCUGCUGCUCCAGAGAAGCGGACACGGAGCAAUGGAUGCAAACUACAAGAAAGAAGAUUCCACCUAAACAUUAGGAAGAACUUCCUGACAGUAAGAGCUGUUCGACAGUGGAAUUUGCUGCCAAGGAGUGUGGUGGAGUCUCCUUCUUUGGAGGUCUUUAAGCAGAGGCUUGACAACCAUAUGUCAGGAGUGCUCUGAUGGUGUUUCCUGCUUGGCAGGGGGUUGGACUCGAUGGCCCUUGUGGUCUCUUCCAGCUCUAUGAUUCUAUGAUUCUAAGGUGCCUGCACCCAGUUGUGCAGCCUGCUGUUGGGCCGGUGGAGGGCAUACAUUUGAGGUGUCUGAAACAGCUUGUCCCUCUCUGUACAGUGGUACCUCGGGUCACAUACGCUUCAGGUUACAGACUCCGCUAACCCAGAAAUAGUACCUCCGGUUAAGAACUUUGCUUCAGGAUGAGAACAGAAAUCGUGCUCCGGUGGCGCGGCAGCAGCGGGAGGCCCCAUUAGCUAAAGUGGUGCUUCAGGUUAAGAACAGUUUCAGGUUAAGAACGGACCUCCGGCACGAAUUAAGUACGUAACCAGAGGUACCACUGUGUUCAGGAGGAAAGCCAGUGCCUAUAUAGUGUAGAAGUAAAAGUAAUAUACAAAUCCCCAAGACCUUGUAGUAUACGAUGGUAGUAAAAUAAAUAAAUAAUAAUAAAUUUCACCAUCGUCACUGUCCAUUCGAAUUGCUAGGUUAGGGAUAAUAAUAAUAAUAAUAAUAAUAAUAAUUUUAUUUGUGUCCUGCCCUCCCUGGCCAAGGCCGAGGCCGAGCUCAGAACGGCUAACAUCAUAAAAACAACACAAAACAUAAGUUUAAAAUAAGCAACCUACAUCAAAAAAGUAACAUUCAACAAUCAUUAGGAGAGUAUAAAAUAAUAAUAAUAUCACCAUAUAAAACUUAAACAGAGUCCAUUCAACAGUUACAAUAAAUAAUUUCUAAACUAUAAUCAAUCAAACAACGGCAAGCCACAGUACAUAAAAUAAUACAAUACAAAUUGAGAAGCAGAGACUAGAGGGUGGAGCAAGGCAGGUGUUUAGACUAAUCCUAUACACAUUUAUUUGGGAGGAAGCACCUGUGAAUUCAGCGGGAGUUACUUCCAAGUAAGCAUGCAUAGACUUAGAUUGCACAGCAGCAGUCCAAAGUUUAUUUACCUCUAAGGAAGUUUCCUUGAAAUCAUCGGGACUUCUAAGUACGGAAAGAUGGGGUUGGACUGUGAGCUGCUUUUUCUCAGCAUUCUUUUGGUUUUAAGGGUAGGCUAUAACCUUUUGUUGCUUCCCAUGUUUUUAGCUGCAAAGAGCUUUGUUGUACCAGCUAACACGUAAUUUAGAAGAUUAACCAGACUAAUCUUAAAACAAAAACAGAUUGUGUUCAGCUUUGCUAAAAUGCCUAAUGAGAAAGGAGGGAUCUUGAAUUUCCUUUUACAGUUGCAAAAUAAUAAAAAAAUGUGCAGUUUUCUCAUGCCAUGGUGAAAAAACCAUACCUGAUAUCCUUUUUUUCUGUGCAGCUAUUAAAGAUAAAUGAACUCUGUGCUCUUUGCAUCUAUUUACUCCCUCUUUUGUUGUCUAUCUGCAUCUCUCUUUCACUUCAAAAAGAAACCCAAGCAAACAUAGAAUGGCAUUAGCCUCUUUAGGUUGGAAUACAACCCACUGUGGAUGCACACUAAACUCUUCCACUGAAGCCAGGGCUGGCUCCAGAGAGUGGCAAAGUUGGGCAUUUCCCCAAAGCCUAAAAACUAACAGAGGGCCCACUACUCUUACAGUGCUUCCACUUCCAUUUUUCAUGGAGUUUCCAAGAUGAUCAUCUGAUGCAGAGAAACCACAAUUAACGUGUCCUGCCUUUUCAAGGUUAGCACCUGUCAGCACACACACACACACACAGAGACUGCUGUGUCGGUGCCCCCCCAAAAAAAAUUCUAGAUUAGAAUUGACUAGAAAGGUAAAAGGUAAAGGUAAAUGACCCCUGGACAGUUAAGUCCAGUCAAGGGCAACUAUGGGGUUGCGGUGCUCAUCUCGCUUUCAGGCCGAGGGAGCUGGCGUUUGCCCACAGACAGCUUUCCAGGUCAUGUGGCCAUCAAGGCUAAACCGCUUCUGGCACAACGGAACACCGUGAUGGAAACCAGAGAGCACGAAAAUGCCGUUUACCUCCCCGCUGCAGCGGUACCUAUUUAUCUACUUGCACUGGCGUGCUUUCAAGCUGCUAGGUUGGCAGGAACUGGGACGGAGCAACGGGAGCUCACUCCGUCGUGGGGAUUCGAACUGCUGACCUUUGAUCAGCAAGCCCAAGCGGCUCAGUGGUUUAGAUCACAGCACCACCUGCGCCCAAUUGACUAGAAACUAUGCACUGGUUGAAGGCCAGUAAGUUAGUUUGUUAAUACCCCAUUACAGCUAGAGAUCAUGCAGAUACUGUCUAGGGUGUUCUUCAUCUCAUCGUCUUUUCCUUUGUAUUCUGAAUUUGUUUUUGAAUGUGUGUAUAUAUAUAUAUAUAGCAUGCAUAUAUGAAAUUAUUUAUUUUUUAUUGUUGAUGCUUUGAUUCAGUCUCUUUGAGGUGUUUUAUAGAAAGCUAUUCCUGAAUGGAUAUAAAUAACAUUUCCCCCCAAUGAAAAUGCUGUACAUCAGUGGAACUAGCAUAGCCCUGUGGACUUUUUAGCCUCAAAUGUGAUUUGUUUUCUGUGUUCUUUUGAUGAAUGGGCUACAGACGGCAUAGGCAAAGCAGUAAUUAAAGAAUAACUCCAAUGUUUUCUGCCUCUUCUCCCUCCACCUUUAAAAAAAAUAAACAGGGUCCUACCUACCUGAUGGGAGUGCGUUAGAUCCCGAUUAUUACUUCUCUACAAUCAGUUCCAGCUUCUCGGUCUCGCCUCUCUUUAACGGCAUCAGCAACAAGGAGUUUAACAUUCCACUGGAAAUGCUCCGACAGCUGCUGAACAUGGUAUGUCAUGAGGCACUUAGGCCAGCCUUCAGUAGCCUGCUGCCCUCCAGGAUGUUUGGGACUACAGGUCCUAUCAGCUGUGCUGGCUGGGGUUGAUGGGAGCUGUAGUUCAAAACAUCUGGAGGUGCCAGGUUGGCAGGUAAAAAGGUAAAGGGACCCCUGACCAUUAGGUCCAGUCAUGACCGACUCUGGGGUUGGGGCGCUCAUCUCGCUUUAUUGGCCGAGGGAGCCGACGUACAGCUUCCGGGUCAUGUGGCCAGCAUGACUAAGCCGCUUCAGGCGAAUCAGAACAGCGCACGGAAACGCUAUUUACCUUCCCACCGGAGCGGUACCUAUUUAUCUACUUGCACUUUGACAUGCUUUCGAACUGCUAGGUUGGCAGGAGCAGGGACUGAGCCACGGGAGCUCACCCCGUCGUGGGGAUUUGAACCGCUGACCUUCUGAUCGGCAAGUCCUAGGCUCUGCGGUUUAACCCACAGCGCCACCCGCGUCCCACCAGGUUGGCAGAGGCUGGUCUAAAAAAUAGCAAUGUUGCAAGCAUGCCUCUUUGAGCCAGAAUGCGCUAGGGCCUAAUUUGUGGGUUGAAGAAAGAAACACUUUUAAUAACACUGAAAGAAUGUCUGGCUUUGUUUUUGUGCAUGUAGGUAAAGCAGAUUGUUGGGGAUUCAGUCCUCCGAAACUUAGAUGCCGUUGUCUCUGAGGUUAUUGAGGUAUGUUAACUUCUUCACCACAUUAUUAUUUUUAAAAGAACUUAGUUUGCUGCUUGCUAUUGUGAAUUGGACGGGCCUGGUUCUUAGAGUUUAAUCAAAAGCUUAAUGCCUACUGAGGAUUUUCCACGCAUAUUAUUAACAAACAUAUGGGGGGGACUUCUAAAAAUUUGAGGUUAUCUAUAGUAUUAGCAAUGUAGAAGUAAUGUUUGAACUCUAUAGAUUAGCAUAGGUUACAUGAUUAAUUUAUGCCUCAUUUAAUUCUUUUUUAAUAUAUAUAAAUAGUAAAAUCUGUUCAGAAAGCAAUAUAUGUGAUGGUCAUUCAUAGGCUUACUUAUGUUUCAACGGUAUAAUUGUUGUAAAUUAUUUAUAGUAUCAGCCGGUGCUUUUUUUGUGUGGUGGAACACAGGAGUACGCAUACCCCUAAACAUUUUGUGAAUCUCUGUACUUUUGUCCAUUUACUGUAUUUAUUUUCCCUGAUUUGAACCAUAAAAUGGUGAUUUUUCUUGAGUCAAAAUGAGAGUACGCCUAAACAUUUUUAAAGAAAAAAAUCACUGGUAUCAGCCAUAUAUGUGGUGCUUUAUAAAGAAUUGGGGUGGGGGCAGGUCUUUGCCCUAAGCUGCUCAGUAAAAGCUCAAGGAAGAUGAAGGGAGGAGGGAAGAGGAAACUCAAUCAUUCUACAGAGAUUAAUCCUGGAAGAAAGCUUUUGGUGUUCCAAUAUUGCUCUCCAGAUGAUUUUUCAAAUUGGCUGUACGUAACUACAACUCUCUUUCCAUUUUAUAGGAAAAUCCCCAUGCAGAUUUGUUCUACAAAAUGUUCAGUGAUCCACUUUAUGUUGCCCAGUUCAAGAUGCUGAGAGACACGUUGUACUAUAUGAAAGGUGAUAUUUGAAUUGAUAAGCUUUUACCCUUGGUGACGAAAGAGAAUUGCAAGUAUAUGAGUUUCAUGCUUGACAUUGUGGACCGGCUUAAAUAUAACCAGCUGUGUGAAUGAACUGGACUCACACAGUUUCCCUUUUCUUCUUGUGCAGCUGCGAGGAGGAGGUCAGAAAACCUGUGGUUCAACUUUUAAACAAACUUCAGUUUCCUAUUAUACCUAAACUUAGGAAACUGGGGAUUGUUUAAACCAGGGUGGAUAUGGCCCUCCAAAUUUUGCUGAACUCCAGCUUGUGUCAUCCUUGACCAUCAGCUAAGCCAUAUGGGACUGUUGUUAGUUGAAGACCAACAAUAUCUGGUGGGGCACAUGCUCCCCACCCUUAGUUUCAAAUGUAGUUUGUUAGAAAAAGCCAGAAUAAAGCUGGUGUCCUGAACCACAGUUUAAUUAAGCCUUAGUUCCCUGAAUUUGGACAUAAUGAGGAACUAAGCCAUGAGUUCAGGUUCAGACUACAUGUUGAGCCUAACCAUGGCUUAGCAUAGCAGAGCAGAACAAGCAAAGGAGGCAGAGUUUGUGAUGAACUAUAGUUUGAUGUAGCAUGACGUGUGAACCAGGCCCUGCCAAGCCAAGUAUCUCCAGUGCUCUAAAUAUCUAAAAAUUAAAUUACUAUCAUUCAAAAUAUAUUACUGUAAGCUAAAAAUAACUUUGCUGCUUUAUAUAAAAACCUCUGGUGCCUUAUGGUAGUCCUUCCAAGUGUGUAUAUGCUUAUUUGUCUUUAUGUUUAAGACUUUUAAAUAAGACACUUUUCCACAAAGCCUUUCCUUUAGUUCUUAUUCUCUAUACUAUUUCUUGUCAGUUAACUUCAGUCCUCAUCAUUCAGUACUAAUCUCUGUCCCAGGGAAAGGGAAGUUGUGGCAUUCUAGAUGUUGUUACACUCCCAGCAUGGCCAGUGGUCAGGGCUAAUAUGAGCUGUAGUCCACAAUUUUAGGAGGACUACAGGUUUGCCACCCUGUUCUACUAAUUCCUUCAAUUUUUCUCUUUCCAUUUUUCUUAGGCUUCAAAACUCUUGAGAAUCGCUGCUUUAUAGCAUGCAAAUGUCUUUAGGGUGAAUGAUGGUGCAGAAAGGAAUAGUUUAAGUAAGGGGUCAGUAAAAUUUUUCAGCAGGGGGCCAGUCCACUGUCCCUCAGAUCUUGGGGGGGGGGGGGCUGGACUAUAUUUUUUGGGGGGAAAUGAACAAAUUCCUAUGUCCCACAAAUAACUCAGAGAUGCAUUUUAAAUAAAAGCACACAUUCUACUCAUGUAAAAACAUGCUGAUUCCCAGACUGCCCACGGGCCGGAUUUAGAAGGCAAUUCAGCCGGAUCCGGCCCCCGGGCCUUAGUUUGCCUACUCAUGGUUGAAGUCCUCAGGAAUAGACUAGGUAGCGAGCCUAUGAAUUGACUGGUGCCUUACACUUUGAAAUAAGUUUGUUUUAGAAAAGUGCUGUCGUGUUUCACCAGCUUUUAGCUUUUGUUCCUCCUUUCAGUUUAGAGGUGACCACUGUAAGAAUCUAAUCUCCCCCCUCCCCUCUCUUUACAUUUUCAGAUCUCCCAACCUCGUUUGUGAAGGAAAUUCAUGAUUUUGUGCUGGAACAGUUCAACAGCAGCCAGUCGGAGCUCCAGAAACUCCUUCACGACGUAGACAGAUUACACAAUGAGCUGAACCCUCUGAAGCUACGUUGCCAAGCUAACGCUGCUUGUGUGGAUCUCAUGGUGUGGGCUGUGAAGGAUGAGCAAGGUGUCUUGAAGCAUAUUUUUUAAAAAAAUAUAUUUUAAAAGUUUCUGGCAAAGUAGCUUGCGCUAUUUUUGGUAGGCUGCAUUUACCCCCCCCCCCCGCAACCCCCCCCAACCCUGCAUGACAUUUUGUAAAGAGCUUUUAAUCUAAGUUUUGGGGGGUGGAGGGGCGUUACUGCCUGGUGGGAAAUUUCCACAAAAUUCAUUAUCUAGCACUUUCCCCCAGUUUGCCUGAAAGCCUCCUUGGGUGUCUUUUGAAACACGCAAGUCAGUUGGCCUUUUCCCCCAAGAGAAAGCCAGUAAUUAAUCAUUCAUUCUUCCAUGUGGACUUCAUAAAAGUCGUAACUGUCAAAAGAAAAGAAAAGAAAAAAACUAUUCUUAGAUGGCCAAGCAUGCUUUUAUAUCCUUUUGUUCUUUUGCAAAUAAGGGGCAGAAAACCUGUGCAUUAAACUGUCGGAGAAACUGCAGUCCAAGACUUCCAGCAAAGUAAUCAUUGCUCACUUGCCUCUUCUGAUUUGCUGCUUACAGGUAUGCUAGUAAUUUUGAAAUGAUUAUGUAAGUGUGGUGUAAGCUCUAUUUCCACUACCAUGAUUGGGAACUUGUGGCCCUCCCACACGUUACUGAAACUACAGUUCCCAUCACCCCCCAAUGGUCAGGGAUGAUGGGAGUUGUUUUCCAACAGCAUCUGGAGGGUCCUAGGUUCCCCAUCCCUGGUAUAGACACUGGACUGGUUCAGACAACAAUAGCCAAACUCCUCCCAGAUAAAUUAUUCAGUGGUGGUACUGUGCUGAGAUUCUUCUGUACAUAAUGAUGUAUCUUUAUAGUGCCCCUGCAUUGCAGUGAUCCUCACUUUUAAGGUCAGGGAAAAGAUGUGUGGAAUUUUGCACACAUUUGUCAGUGUCACAUGGUUGCACGCCGCCUUCCGCUGUGCAAUAUUAGACACCACUUAGAAAUGUUAACGAUUAAACAGCAUUUGAUGAAAGCCAUGAGCUGUCAAGGCAUAAUUCAAGGUGUUAGUACUAGCGUAUGAAACCCAAAAUGGCUUGGGACCCAGGUACCUAAAAGAGUGCCUUCCCCAAUACAGUGGUACCUUGGUUCUCGAACAUAAUCCGUUCUGGGAGUCCGUUCAACUCCUGAAACCGUUCGAAAACAAAGGCGCGGCUUCCUAUUGGCUGCAGGAGCUUCCUGCACUCAAGCAGAAACCGCAUUGGAUGUUCGGCGUCUGAAAAAUGUUCGCAAACUGGAACACUUCCGGGGUUGCGGCGUUUAGGAGCCCAUUUGUUCAGGAGCCAAGCCAUUCAAGUACCGAGAUAGCACUGUAUCUUAGAUGCUACUAUCAGAAUUUGAUGCCUUGGGUGUGCCACCACUGCAGGCUGCCUGCUUGGUGCCGACCAGUGACAGGGCCUUCUUGGUAGUGAUGCCCUGUUUGUGGAGUGCCCUCCUCGGCAAGGUGCCCCAUUAUUGACUUCUAGAAUGAAUUUUUUAAAGAAAAUACCUGUUCACCCAAGCAUUUGUUGAGUGAAAAAUAUUGUUCAUGGCAACCCCGAAAUCACUAGCUGAGGGGACCAUUCUUAGGAUUCUAAAAUUACAGUGGUACCUCGGGUUAAGUACUUAAUUCGUUCCGGAGGUCCGUUCUUAACCUGAAACUGUUCUUAACCUGAAGCACCACUUUAGCUAAUGGGGCCUCCUGCUGCCGCCGUGCCGCUGGAGCACGAUUUCUGUUCUCAUCCUGAAGCAAAGUUCUUAACCCGAGGUACUAUUUCUGGGUUAGCGGAGUCUGUAACCUGAAGCGUAUGUAACCUGAAGAGUAUGUAACCCGAGGUACCACUGUAUUAUUGUUGCUGGGCUCCUCUGGGAGGAAGGGUGGGAUAUAAACUGAACGAAUAACUCUAAACUGAACGAUUAACUAAAUAAUACAAAUAUCUUUCUCUUAGGGUCUAGGCCGCUUGUGUGAGCGUUUUCCUGUGGUGGUUCACUCGGUCACUCCAUCCUUGAGAGAUUUUCUCGUGAUCCCUUCUCCAGUCCUGGUGAAACUUUACAAGUACCACAACCAAUAUAAUACUGGUAUUGUGGUGUUUUUUUUUAUCGCUGUAUGGCCUCUUCUGUGAUAAGCUGAUCUAAUUCGUUGUGUCUGUCUGCCUCUCUUUUUAUUGUGACAUGUCUUGGUAGUGCUAGUCGAAGUUAUAUUGAUGAAUAUCCUAACUGCGUUUUUAUCCUGCCUUUUAUUCACGGAACUGGCGGCAUAUAUGGCGUUCCCUCUUCCCAUUUGUCCUUGCAGAAACUAUGCGGGAAAAGUUAAUGUGAGAGGUGGUGGCUGGCCCACUUCACGACUGAGCUGGGAUUUUUUAACUUGAGUGCCUUCGGUUCUCCUUCAAAACCCUCUAUCCCAAGGGUUGCCAACCUUUUUGAGCCCAUGGGAACAUUUGGAACGCUGAGAGAGUUUUCUGGGCACCACCACCGUUUCUGUUCUCCCCACCCCUGGGAAAAAUAUUUUUAUUUUUAACACAGAGGCUUUUCUGUAAGGUUUGGAUAAAGGUUGGAUCCAGGAGAAUUAGCACAUCUGCUUAAAUUUGCAAGGGGUCUGCAAAAAAACACACCCCACAAAGAAGUUAAAUCUUCAUUUGGUAGAUCACAAAGUAAAAAUCACAGGUCCAGUGCUUGCUGGCACCACAGACAUAGAGCCGAGGCAUGGACCUUGGUUAAUUUUACAUUGACUGGUGGUUUUGUAAUUAUUUGUAAUUAUUCUAUCUCUGAACAUAUCAGUGGGCACAAAGGCACUUUGAUUUGAUAGUGGCUUGUGGGACUCCCUUCUUUAAAAAAACACAACCCUGAGGAUUCAUAGCUCUGUUCUGAUGUUUUUGGUGCCACGGCAGUGCUGGAAAGCAUCUGAUUUGUGAUUUUUACUGGUGUUUGAGGGGGGGAAAACAUCUCCCCCCCCGCCAAUCAUGCAGUUUCAAGAGGAUCCUUUUCAUUAGGCCUCUCCCUUUCUCCCUCCCUCUCUCUCCAUUCUCUUCUCCUCCUGACUCCUGCAGCUCCUCACUGUUCCCCCUGCCUCACCCUCUGUUUCUUCCAUUUUCCUCCCCUCAGUCUCCCAGAUACCCUCCCAGAUACCCUACCCUACCAUCUUGGUUGCUCUGCUCUCUGUUCAGCUGCUCAAGUCCCAGUCUGAACCUUCGGAUGCACAUAACAGCUGAAAGAGGAAGUGGGAAGGAAUGUUGGUCUUCCAGCUUCCUCCUUCAGCUCUACGUGCUUUUGGUGGACGGAACCACCCUCACUACCCCAUGGGGAAGGAAACAGUGAGCUCAGGAGAGAGGGGUGGAGAGGCUUUGUUGCACCAGGGGAAGUCCUUAAGGGUGCAACUGUGGGGAUCCCAUCCCUAGCCACAUGAGCUAUGUACUUAGGGCAGGGGCUCCUAAACUGUGGUCUGUGGCAGGUGGUCCACCAUUUUUGGAUCAUAGAAUUGGAAGGGAGCCUGAGAAUCAUCUGGUCCAACCCCCAGCAAUGCAAGAGGAAUAGAUGUGUGUUUGAGGAUGGGAGGCCGCACAUGAAUUGCAUUAAACAUUCGUCAUAAUUUUAACUGUAUUUCCAUUGCUUCUUUUAAUAUACAGUCAUAGGUAAAGGUAAAGGGACCCCUGACCAUUAGGUCCAGUCGUGGCCGACUCUGGGGUUGCGGCCCUCAUCUCGCUUUAUUGGCCGAGGGAGCCGGCGUACAGCUUCCGGGUCACGUGGCCAGCAUGACUAAGCCGCUUCUGGCAAACCAGAGCAGCGCACGGAAACACCGUCUACCUUCCCGCCGGAGCGGUACCUAUUUAUCUACUUGCACUUUGAUGUGCUUUUGAACUGCUAGGUUGGCAGGAGCAGGGACCGAGCAAUGGGAGCUCACCCUGUUGCGGGGAUUCGAACCACCGACCUUCUGAUCGGCAAGUCCUAGGCUCUGUGGUUUAACCCACAGCGCUAGCCACGUCCCUUGAUAUAUAGUCAUACCUCGGGAUAAAUACGCUUCAGGAUAAGUAUUUUUGGGUUGCGCUCCGUGGCGACCCGGAAGUAAUGGAGCACGUUACUUCUGGGUUUCGCCACAUGCGCAGACGUUCAAAAUGACGUUACGCGCAUGCGCGGAAGCGGCGAAACGCGACCCGCGCAGACACGCAGUUGCAUCUUACGUUCUGUUCGGGAUGCGAAUGGGACUCUAUAAUGGAUCCCGUUCGCAUCCCGAGGUAUCACUGUAUAUAUUCUUAAAAUAAAGCACAAUACAGUGGUACCUCGGGUUAAGUACUUAAUUUGUUCCGGAGGUCCGUACUUAACCUGAAACUGUUCUUUACCUGAAGCACCACUUUAGCUAAUGGGGCCUCCCACUGCCGCCGGAGCGUGAUUUUUGUUCUCAUCCUGAAGCAAAGUUCUUAACCUGAAGCACUUUCUGGGUUAGCGGAGUCUGUAACCUGCAGCAUAUGUAACCUGAAGCGUAUGUAACCCGAGGGACCACUGUAUAUGCAAUCCUCUGGGAUAGCUCAGUCAAUAGAGCACGAGACUCUUAAUCUCAGGGAUGUGGGUUCAAACCCCACGUUGAGCAAAAGAUUCCUUCAUUGCAAAGGGUUGGACUACAUGACUAGUGGCUCCAUCCGACUCUACAAUUCUAUGAUAUAGGAGAAAAAUAAGAAGCAAUUAAAAUAGAAUUAGAAACUUGACAGCAUCUAGCACAGUGCGUUACGGUUGCUACAACAAGCAGAAAGAUCAGUCAGUGGUCUGCCAAGACGCUCAGUCAUUUUCAAGGAGGGGGGAAAAAGUUUGGGAACUGCUGGCUUAGGGAAACCUUUCGAUCCAUAGCUGCCUUUCACAAUUAACUCGGAAGUCGCCGUUCUACAGACACACACCAAAGCUCCAUUAAAGCAUUUUCUCGUAUCCUUUUGUUGUUGUUGUUGUUCUGUUAGGAGGCAAUGACAUCAAGAUCAGCAUAACAAAUGAGCAUGCCGAGUCCACUGUAAGUGUAAUGUCUGGCAAGAAGAGUCAGACCUCCAUGUAUGAACAGCUGCGGGAUAUUGCAAUCGAUAACAUCUGCAGGUAUGAACUGGGUUUUAGACAUAGAUUUGUCUUCCAGACAUGGUCAGAAAGCAGAUUCUGUUGUGAAGAGUGGCUGGGGAAACCCAGCCAGAUGGGCGGGGUAUAAAUAAUAAAUUGUUGUUGUUGUUAAUUAAUUAAUAAAUAAUAAUAAGUGAAGUAUAGAUUUUGAGAGAGUUAUUUGGGCCUGCUAAUUUGCGGGGAGGGGGCCAGACUUUGGCGUUAAAUGGGGUCCACUUUUCUGUUUUAUUACACCCCAAAUACAUUCUGGCUUAUGUUCACCGCUUCUUGCAGGUGUCUGAAAGCUGGGCUGACGAUAGACUCGGUAAUUGUUGAAGCCUUCUUAGCUAGUUUGUCAAACCGCCUGUACAUCUCGCAGGAGAGUGACAAGUAAGUUGUUUUUGUGCAAUUUGGCUACUCCUUUCCCCUAGCAUUGCCUUAAAAGGUGCAGAAAUUUCUUACACAUGUGCCUGUGUCUUUGUAAAGCCUGAUGAACUGAAUCUGGCACAUCUUACGAGCUUCUGCAAGAGAUCUGCAACUUGUGCACGUCAGGCAUAAUAACUUCAUCGUUAGGCAUUUAUUUUUUUCUCCCUUAAUUUGCCUCUUUAGAUCACCAGUAGGGGGAGGAGACAUGCAUUUCUUACAGUGAUGCAAACACAUUUUUUAUUGGUAUGUUUUAGGGAGGCCCAUCUGAUUCCAGACCACACAAUACGUGCAUUGGGGCACAUUGCAGUAGCCCUGAGGGACACGCCAAAGGUGAUGGAGCCGAUUCUUCAGAUCCUGCAGCAGAAGUUCUGCCAGCCACCUUCUCCUCUCGAUGUGCUCAUCAUUGACCAACUGGGAUGCUUAGUUAUCACUGGAAAUGUAAGAAGAUACGAACUGGCUGGGGAGCUGUCAAUGGCAGCUGAUGCAUGGAUGCUUCUGGGUAGCCUGUUGGUUGAGCAUUCAUCCCGAUUUAUUUGCAAGGAGACUAGAUGACGUUGGCUAUUUAAGGAGCAUUCGUUCACAUUUGUGGGGAGAUUAGAUGAUGUUGCAUCAAAACCAGUGUUACCACACCCUCUCCAGUGCAUCUUUUUGGGGGGGAAGUGAGUUUGCUGUUCAAGAGCACCAGAUCCACUAUAAUUGCACAACCUGAAUUUGCUAGUGGGUGACUGAAUCACACCCGAAAAUUGCAAAAGCGUGACAGAGCCUGUAGUCUGUUGCCCUGGGGGUGCAAUGUCCUUUGUGACUAAAAGCUCACAAAACCCUGUUUUACAAAUGCUGCAGCUGCGUAUAUUUUGUGUGCUUUGUCUGUGUAGCUUCUUUCUGAACAUGAUCUCUCUUCUCACCCACCAGAGAUAUUGUAAAAGGGAGUCAUAUCCAACUAACUCCUAGUCAGUGUAGACCAAUUGAAAUUAACAGACCUAAGAUAGUAAGGUUCAUUAAUUUCAAUGGGUCUUUUCGGAUUAGAACUAUGUUUUUAUGUAGCUUUUGAUUUUAUGUCCCGUUUUGUAUUUAUCUUUUUGUAAACCACUUGUGAGUUCUCUUACAGUCAAGAGGUGCCUAAAUUUUAUGAAAUCAGUUCAUUAAUUAAUGUAAAUUGUGUUUUACUUACUUACUGCAAGCCACCCAGAGAACAUUUUAUGUUAUGGGGUAGCAUAAAAAAAUAAAGGUAAAGGGACCCCUUACCAUUAGGUCCAGUCGUGGCCGACUCUGGGGUUGCGGCACUCAUCUCGCUUUAUUGGCCAAGGGAGCCGGCGUACAGCUUCCGGGUCAUGUGGCCAGCAUGACUAAGCCGCUUCUGGCAAACCAGAGCAGCGCACGGAAACGCUGUUUACAUUCCCGCCGGAGUGGUACCUAUUUAUCUACUUGCACUUUGAUGUGCUUUCGAACUGCUAGGUUGGCAGGAACAGGGACCGAGCAAAGGGAGCUCACCCCAUUGCUGGGAUUCAAACUGCCGACCUUCUGAUCUGCAAGUCCUAGGCUCUGUGGUUUAACCCACAGCGCCACCCACGUCCCUCUAUGGGGCAGCAUACAAAUGCCAAAAAGGAUAAAAAUUAGAAUGGGAGUUGUAAGCUGUCUCCCUACCCUGUUUUGGCAGGUUGGGCCCAUUGGGUACUGGGCGAGGCCUUCUGAACCUUGAUUGUACACACAUGGGCAUGUGAUGGGUGGCAACGGGUGAUGGGAACCUGGGUAUUGGUGCCAGGGGUAGGCUACAGAAGGACAGAUAACGGGUCAGGAGAAAGAAGCUAGGUGAUCCAAGGAAAAGCCUGUGUUAUUUUGUAAUCCUUGCAGAGAAUUGGUGGGAAUUAGUGGUGCUUAUAGGGACGCGGGUGGCGCUGUGGGUUAAACCACAGAGCCUAGGACUUGCUGAUCAGAAGGUCGGCGGUUCGAAUCUCUGCGAUGGGGUGAGCUCCCUUUGCUCGGUCCCUGCUCCUGCCAACCUAGCAGUUCAAAAGCAUGUCAGUGCAAGUAGAUAAAUAGGUACUGCUCCGGCAGGAAGGUAAACGGAUUUCCGUGCACUGCUCUGGUUUGCCAGAAGUGGCUUAGUCAUGCUGGCCACAUGGCUGUACGCCGGCUCCCUCGGUCAAUAAAGCGAGAUGAGCGCCACAACCCCAGAGUUCGUCACGACUGGACCUAAUGGUGAGGGGUCCCUUUACCCUCUAGUGGUGCUUAUUCCUUCCCCUACACACCAAUUUCCCCUUGCAAUCCCCCUGCCCCUGCAACGGUUUUAAGUGGUUCAGUCCCAUAGCUAAGCUGCCAAAGUAGAAGUGAGCCUGGCUUUGGGGGGCAGGGGGCAGAGCAGCACUUGUAGGGAGAAGCAAUGAACUCGUGAGCUUCCCUGCAAGUACGUUCACCUCUUAUUCCCACCGUCUUGACGGACACAUGGUUGAGCUCUCAUGUUUGCUAAUGCAAUGUCUAGUACAGUGGUGCCCCGCAAGACGAAUGCCUCGCAAGACGAAAAACGUGCAAGACGAAAGAGUUUUCCGUUUUUUGAGUCGUUCCGCAAGACAAAUUUCCCUAUGGGCUUGCUUCGCAAGACGAAACGUCUUGCGAGUUCUUGCGAGUUUGUUUCCUUUUUCUUAAAGCCGCUAAGCCGCUAAUAGCCGUGCUUCGCAAGACGAAAAAACCGCAAGACGAAGAGAGUCGCGGAAUGGAUUAAUUUCGUCUUGCGAGGCACCACUGUACUCCCCAAAGUCUUUGGAACGCUGGCUGUUCAGGACAUGAAUAGCUCCAGCCGCAGCAGGAGACUUGGAGUCCUUUGUCUCUAGGAACAGACCUGAUGGCCUGUAUCCCCCCAAGUCCCUCCUCUCUGUGAAGAGCAAUGAGGGAUUAAAUAGACCAUACUCUGGCCCACAACCUUGUGUUUCCUCUGAGUGCUCUCUCUGUGUGUUUUGAUACAGUGUUCAAAAUGAAUUAGUUGUGCCAAAGUUAUUUGCCUUUCUGUUUGUGAAGGUUUUCGGUUUUUAUUCUUGUAGGUUUCUGUACUUGGUGCUAAUUUUAUCGUUUUAUUUCCAUUCAGCAAUAUAUUUACCAGGAGGUAUGGAAUCUGUUUCAGCAGAUCAGUGUUAAAGCUAGCUCAAUUGUAUACUCUGCGACGAAAGACUACAAGGAUCAUGGAUAUAGGUAAUCUUUAUUAUGCUUGCUGGCUCAUUGGAAUUUUUUUUUUUUAAAAAGAAAGCAUUAUUGUCUCAUUAAAGUCUGUGGAUUCCUCCCAAAGGCAUUGGUGUUUAAUUUUCCUAUCUAGCAGCUGACACGUCUAUUAGUCCUACUCAGAGGAGACCACUGAGAUUAAUGGAUGUGACUGAGAUUGAUUAAUUUUAACGGUUCCACACCAAGUAUAACUUAGUCGGAUGCAACUUUUAUGUGGUAAAGCAGGUUUAUCCAAUACGGUGCCUUCCAGAUGUUGUUGGACUACAACUCCCAUUAGCCUCAGCCAGCAUGGUCCGUAGCCAGGGAUCAUGGGAAUUGUAGUCCAGGAGCAUCUGGAGGUCAUCAUGUUGGCUAACCCUGCGGCAAGGCAUCAGAUUCUAGCUGAUCUGUGAAUACACAGUAUUCUUAUGGUUCAUUCUUACAACAUUAUUGUUUGUUUAUUAUAAUUUACUUAUGAGUCCAAAUUUAUUAUAGCCUGUCCUUCCUCCCAAAGGACCAAGGGCAACAAACACAAAAAGUUAAAACAGUAUACCGUAUUUUUCGCCCUAUAGGACACACUUUUCCCCCUCCAAAAAUGAAGGGGAAAUCUGUGUGCGUCCUAUGGGGUGAAUACAGACUUUCGCUGAAGCUUGGAGAGCAAGAGGGGUCGGUGCGCACCGACCCCUCUCGCUCUCCAGGCUUCAGGAAGCUAUCAGCAAGCCUGAGGAGCCCGCGGGAGUUCCCGCAGGGCUCCCUAGGCUGCGGAUAGCAGCCUGCCGCCCAACGUGCGGGGCGCCCUAAAGCAGAGCACCCUGCGCGCCGGGCAGACAUCUGCAGCGUGGGGAGCCAUCCCGCUGUUCCUCGACCUGGUUUGGAGGCUGGCGCUGGGGAGAAGCGCGCUUCUCCCCAGCACCAGCCCCACAAGCUUGGGGGACAGCUUUAUUUCCCCCCCAAAAAACUAGGUGCGUCCUAUGGGACAGAGCGUCCUAUGGGACGAAAAAUACGGUAAUUAAAAAUAACAUCUAAAACAUUAGAACAUCUAGCUCAGCGCUUUCCUUGAGCUCUGUCUCUUCCCACUUCUGCUGUGGAUGAAAAUGGGAACUACAGUGGUACCUCGGGUUAAGUACUUAAUUCGUUCCGGAGGUCCGUACUUAACCUGAAACUGUUCUUAACCUGAAGCACCACUUUAGCUAAUGGGGGCUCCUGCUGCUGCCGCGCCGCCGGAGCACAAUUUCUCUUCUCAACCUGAAGCAAAGUUCUUAACCCGAGGUAAUAUUUCUGGGUUAGCGGAGUCUGUAACCUGAAGCAUAUGUAACCCUAGGUACCACUGUAUUUAAUCAAAGGGCUGAUUCUCUUACUGAUUCUGCCUUUUUCUGUCACCCCCCUUCCCGCCAGGCACUGUUCCUUGGCUGUUAUUAAUGCCCUCGCAAACAUAGCUGCAAACAUCCAAGAUGAACACCUUGUGGACGAAUUGCUGAUGAACUUGCUGGAACUGUUCGUACAACUCGGGCUCGAAGGGAAGAGAGCCAGUGAGAGGGCAAGUGAAAAAGGCCCAGCGCUAAAGGUAGGACGCGAAAUGAAGCUUCUUGCAGCUGUUCAGAAUAGAAGCUAUUAGCUCUAAACGCAGUCAGAAUCGGCCGUACAGUACUGGGCUGACUUGGUGUAGGCUGUCUUGUAUGCUCUUAAUUGGGACAGAGCUGUCUCAUUAACCAUAGGCAUGCUGUUUUACUGGGUCAAGCCAUUUUGUUUGCUUUAGAAGCUAAAGCAGCUUAAACAGAUCUUACUACCAGUAACUAAUUUCAUUACAAGGGGAAAUGAGAUCUGAUUGAGCAGCCAGCGGCUUCCGUGAAUGCCCAUGUGCCAGCCUCUACUCAUGACCUUGCAGUUGCUUUUCUAUCAUUGUUAUGGGAAUUUCUAUUUUCCCCCCUGCAGCUUUUCUGACAUCUCUUCCUCUCCCCCCCCUUUCUUUCUUUUUUUCUUCCUUAGGCAUCUAGCAGUGCAGGGAACCUGGGAGUUCUGAUUCCUGUUAUUGCUGUGGUGAGUGUUUUAAACCCAGGUCAUUUGCUUUUUGGAGCAGGGCAUUGCUUGGAAGCUGGAUAUUUUGGGAAAAUCUGAAUGGAGAAAUAUGUAAAACAAUGAUUGACUCUCCUCCCCCCACCCCUUGCUAAAAGUACAAGACAGUGAUCAUCUGUUUAUGAACAUGAUUUCAUUGAAACUUGUGAAACUGUUUAAUAUAGUUCUCUCUGGUGAACUGAAAAAAAUAUAAAGUUUUUUUGGGGUGUGUAUGCGCUGGCUCACCAAUGCCAGAAUAUCUGUGUUAUCAAUAGGUGUGUUUUUUUAAUUUUCACUGUUAAUAAUAUAAUUGUUCCCAUUCAUACUUUCUGCAUUUCAUUUCCUUCUAAAGUCAUUGUUUACCAUUCUUCCCCUGUUUGUGUGUGUAUACAGUCAUACCUUGGUUUUCGAACAGCUUAGUUAUCGGACGUUUUGGCUCCCGAAUGUCGCAAACCUGGAAGUGAGUGUUCCGGUUUGCGAACUUUCUUUGGAACCCGAACGUCCGACGUGGCUUCUGCAGCUUCCGAUUGGCUGCAGGAGCUUCCUGUAGCCAAUCAGAAGCAACAUCUUGGUUUUUGAACAUUUUGGAAGUCAAAUGGACUUCCGGAAUGGAUUCCAUUCGACUUCCAAGGUACGACUGUGUGUGUGUGUGUGUGUGUGUGUGUGUGUGUGUGUAUACUCAUGCAUCUGAUGUAGUGUAUUGCAGUCCACAAAAACUUAUGCUAUAAUGGGUUUGUUAGCCUUUAAGAUGGGUGGGGAAGCUGUGGUUCCCUAGAUCUUGCUGGGCUACAUCUCCCAUCAUUCGUGACCACUCACCUUGCUAACCGGAGCUGAUGGGAAUUGGACCCAAUUUAAGUUGCCGCAAAACCUAGUUGGUUUAGAAUCAUUCCUUCUACAGUGGUACCUCUGGUUACAUAUGCUUCAGGUUACAGACUCCGCUAACCCAGAAAUAUUACCUCAGGUUAAGAACUUUGCUUCAGGAUGAGAACAGAAAUUGUGCUCUGGCGGUGCAGCAGCAGCAGGAGGCCCCAUUAGCUAAAGUGGUGCUUCAGGUUAAGAACAGUUUCAGGUUAAGAACGGACCUCCGGAACGAAUUAAGUACUUAACCUGAGGUACCACUGUAUUUCCAAAGUUGAGACGGUGAGUGUUAUUGCCUGUGUUGCCAAAAGGGAGCCACCCAUCUGAUUUGAUUUCAUAUUUGUAUUCCACUUUUCCAACAGCAAUGUUGAGCUCAAAAUGGCUCACAAUAAUAGCAAUAGCGUUAAAGAUGGGUGAACGUUCUUAUCAAUAUGAUCACAUAGCAUUCACAAGAGGGGAGGUACCAGCAGCCUUGGGGAGUACAAAAAAAAAACCCUUUAGGAGGAAAAAAAAAUCUCUGAGGGUAGAACUUUCCGAAAAGCAGCCCAGUGAGGAGUGAGAAUUCUCAGUGGGUGUGGAAUGCUUCCUGGUUCUUGGGGAGAAACUUGGGACAGGUGUGUGGAACGGGGUGGUUGGUAUUCUGUGUCCUGAGACAAAUACUGGAUGCAAGCCUUUUUUAUACAUAGGAAGAGGCAUGCAGUUGUGUAAAAAUAAAAGCCCUGCCUAGCUCUGUAUUUGUUCCUGUGUGACAGAGAACUUUUUAUUCAGGCUGGUUUAUAGACAGCGAGAAUUCUGAAAAGCAGUAAUUUCUCUAUCUACAAGCCAAGACCAAUUCCUCCUCAGGAAAAAAAAACGUUGUUUACACUAAAGACUUCAAAAUAUAUACUUCAAGGCCAUUAUGGUGUUUGAUCUGAGACCCCCCUAAUCUGCAUUUUUUCAACCAUUAAGCUCUCUGUAAAUACCGUUAUGAGCCCUAACAGAAGUUAAUGGUUACAUUGAGGGCCUGUAAACCAAAUAUUUAGUUUUCUUGCACAAUUUGUGGUGAUCAAGAGUUCCCAGCUCCUACUGCAAGUGCUUUUCUGCUUAGCCUUUUUUAAAAGGUUGCUAGCUCGGAAUUGAUCUGUUUCCGGAAAGAGGGCGAGGAGUGCUCUUCAAAAUGGCCACUUGAUACGCAACAUCGUAUAUACCUGGCAAGGGGAACCUGUGGCCCUCCAGAUGUUGCGGAACCACACCUCAUUUCCUCCUUGGCCGUAACAUCUGGAGGACCACAGCUUCCCCGUUCUUGAUACAGUGGUGCCUCGCAAGACGAAAAGAAUCCGUUCCGCGAGUCUCUUCGUCUUGCGGAUUUUUUCGUCUUGCGAAGCAAGCCCAUUAGAGGUUUAGCGCUUAGCGCUACAGUAUUAGCUGAUAAGCGGCUUAGUAUCAGCUGUUAGCGGCUUAAAGAUCAGCUGAUAAGCGGCUUAGCAUCAGCUGUUAAGCGGCUUAAAGAUCAGUUGAUAAGCGGCUUAACACGGCUUAAAGAUCAGCUGAUAAGCGGCUUAGCAUCAGCUGUUAAGCGGCUUAAAGAUCAGUUGAUAAGCGGCUUAGCAUCAGCUGUUAAGCGGCUUAAAGAUCAGCUGAUAAGCGGUUUAGCAGCUUGGGAAAAAGGGGGGGGGAAAAACCCUGCAGGAACUCGCAAGACAUUUUCGUCUUGCGAAGCAAGCACAUAGGAAAUUCGUUUUGCGAAGCACCUCCAAAACGGAAAACCCUUUCGUCUAGCGGGUUUUCCGUCUUGCGAGGCAUUCGUCUUGCGGGGCACCACUGUACAUGCUAAAACCCAGCUCAGGCACUGAGGUAUGAUUGUUGUAGGGCCAGUGAGAAAUAAGACAAAAUGGUAUCUGCAUUCUUGGGAGGAAUGCUAGAAUUUUUUUGGGGGGGGGGACACCCAAAGCAGCUCAGUGAUGACACAGUGGCUGCAAAAUCCAGUGUGUCUGGAGCAGUGGGUGAACCAUAGGAGAUUGGAAUAAAGGUAAAGGGACCCCUGACCAUUAGGUCCAGUCGUGACCGACUCUGGGGUUGCGGCGCGCAUCUCGCUUUAUUGGCCGAGGGAGCCGGCGUACAGCUUCCGGGUCACGUGGCCAGCAUGACUAAGCCGCUUCUGGCGAACCAGAGCAGCGCACAUAAACGCCGUUUACCUUCCCGCCGGAGCGGUACCUAUUUAUCUACUUACACUUUGACGUGCUUUUGAACUGCUAGGUUGGCAGGAGCAGGGACUGAGCAACGGGAGCUCACCCCAUCGCGGGGAUUCGAACCGCCAACCUUCUGAUCGGCAAGUCCUAGGCUCUGUGGUUUAACCCACAGUGCCACCCAUGGGGUGAACCAUAGGAGAUUGCAAUAGAGUGCCCUAAAAGAUGGCAUGGCUUGUGGCCUGGAACACAGAAUUCAAGCGCUCUGUGCUGCACCAUUUUGUUGCAGGUCUUCUUGCUUUUCCAGCAGGGAGAUGAUUUAUGCAAAAGGGGAUGGGGAAGCAUGUAGUCUUCUUCUGACGAACGUAUGAACUCAUCUCUUGAUGCAGGAAUAUGUUUGGGAGCUGAUUAGCACAUGCAACAAAAUAGAAACUUAUUUACACAGAUCUUUGUGUGCAGUUGGUACACAUUCUCCCCCACCCUCAAAUAUAGAAAUUACUUUGAUACAGAAAUUUCAUGUAUUAAAUGCUUUUUAAAAAUUGUUUUUAUUAAACAUUUUCUCGGAUUACAGUGAAAUCUUUUUUGAAAUGAGUACAGCCGUACCUCGGAAGUCGAAUGGAAUCCGUUCCGGAAGUCCGUUCGACUUCCAAAACGUUCGGAAACCAAGGCGCGGCUUCCGAUUGGCUGCAGGAAACUCCUGCAGCAGCCAAUCAGAAGCCAUGGAAGCCACGUUGGACAUUCGGGUUCCAAAGAACGUUCGCAAACCGGAACACUCACUUCUGGGUUUGCGGCAUUCGGGAGCCAAAACAUGAGCCACAACGUGUUCAACUUCCGAGGUGUGACUGUACUUGCUUAUAGGGCUUUCAGCUGUUUCCAGGAUGGGUUUCCUCCCCCCGUCCUCUUUCUUGCUGGUACCUGCCCAAAUUGCUGCCCCAAACUGAGCCCUUUAGAAUGUGGUUUUUGUGGCUGCAGCUGGGGAAUAGAACCAGUGAAAAUUGGGGUCUCCCCUUGAGCCAAGGGCUCUUUUGGACUCAAAUCAGAGUUUGUAGCCAUCCAGAACUUCUAUAUAAAUCCUGCCUUUGGGGGAAGAAUCGUUCUAGGUGGUACUUUGGGUUGCUGCAAUAGUGUUGAAAAUUUCCAUGUACCAUCUUUGCUUUGAAUAAAGACAGGCAUAUCGAAAAGCAGGCAAGAAAAGAAAAUAAUAACUUGUGCACACACAAACAUAGCUUGUAGAGCUUCUAAACCUCAGUGGUUUCAGUGGGACAGAUUAAAGCACAUGUUUAACUUGACAUGUGUGGGGCAAUGUGCUUAUAUUUAAAUGGCUGGUGCUUGAAUUUUCUUGUACAAAAGUCACCUUACACUGGUGGCAAAGGAAAUAAAACUGCAUGCAGCAUCCAAAUUCAGGAUUUCAGCACAACCUUUUAUUAAAUAUGAAAUAACUUUCUAAUUAUGUUGAUACUCUCGGAGAUAAUGGAAACUUUUUUAUAUCAAGCCUUCUCAUAACUCCAGGGUACACUUCUUUAAAAAAUAAUAUAGGAACAAUCUCUGCAUGUGUACAUGAUUGCUUGUACUUUAGUUUGGACCUCUCUGGGUUGCAUAAAUGUCAGUACAACAACUAUGCUGUUCAAAGUGCAGAUUUGUUCUUGCUUCAGACAGGUAGCGUAGUUACAGAGUGAAAGUAAGUGUUUGUGUUCUUGCAAAACGAUACUGUUUGCCCUAUAUGGAUUCCUCAAAUAAUGCAGCUGAGUUCAUGCUCUUUCUGUUCAGCCCUAAACUGACAUUAAUAGGAGAGGAGUAUUAGUAGUAGAACACCUGCAUGGCUUGCAGAAGGCCCCAUGUUAAAUCCCUGCCAUAGCCACUUCAAAAGCAUUCUGAGCAGCAGUUCCUUCUCUGUUUGAGAACUUAGGGGAGGCGUGGGAAACCUUUGGCCCUCCAAAAGCUGCUGAACUACAACUCCCAUCAGCCUCCGUAAGUGUGGUCAAUUGCCAGGGUUUAUGGGAGUUGUGGUUCAGCAAGAUAUGGACAGACAGAGGUUCUCCAUGGCUGUCUUAGGGAAGACAAUACUAGUUAAGAACAGGUAAUUCUAGGCUAGAUGAACCAACUGGGUUUAAGGGAGCUUGCUGUGUUCAUCUGGAUGCGACUAUUUUACAUUUCUUUCUUCCAUUAUUGCUACAUUUAAUUUUGUAAUAUUUUGUUCAGGGUUACCACCUCUCAGUCUUGGAUCCCAACAUCCAUAAGUGUAAGACUUUUUCUUCUCUUUACGCUGUUAGACCUUCCCGAUGGUAUAUGGACAGCUUCCACUCUCUGCAUUUUCAUCAGUCAAGCUGAUGAGGAAUCAUGUUUCCCCCUAGGUCUUUGCACAUUCUCUCUCCUCACCCACAAAGAAUUCAUGUAGCAUCCUUCUGUUUCACCAAGUUUCAAAUGAAACCCAGUUCAAGAUUCCUGAUGAGUAUUUUGUAUUGCUCUUGUCAAACAUCAAUGGUUCUUUUAUAAUUAAAGUUUAAAAUCUCUUUGGCCAACUGGGAAGAACAUAGACAGCAUCCAUUUUUAGAAACUGAAAAGCUGCUUCUGUUAAUAAUCUGACUUUUUGAAGCUCAGUGGAGCCAAUUUUUAUUCACCCUUCAGGCGGCAUGAAAAUGUUCUCCAAGGUGCAAAGAGAAUGCCUCUGACCUCCAGGUAGCUUGGGAUGAAAUAGAACAGGGUGUUUUUAGUACUUUGCAGCAAUAUUUUCCCUUACAGAUUGUAAUUAAACAAUAUAUCGCUGUGGUUUUGAUUUGGUAGCCUUGCAUUUUUCACGCAAUAGCACUUACGACUAACACAGACACUUAAUUGGCAUAUAAAAAUGGUUCUAUUUAAGACGCAUUAAGGUUGCCUAGAUGUACCUAUCUCGAAAGCUCGCCUCUUCUUUUACAACUUGUUUGGGUUGACGACUCGGCCCAUGAAAAGCAAGCAGUUGGUGCGGUGCUCAUAGAUGAGAAAGAUAAAAGGGCGGUCAAUAAUGAAGCGAAUUUGAGCUGAAAGGGGCAUGAAGGCUACUGUGGUCACAGAUGCCGCCUCCGUGCCUUCUUCAUUCACUGUAAUUGUCCCCUGGUGAUUGAACUGUAAAAAAAGAAGGGGGAAAUUAUGCAGUAGAAAACCAAACACCAUGUCUUGAAUACCUUAACUGUACAAAGGCCUGGCCAAGCCACAAACCAUCUCUAUAACCUUUAGCUCAGUCAUUGCUGUGGCUUCCAUUUCUUCUGCUUUGGGGAUGUUAUUGAGUUGUCCCCUUUCUCAGCCAACACCUGCAGGGUUCUAAAAACUUAGCAGGAGGUAAGCUUGGCCUGCUGCAAAACAAUGGGUCAUAAUCCAAGCAGUCUUGGGCACCAUCAUGACUAGAAACUGACGUAUUGGAAUGAUUGCAGAUGGUUGGGCAGCCAGGGCUCCCAAGAUGGUUCUCCACAGUCAGAUAACCAAGAGGCCAGCAAGUUGCCUUAAACAUGGUCUGAUUUGAACUUAUGCCUUUAAUAGAACGGAGAAUUUCUGAUCCUCCAGAUUUUGGACUCCUAUCAGCCCUGGCCAUCCUGGCCGAUGGUCAGGGAUGCUGGGAGUGAUAGUCGAAUAGCACCUGGAGGGCUACAGCUUUGUUAGAUCAGAUUUCUUGCCUGUUAUCCAAUAUUCUCUGCUGACAGGUCUUUCCAGGAUCUCUUUUCCAUCACCUGUUUGCUAGGCUCACCUGCUUCCUAAAGGUCAAGGCAUGAGUUGCCAUUCAAGUACUUUCCUGCCUUCUGCCUCACCUUAUUGGUACCACAUUUCUGAUGAAGGGGUGCUCUGGAAUCUUGUUGGGUGGGUAAAAUUGGAUUUCCUUUGUGUUAGGGAGACUCUGGACUGCUGGGUGCCAAAGAUGUGAAUAUGAGGGGAAGCACCCAGCCAAAAUCUGAGUCUCUCUACUGCCGGAUACUUAAGAGGCAGCUAUUCAUGUAUCUGCCCACUGACAUAUAAAGUCAGGGUUGUCUGGGUGUCUCAUGUUUUGGAAGGUUUGUUUGUUUGUUGGCUAUGCGCUUGGACAAUGCCUUCAUUUAGACACAGGGAACACCUGCAACAAAAUCAGUCAUUAAUACUUUAUCUACUCUGUAUUGUAUCCAGCUGACCUUUGCUCUGAAUAGACCCACUCAGAUGAAUGGGCCCAAGUUAGCCAUGCCCAUUCAUUUCAAUAGGUCCAUCCUGAGUGUGACUCACGCUGGAUACAACCAGAAAUAUUUUGGAAAGCUGUUUGCUCGCUUUGCAUUUGAACACCUCUUAAGAUACCCUAACCACAUUUUGUAUGAUGGUUUCUGAAAUGAAGGAGCAGGUUUUCAUCCAUGUUUGGGUGUAGUUGAAUGCCAUUUUGAAUCAAGAUGGCAGACUGAACUUUUUAGAACUGCACUUUUUCUGGUUUCUUGAGUAAUAAUAAUAAUAAUAAUAAAAUUUUAUUUAUAUCCCGCCCUCCCCAGCCGAAGCCGGGCUCAGAGCGGCUAACAACAGUAAAAUGAUACAACAUUAUAAAAUCAUUUCUUUAUAAAAUCAGUUCAAAUCAGAUUAAUGACAACCAUUGGGCUAGAGUUCUGUGAGGAUUGCCAAAGGAGGGGGUCAGGCUGUGCCCUGGCCAAAGGCCUGGUGGAACAGCUCUGUCUUAUAGGCCCUGCGGAAAGAUGUCAGGUCCCACAGGGCCCUGGUCUCUUGUGACAGAGCGUUCCACACAGGUUGGCUCUGGUUGAGGCCAGCCUAACCUCUCUGUGGCCCGGGACCUCCAAGAUGUUUCUGUUUGAAGCCCAUAAUGUCCUCCGUGGGACAUACCAGGAGAGGCGGUCCCGUAGGCAACACUGGACCCAAGUUUGCAUAAAAGGGAAGAUGCAGGUGAGAGGAGCCAAACAAUUUCUCUUUACCUGCGUAAAUAACUUUUCCUCUGGGCUCACUCUGAAGCAAUAGAGCAAAGAGAGAGGUGCUGAUGGUUUUGCUCCAAUGUGCUUUAUUUUGUCUGUUAUGCAAUGCCGUCCUUGAGAGGAUGAUCAGGUUGUGCCAAAGCUAGUUACCUUCUCAAUGUUGAUUCUCUCUUCCGAUAUCCCAGAAUAGUUGCCAUUUUGGGUGAAUAGCUCAUUUACUCCCAGUUUUUUCAGAUACUCAAUCAAGUCAUAGCUCUUCUCCAGCUUAAAUUUAGGUAGCAUUAUUUCUCUUGUUCUAGGGAGAACAAAACAACGUCACAGGCCUUAAUUGACUCAAGCCAAGGGUGCAGAACAGUUCUUAAUCCAUGUUACACAGUGUUGGAGCCUCUUGUCACACAGAGUUUAAAUUAUACUAUAGCACGCCUGCCUUGCACAGUGUGACUAGUUCUUCGGCAUACAUUAGUCUCCUCUUUUAGUAACAUCUCCUUUGGAGCUGUAGCAUUGAGUCUGUUGGCUAGAUGGAUAAGGACAGAAGGGUGUUUUUGAACUCUUGAGCAGGACCAAGGAAUUGGAAGCUCUUCCUAAUUUCCUGCUCUUUCCCCCCACCCCAUUUGAGAUCAUAUUCCACUUGAGUUUAGUUGUGCUAUGUCACGCUUCCUCAACCUCAGCCCUCCAGAUGUUUUGAGACAACAGUUCCCAUCAUCCCUGACCACUGGUCCUGCUAGCUAGGGAUCAUGGGAGUUGUAGGCCAAAAACAUCUGGAGGGCAGAGGUCGACGAAGCCUAUGCUAAGUUAUUGAGCUAAGUUAAACUCAGAGUAGAUCCACUGGUUGUAUCUAGUGUUCAACUUACUCAGAGUAGACCCACUGAAAUUAAAAUACCUGGUUAGCCAUGUCCAUUAUUUUCGAUGGGCCUGCUCUGCAUAAGUUGAACAUUGGAUACAACCCAGUUACAGCAGUUUGGCUACGACGGCGUUGGACGGUUUGAUGCAGUGAUGUGCAUCAAAUAACACAUAGGCUAUUCAUGGGAGCCAGUGUGGUGUAGUGGUUAAGAGCGAUAGACUCGUAAUCUGGGGAACCGGGUUCGCGUCUCCGCUCCUCCACAUGCAGCUGCUGGGUGACCUUGGGCCAGUCACACUUCUCUGAAGUCUCUCAGCCCCACUCACCUCACAGAGUGUUUGUUGUGGGGGAGGAAGAAGGGAAAGGAGAAUGUUAGCCGCUUUGAGACUCCUGAAGGGGAGUGAUAAAGCGGGAUAUCAAAUCCAAACUCUUCUUCAUAUCAUGCAGUGAAAGAUCAUUAGGAAAGAAACAAAACCCUGAGUAAAGGAAGUACCUGUUAGUCAUGCUCUCCUGCCACUUCUCAACGAGCUGAGGAGUCAGUUGCUUCUCUAGUGUUCUCAUGCUCGACGGCUUAUAGGGCAGUACAAUCAACAUGCUGAUGUUGCCCACGUACGGCAACUGGAGCACCCCGCAAUCUAGCUCGUGGUCUACAGUGGCCAGGAAAUUGGCCUUCGUCUGCAUCAUGGAAACUUUCACAGUCUCUUUCUCGUUCAAGCGGAAUGUGUGUUUGCGUGUCAUUUCCACGGGAAACUUAUUUUCCCAGGUUCCUGUCAACACAGAAGAAAACUUAAUACAUAAAAUGUAGCUUAGGAAGGAAAAGAGUUACGGUUCGGCAUAAUUCAGGUAUUUCUGAAUAUAAAAAUAUAAGCCGAAAGCAUCUUUCAUACAGCUUUGGCACAUCCAAGGAAGGCCGCUAUGCAUUUUAAGAGGCGGCACACUUUUUCUAAUUAACAUGUUUAAUGAAGACUUCAACACAUGGAGGACAAUUGAAGCAGGGAUUAUUAUGUCUCGCCUGCAGGCUCAGACACAGUUGGAGUUUCUGGAGAGCGACAACUGGUAAACCAUAGUUUGUUUCACUGUGAUGUGUGAACAAGGCCUAAAUGCCCAUCCUGUCCACCAUUCUGAUCACCACUGUGGUGAAGGCCUCAUUCACACAUCACAGUGAGCCCAAACGAUGGCUAACCAGGACUGCACUGCUUCAUCCCUGGUCCUUCAGCACAGCAUGGCAUGAUAGGCUUGGCUUAGGACGUUGUCCAAACUCUGAAUUGUACCUAAGGUCUCUCUACUCCUUAACCAUGAUCUGUAGCUAAGGAUUGAUCUUAACCACAAUCUAGGUUUAGAUGACACACUAAGUCAACCUGACUCUUGACAAAAGGGGUGUGGACUCCUUACUGGGAGCAGGCAUGUUUGUCUGUUUGGCUCACAAGAUCUGGUCUAGGAGGGCUUUUAAGAUAUAGUUCUGACAAAUUGAUGUUUAUUAGCUCCUCCUUUUUUAAAAGAACAGCCAGCUCCUUUGCUUUAAGCACUUGGUAUCAAAUGUAUUGGGACGUGGGUGGCGCUGUGGGUUAAACCACAGAGCCUAGGACUUGCUGAUCAGAAGGUUGGCGGAUCGAAUCCCCGUGGUGGGGUGAGCUCCCGUUGCUCGGUCCCUGCUCUUGCCAACCUAGCAGUUCAAAAGCACAUCAAGUGCAAGUAGAUAAAUAGGUACUGCUCCGGCGGGAAGGUAAACGGCGUUUCUGUGUGCUGCUCUGGUUCGCCAGAAACGGUUUAGUCAUGCUGGCCACAUGACCCGGAAGCUGUACGCCGGCUUCCUUGGCCAAUAAAGCGAGAUGAGUGCCGCAACCCCAGAGUCGGCCACGACUGGACCUAAUGGUCAGGGGUCCCUUUACCUUUUAACAAAUGUAUUCUGGAGGAUACCACUCAUAGUUGCUCAUGAUCGAUGAAUGCAGCUGAAUGAGUAAACUGCACACACUGCUGGUUAUAUCAAAGGUGGAGUCAUAAGCAGCUAAUUUCCAGAGAGGGUAACUGUGUUAGUUUGCUGCAGCAAAAGCAGCUAAGUAUAUUUUGGCACUUUGAAGAAGAAGAAAACUAUUAUGGCAUAAGCUUUUGUGGACUAGAGUAGUCCGCUUCAUCAGAUAUAUGAAGUGUAAUCCUCAGUAUAUAUGCAUGUGGGGAGGAUGGGGGUUGUGCUAAAAGUUGGAGUUAAAUGGCAAUGAAAUACAAAAAGUAAAAUAUGUGGCAGUUCAUUUAGCGUUUGGAAUGUGUGCCAGUAUCAGAGCAGUGAAACAGCAGCUGUAUUUGGUCAUUUUAACCUUAUGUAACCUUUGAUUGUUUAUGUCCUUGAUAUGUUUUAAGAGAAGAUUUCUGUGAAGCUGGCUGAAAUGCUGCAUUUAAUAUCGACAGUUGCCUGUUUUUAAAAAGAAGAGGAUUGCAGUUUGUAAAACCAAGGCUGAUCACUUGUCUAGUCACUCUUUUUUAUGUACCGUAUUUUUCGCUCUAAAAAGUAAGGGGAAAUGUGUGUGCGUCUUAUGGAGCGAAUGCAGGCUGCACAGCUAUCCCAGAAGCCAGAACAGCAAGAGGGAUCUCUGCGCACUGCUCCCUCUUGCUGUUCUAGCUUCUGGGAUUCAGAAUAUAUUUUUUUCUUGUUUUCCUCCUCCAAAAACUAGGUGCGUCUUAUGGUCUGGUGCGUCUUAUAGAGCGAAAAAUACGGUAGUUGCUAGGAUUCUGUUUGGUAAUCUCUUAGUUUAUGCAUUUGUACGUGGGUGAAAUCGCCAUUGCUUCAUUUUGUUUCUUUACCUUUAAAGUACAAGCAGUUGAGGACCAUCAUGAUGGUGGUUGGGGGUAUGUUCACCAGAGCUUCCUUUAUCAAUCCUUUGGUGAGCUUCAGAAUACGUUGGUUGGCUUUCGAGAUGAAAGUUGGAUCUGAGAAGUCGGCCAGUUGAGCCUCAGCAAAAUAGUGCUUCUUCAUGUUGCUUUUGAAUUCACUGAGGACAGGGAAUUGUUUCUGGAUAUAAAGGUCAUUGACUGACCUGAGUGUGUAGCCAAAAUUCCUCCUGAAGAGCCGGUGAGUGAGUUUCUGAAAAAGGUUGUGAAUGGUCGUAAUGUCAUAUUUGGAGCUGGCAUUGACAAACUCGGUGAAGCCAAGGGAAUCCAACACUUCCUCCUGCGUCUGACCUUUCAGUCCCAAUGAAAUCAUAGCCAUGGCUGUGGAAAUUCCAACUGGAGCCAAAAGGAUGUUCUCUGAGGAGUUGGCUUUGUCCUUCAGACUCCGGUAAAGGUUGAAGGCAAAGUUUGCAUUGAGGAUAUUGAGGCGCUGGAUUCUGGUUUUCCCUUGGAAAAGUUUAAGAAUAUUCCCUUGCUUGAACUCAGAGGUGAUAUCUGGAUCAAUGAUGUCAACAUCGUCGUAAUCUUCCCUGAACAAAGUUUCAAAGUCAAGAUAGUCUUCCUCUUCCUCACCUUCAGUGCUCAAGUCAUUGGUCACCGUAUUCUCCUGGUGAAACUCGGGCGAGAGAUUGGCCACGCUAAGAGUCCCAUUGUUGUGGAGCCCACGAGGACUGAGAGACUGAACGCCGAGUUGUUCAAAAUGCUCUUGCAAACCUUUGAUUCCACACAAUGCAAGUGUUACUGUGAGGGAGAGGAAAGCGGAAAACAGCAGCAGCUUCAUCUUCACAACCGAGACACUGGAAGGUUCAAAACAUCACAGUUAGACACUCUGGAACCAGAAAGCUUUUAGGAAGCUUGCUUGGGAAUUGGUUUCCCUUUGCGGAGGCUGUGAUUGCACAGUGGGAGGAACCUAGGAACCUAGAAAGGUGGCUUAUGCCAGACCAGACUGUUUGUCCAUCGAGCCCAGUCUUAGGGAUGAGGGAAGAAAAUUCUAUUCAGUUUGUAUUUAAAGGCAAACCCAGAAAAUCCUCACUUUUCAAAGCAAUGUGCAAACCAAAAAACAUCCUUCAAAAUUCGCACUCCUUUAUAUUUUGCACUGCAAUUCUCCAGCCAAGUAAUGAGUUCACAAUUGCAUAUACUAGGGUAAAGUGUGAAAAUUGUAUACAAAGAUGCAUUCUGUCAGCGGAAAUUGCUUGCAAAAAAUUUGUGUGUGAGCCAAAACUGCACACAAAAACGUGUUUAUUAGGAGAAGAUUGCACUAAAAUGCUGAUGAAAUUUCAUUAGGAAAGCAAACUCACGAAUUGGUGUGAAAAUGUGAAGGACUGAAUUUAAUUUCGUAAAAAUGAGGAACUUGGAGGACAGCAGUUGACAUGUUUAUCCAUCCCUAAGCCCAGUUUUGUGUGUCCUCCUCCGACCUGCAGUAGUUCUUUGGCAGAUGUAUUUCUUAACAUGAGAUUGAUGGGAUAUGCCGGGGUCAGGAGCCUAGAUUUUGAUGGGGGUGGGUGGGGGAGAUUCUGCCAGUGUAGCUAACCCUGCUGGUUCAGUGAGAGCUCAGGGAACAAUGGGUGCCAGUCGGGCCGAAUUGUAUAUAUUGAACUAAUGAGCCAAUGACUUGACUGCAGGCAUCCAGUUGAUUUGAAAUAGAGCUAAGAUAUCAACAUGAAGCCCUUCAGCACCUUGUAAUUACAGGCAUAUUUUACUGAAAUGGGGUGAUGCACAGAUGCAUCUGCAUAUUAGCUUUCAUUUUUAUUUUUUUUUAAAAAAACAGACCAGAAAUUCAGCAUUCACAUCUUCAAGGCUCAGUAAGGGCUAAUUACUUUGCAUCUGCUGAAUGAGCAAAAACAAAUAAUGGAUGCUUUUUAUAAAUUGGAAAUGGGGUUUGUUUCCCAGAAUAUAACACUGUGCACACAGUUAAGCAAACAGCUGAUUCAAUGCCCAGGAAAACAUGAACAGACACCGAUCUCAUCGGACGGGAGGGAGACCUGAGCCGGUGGGGGCAGGUGGGGACAAUGAAAGGGAACGUCAAACACCUAGUGAGGCCGUGGAUUAAAAGUCACUAGUGCAAGCUGUAAUUCAUCUUAAAAAAAAAUACUGCAGAAAUCUCUUAACUUUUCCAAAAGGUGAACCUUCCAAGACACAGGCUCUAAUCAGUAGAAAGGUUGCAAAGAUGCUUCUAUCAGAAGUGACCCAUAUCUAUCGCCUUAGGUCAAAGUUCCCAUAAAGGACUGGCAGGUGGUCCAUUUCAGUUAGUAUCUUAGGAGAGUGCACAGUACCCAUAAUCCCUUGUGUGCAUCUGACUUGAGGCAGGAACGUACAUUGGCCGUUCACAACACACACAAAAACCAGGUGGAAGAAGGCCACACCUUCCCAAGCAACUAUGCAUCGAGAACUGGAGUUCUGUAACAGAACCUACAGAGUGCAGUUGUAAAGUUUUCCAUUUAACGCAGGCAUAGCUAUUUCAUCCUAGCAGCCUUGUACCUGAGAUUGCUUGGGAAUGCUAAGAAACCCAAACAUCAGGGCAGUUUGAAAGGUUAAGUCUGCCAUCUGGAUUCAAAAUGUUGUAGUCCAGGGGUCAGCAAACUUUUUCAACAGGGGGCCGGUCCACUGUCCCUCAGACCUUGUGGGGGGCAGGGCUUUUUUUGGGGGGGGGGGGAGAAAAGAACGAAUUCCUAUGCCCCACAAAUAACCCAGAAAUGCAUUUUAAAUAAAAGCACACAUUCUACUCAUGUAAAAACACCAGGCAGGCCCCACAAAUAACCCAGAGGUGCAUUUUAAAUAAAAGGACACAUUCUACUCAUGUAAAAACAUGCUGAUUCCAGGACUUCUCUGCGGGCCAAAUUUAGAAGCUGAUUGGGCCUUAGUUUGCCAACCCAUGUUCUAGCCCCGGCACAUCCAACAGGUAGAUCGUGAUCUACUGGUAGAUCACUGGACGUCUGAGGUAGAUCACUGGUAUAUCACUGGCUCAACAUUUUUGCCCUGCACCCCCCCCCAAAAUGGGGGUUUCCUCCUCCCCCCAAAAAGCUGAAAAACUUUGACCUGAACCCCGCAAAACAGGGCUUUCCUUCCUAGAAAAAGCUCAACAACUUUGGUAGAUUGCAGUCUCUUGGGAGUUGGCCACCCCUGUUCUAGCCAAACAUAGAUGAAAAGCUGCCCCUUGGAUCUCAGGAGCUGUUGUGCAAAACUUUGUUAUAUCUUAAGAGAUGUCCAAAUUCAGAGUGAGCAAACAACUUUCUGUAAUACAUAUAGGCUUGUAGCCAGUGGUAGUCCUAUUGAAAUGAAUGGACGUGGUAGACCUAUUGAAAUGAAUGGAUGUGGCUAACUUGGGUCCAUUGAUUUCAGUGGGUCUACUUGAGGAAAGGUUAUCCGGAUACAACACGAAGUAGAUAAAGUAUUCAAUGACCAAUUUUGUUGAAAGUGUUCACUGUGUUUAAAUAACGGGAUUUGUAAUAAGUAAACGUAAUGAAGUUAAAAUGAAUUAGACCUGCCUUGGAUGCAUAUGCCGUAUUUGCUCGAAUGUUGUAUAUGUAUGCAAAACUCCCUCUUCCUACAUGUUUGUACACACAUAUACACACAGAGAGAAACAAACAAUGGUGUUGGGAAUUGUAAUUGAAUGGUACAAUCUGCUAGCGGUUUCUUGGGCUGCAAAUACCUCUCACCACAUUACCUUUUGGGGGGGGUGGCAUUUCACGGGGUGUAGGAUGUUGUCACUGGGAGGAGAGCCGGUAAUCCUUUGCAUUUGUGCAGAACCAGUCGUUAUUUUCUCUGGAUCUGCAUUUCUUGAGGAUUUUUCCUCUCCCCUUUAACAAUAAAUUGAAAGCAGAGCCCAACCUCUAACAACCAGCUAUUACAUGAAUGAAUUUCAGAAUACUUUUAAGACCCAGAAGAACAAAUAUUCUGAUGUCCUCUCACUGCAGCCCCGUUCAACCCCUGUACUAGAGAAGGGCAACAGCUUUAUAGCACAAUCCUAUGCAUGCUUACUCAGAAGUAAGUCCCAUUGUGUCCACUGGAGCUUAUUUCUCAGUAAGGGUGUUUAGCUGUAAGUUUUUGAAUGCUUGCUUGAUCCUCUGUUGCAGCAGCGUUGCCAUUAAUAAAGUUGCAGGUAUUUUCUGGUCUUUUCAAGCUAUGCCUCUUUUGGGGGUUCAUGCAUUGUUCUGCCUCACUCCUUUAGUCCAGAAAUAACUUUUUUAGAGUUAAUUAAUCUCCAAAAGAGAGAAAUACGUCUUACCUCCUCUGUCGCCAAACAGUACGAUCUGAAGAGCAACCCAAAUAAAGAGGACGAAAAUGUUUGACUGUGAACUUUGGUGUAUGGGUAUGCGCUAAAGUAAAUAGGCUGUAAAUCAAUCACUUCUAAGUUUAUCUUGUCAGCUAAAAUCCCUCUAGUUCAUUUGCCGCCUCUGCUGAUUGAUCUUCUGAUCUUUCAAAUGCUCACAUUUUAUUUUAGUUUUAUAAGCAAGGGCAAAAAACCCCCCAGAUCUUUGCCUUACCAUACAUUGUGACACAUUGUGGGGUCUCUGACAGCUCUUAAUGAUCUAGCAGGCUAAACCAUUGUAAUCCAUGGCUUCUGCUGGAGUCACAGGCCAUUUCAUUUUCUUUGGCUGUAAUGAGUCAUUUUCAGUGGUUCCAUUAUGAGGCCCACCAGAGAUGAUUCAUAAGACCAGGAACCAGCAUAAUGUUCAGCAUAGCUUUGGAAUGACAUUUCCACAUUCACGUCGCCCCAGAAUGCACUUUGUCCCAAUGACGAUGGAUCAUUUUACAUUGAUCUCCUUCAUGGCAAGUUGAAUAAAUGAAAAUUAGAGGUGACAUGUAGUCACCAUUUCUUUUCUUAUGCAGGGGAAAAGUUGAAUCGGGGGAGUGCAGUUUUGAGAAGAAAGAACUGCUGGAGGGAUUGUGAUAAACAGUCUCUCUCUCCCCCCUUCACUUCCCCUGCUCAAAUUUUCAGCCACACAAGGCUUCUUUUGAGUUUUAAAAACCCCUAGAACAAUUGUGGGAUAGAGCCUAAAACUGGUCACUUCGUUGUGAUAAAAAUGGUUAAGAGAAUGUAAGCUUGUUAGCCAAGUGUCCCUUGCUUUUCUAAAUUUUGUAGGUGUUUUGAUUGAUGCCUAACAUAGUUGAGCUGUCUCUGAUUGCUCCUUCUAACUUAUGAGCUACAUUUUUAAUUCCAUAAUCACCCUUAACAUUUCAGAAUUGAUAGUGUUCAAACAUGGAGAAUGCAAGCCUUGGACUCUGAGUGAUGUCAUGUUGAAAUAGUUAACUGUUGCCUGCUUUCUCUGUAGCAUCUACAGUGGACGGUCGGGUUGCGAACGUGAUCCGUGCGGGAGGCAUGUUCACAACCCGCAGCAUUCGCAACCCCCAUGUCUGCGCACGCGCGGGUUGCGAUUCGGUGCUUCUGUGCAUGCGCAAAGCGUGAUUUUGCGCUUCUGCACAUGCGCAAGUGCCGAAACCCAGAAGUAACCUCUUCCAGUACUUCUGGGUUCGGCGCGGUGCACAACCUGAAAUCGCACAACCCAAAGUGUCUGUAACCUGAGGUAUGACUGUACAUUUAAUCUGUUUUGGGAACAUAGGAAGCUGCCUUAUAUUGAGUUAGACCAUUGGUGCAUCGACUCAGUAUUGUAUACCUUGAUUGGCUGGUCAUCUCCAGGAUUUCAGGCAGGGCUGUCUCCCAGCCCUAUCUUGAGAUACCAGGCAGAAAUUGAACAUCAUCAUAUCAUAUCAUAUCAUAUCAUAUCAUAUCAUAAUUUGUACCUUCUGACUGGGUUUCCUCAGCCACUCUGGGUAGAAUGCGACCCUCUGAAGGCAAAGCAGAUGCUCUACAGCUAAGCUACAGCCCUUCACAAUAACAUUGAGUAUGUCUUGCAAUGUAUGUGCUUACGGCCCUUGAGAGUGUUUGCUAUAAUUAAUGUACUCUAAAAUUGGAAACCUCUAGUUUUGUUCUCUCAACAAUUCUGCUGGGCAAGGGCGGUCCACCAGAUGAUGUUGAACUCCAUCUCAGCUCAACAGGACACCCCCUGAUCAGGGAUAUUGGGAGUUGUAGCCCCCACUACAUCUGACGGCUCAGUGGCUCCCCAUCUUUUCUGUAGAGUAGCUGCUUCUUGUUGUUAAUAUUGUUAACAUGAGUCAUGACAGAGAUAGUACUCUUAAUCCAGUGGCUCACAAUAGUUGAUGGACUAAUGUUGAUUAGUAUGAUCUGCAUUUUAUUAGGUUGAUGUUUAGGUGAGAAAUCCAAGAUCAGAAGUACCAGAAUAUCUACAUGCAUAUCAUUGCAUUUAUGUUAUUAUAACGUAUUUUCCCUUCCAUUUACUCUGCUAGCUUACAAGACGCUUGCCGCCCAUCAAGGAAGCUAAGCCCAGGUUACAGAAGCUCUUCCGCGACUUCUGGCUGUAUUCGGUGCUUAUGGGAUUUGCCGUGGAAGGCUCAGGUACUCCAGAGAUUCCUUUUUAUUUGGACAACCGUUUCUCAAUGGAGAGGCAGGAAAAUAUUGAAAAUAUGCCAAAUAGCUGCCUGUUGCCACAUUUAAAAUUUUUCAUUUACCAGUGACUUCACUGCUGAAGAAUUAUGCUAAUUUGUUGUAGCAGCAGCAGCAGCAAGAAAUAUCAUGGCUGUACUGUCCUGUUGUGGUUGUGACAAGAAACCCACAAAUGGGGAUAGACUGAGUGGUCUAAUUCUAUACCAUUUCAGUUUCACUGGCACUCAGUUUUAAGUCCAUUGAGUUCUGUCCUGCUAAGUUCUACCCAUCACACCUGAACUGGCAAACUCUCUGUGUUUUUGUUUUUGUUUUUGCCUGCCCUCUAAAACCAGAGUCAUAAUCCAGCUGUCGCUCAUGGUUUGGAGGUCAAAUGGUGUGGCUUGUGAUAAAAAGGAGGAAAUCUGAUUGGAUGAAGGGAGGAAGGAGCAUAUGAGCCCAAGGCUCAGUCAAUUAACACCCAAUUGCGACUGCAUGCAAACCAAGCUUUAAUCUUUUUGAAAGGGUUUCUGAUAUCCAAAUGUAAAAAGCCUAGUGUGACUCAAACUAAUUUUUGUUACUUUUACCUUUGAUAAAAGUUCUUCCCCCGAUGACAGCAUCCUGGUUGAUCAUGGUUCUGGUCUUAAUGGCCAGAGAUGAUGAUGAUGAUGAUGAUGAUAAUGAUAAUAAUGAUAAUGAUAAUAAUUUAUUUAUACCCUGCCCAUCUGGGUGACUCCCAACAGAAUAUUAUUAUUAUUAAUAACAAAAGUGAUAAAAUAUCAAACAUUAAAAACUUCCCUAAACAGGGCUGCCUUCGUAUGUCUUCUAAAAGUCAGAUAGUUGUUUUUUCCUUGACAUCUGAGGGGAGAGCGUUUCACAGGGUGGGCGCUGCUACCGAGAAGGCCAGGCUUAGGCAAACUCGGCCUUCCAGAUGUUUUGAGACUACAAUACCCAUCAUCCCUGACCAGUAGUCCUGUUAGCUAGGGAUGAUGAGAGUUGUAGUCCCUGAAGAAGGCCUUCUGCUGGUUCCCUGUAACCUCACUUCUUGCAGUGAGGGAACAGCCAGAAGGCCCUUGGCACUGGACUUCAGUGUCCAGGCUGAACGAUGGGGGUGGAGACGCUCUUUCAGGUACACAGGGCCAAGGCUGUUUAGGGCUUUAAAGAUCAGGACCAAUGCUUUGAAUUGUGCUCGGAAAUGUACUGGGAGCCAAUGUAGGUCUUUCAGGACCGGUGUUAUGUGGUCUUGGCGGCCGCUCCCUAUCACCCAUCUAACUGCCACAUUCUGGACCAGGUAUAAUGUUCUUUUGUCUCCAAUUUUUAGGUCUUUGGCCAGAAGAGUGGUAUGAGGGUGUUUGUGAGAUAGCAACCAAGUCGCCGCUACUGACGUUUCCUAGCAAAGAGCCUCUCCGCUCUGUUCUUCAGUACAACUCAGCUAUGAAAAAUGACACAGUCACUUCCGUAAGUCCUUCCCUCUUCUUUUCAGACCCUCAUUAAUGCACAGAGUGAAUGGGGUGCUGAGAUCAUAGAAAUACCCUCCUGUGUUAAUCAGCUCCCACCUUAAAGAGAACAAAGGUGUUUUUUUUAAGGAGCAGCUUCACUGAAAUCCCCAAGCAGAACUAAACAUUAUACAGGCUAGCAAUGCAGUGAGGGAUGUGGAUCUUUUGCAGGAGAGAAUUGGCAGGAAGAGGAAGGGGUGCUGAACCUUUUUCUCCCAGGACUCCCGGCAAUGCUUCCACUCUUAAAAACACCCAAAGGGAAGGGCAUGUGGGAGAGAAUCAGUAGGCAGCCAGAGAGGUCAAGCACUGCCUGCUGUUUCUCCCCACAAAGGCACUACUGCCUGGCCUUGGUGUUGUCAGGAGCUCGUCCUACACUCGAGUAGGACCUUGGCAGAGACACAUGCCCGACUGGCAUGUUCUCUCCCUCCUGGUCGUUCAUUCGGGAGCUUCAAAAGCUUUCUUCUGCCCGAACAUCACAGCGACCAAUGCCAACAGACACCGACACACUUAGGGAUCCGCAGAGUCUUUGCAGUUUGCAUAACAGAACUCAGCAUUUUGGCUAAUCUACGUUUAUUUACAUACAAACACACAUGGAGCACUGCAACAUGGCUCCCUCUCUCUCUAGCAUCGGACAGCAAAGAGAAAAAGAACAAAGGACAAUAGUCCCACUUCACAGAACACAGUAACACAAACAUCCUGUCUCCGUCACUUCCCACUCUGUGGAGUCAAAACAUACACCGUCAUGUGAUAGACAAAAAUCCCAUGUCUGCAAUCACGGAGCAGGAAUUCUAACAGGUAUUACAAGGCAGUUAUGGGUUUGGGCAUCCCCAGGUUGUCAGUACUUUGACCGGAGGGAUUUAAUCAAACCCUGGAAAUGUAGCUUGCACAGUUAAAGUGGAAUAAAGCACCUGUUCCCCUGGCGCAACAAAUCCACUUUAAAAAACAAACAGAUUUUGCAGCUUAGAAAUGUGACAGGGAAAUGCACUGAAGCGUGUGGAGUAAAUGACUGAUUGCAAACAAAACGGAAUGGAUGCUCAGUAAAGACAUUGUAUAACCUCCACCUAAGCAAAACAGGGCGAAUGUCUGAGAAAGAGGGGGUUCGGAGGGGUCCUGUGUUAACCUCAUAACAUGUAGUUCUGCCCCAGGGGUAUCAGUUGAGAGUGAGGGAGAGAAAGAAAGAAAGAAAGAAAGAAAGAAAGAAAGAAAGAAAGAAAGAAAGAGACAGUCCUUGUUUUUCCUGCUUUUGAUACUUACCUGUCAAAACUUUUGAAGUUGUAGUAGACAGCAACUUGGUUUUGUAUCUCCCUGCCCUUUCAGAAGUUCUUUGCAUCGAUCCAGUUUCCUGAUUCCCUCCCCGUAUCAUAAGCUGUAGUGCUCCUCUGCUUGCUUGCAAGUGGAGCAGUUAGCUGUCGACUGCGUAUGCUCUCACGAUGGAAGAAAAAUAAAAGCCGACACCCCGUGGGAAUCUUUCUUUUUUUUGGCAGACUUCAUCCUGACUUGUGAUGAAUCGCAUCGAGCCGCGUCAGCAUUCUUGCAUCUUGAUACUUCUAAGCCAAACACAUAGUGUUUGUCUUCUCUCAGGAUGUGCUGUGAAACACUUUGAGCACCUUUCUGUAUCCUGCAAAAGGGUUUUUUUAUGCUUCCAUUGUUUUAAUUCCCUUUGUAUAAAGUACAAAAGUAACGACUGUUCAGAGGAAUUCUGCAGGUUAAGUAACUCAUGUUCGGGGUAGCUGAUGGUUGUUUUUCUUGUUUUGCUCUUAGGCUGAACUGAAUGAGUUACGGAGCACCAUCAUCAAUCUUUUGGAUCCUCCGCCAGACGUAUCUGCCCUGAUCAAUAAGCUGGACUUUGCCAUGUCUACCUACCUGCUCUCUGUGUACCGUCUAGAAUGCAUGAGGUAGCUUUUUAAGCCCUGCUCGUGAUUUUGUAGUGCCCUGUUUGCUUGUCAUGCUAAACCAAACCAUGGUUUAGCACAAGCACACAGGCUCUGGGAGACGAGUUAAGCCAUGGUUUGGCUUACUGUGCCGCCUGAAGCUGGGCUUGUAGUUUAGUUCUCUUGGACAAACCACGGAUGGUAAACCAUAGGGCAGACCUUGGUUUACAGCUCAUGGUUUGUCUGGGAAAGCUAAACCAUAAGGAUGGAUUUGGAAAACAUGCUAAGACAACCUAUGGCUUAGGUCAGCGUGGCACUUCAGCAAAAUGACUGGGGAGGAAUGAGGUGGUUGCCCUCCUCCUCUUAGGGAGCCUGGAAGCUUGCAGUUUUGUGCCACAUCUUGGUUUGGCUUUGCGUCAUGUCCGAACCAAUUUCUGGCAUUUUAUGCACUUUGACUUUGUGCUUACCCCCCACUAAUUCUUUAAUCCUUUUUCAAACUGGGCAACUUAAUGCAAAUGGUUCAGCUGUGUCUCUUGUUUUUCCAUUAAACAAUUACAGCUGUGUGUAGGGAGUUUUAGCCUUCCUAAUCCAGCCUCAUGAACUCCCCCUCCAGCUAUGAGCCUUAGUAAAAAAAAAGUUUCCAGUAAUGGUAAGCAAAACAGGAACUUUUUUUUUUUUGACCCUGCCGUGUAGCUGUAAUGGGAGUUGGUGGUUUGCAGAGGUUGUGGCUUGGUAGGGAAGGGAUAAGCCUCCCUGUGUACUACUUUCUCUGUUAACAGUUCUCCCCCCCUCAAAAUCCCUGUGGCUAUAAUUAAUUAAAGAAUAACAUUAAGCUGCGCAAUAAGCAUGACAUGAAAUUUGACCCUAAGCUGGUGGCUAUUGUCACAUCUUAUGCCAGUGGAUGACAUGAUGAGAGCAAAAUGGAAGGCAACUCCUGCAAGAGUUUUAGCUUUUAGCAGUUACGUUUUAAAACAAGUUUCUUUCAGUUAGAAUUCCACACCAUGUAAGGAAAAGACAGCUGUUUUCCCUGAAUGGACACUUUAAAAAGCCUCCUUCACCUGUAUUUCUAUGUCAAACGCAUUUCUCAUAAUCUCUCUCCUAGGGUAUUGCGUUCAACAGACCCAGAUCGCUUCCAAGUGAUGUUUUGUUAUUUUGAGGAUAAAGCUAUUCAAAAAGACAAAUCGGGUGAGACUGUAUAUAGAUUGUGUUUUACCUAAGGUAGACAGAUUUGUGUCUGGAUGUAACAGAAUUGAACGAACUUUUACCAGCUUUCAUUUCAUAUAAAGGUAAAGGGACCCCUGACCAUUAGGUCCAGUCGUGGCCGACUCUGGGGUUGCGGCGCUCAUCUCGCUUUAUUGGCCAAGGGAGCCGGCAUACAGCUUCCGGGUCAUGUGGCCAGCAUGACUAUGCCGCUUCUGGCAAACUAGAGCAGCACACGGAAACGCCGUUUACUUUCAGCUGGAGCGGUACCUAUUUAUCUACUUGCACUUUGACGUGCUUUCAUACUGCUAGGUUGGCAGGAGCAGGGACCGAGUAACGGGAGCUCACCCCGUCGCGGGAAUUCGAACCGCCAACCUUCUGAUUGGCAAGUCCUAGGCUCUGUGGUUUAACCCACAGCGCCACCCGCGUCCCUCAUUUCAUAUAAUGUAGCAUAAUUAUUGGGUUACCUUUUUGCUGGCUUCCUUCCCACAAGGGGGUAGGUGGAUAAUUUUUGUCAGGACUCUGGUAGGGAAAGAGAGGUUUAAGCCCACCCACCCCCACAAAAAUUGUGCAAUUUCCCUUAUGGUGGCUAGUUAAAUAAAUAAAAAAUAACAUGCACAUCUUGUGUGUUUGUUUAUGAUACUCGUUUGCAUCCUGCCUCUUCAGGAUACAAAUCUAUCCAAAGCAACUUCAAAUAUUUCAAAUUGCACCAGUAAAAUCAUAAUGAACAACAUCAUGACAAAUCACCAAGAUCCUUCCCCCUGGGCAGUGUGCAGUAGACAGGCUUGUGGGGAGAAGAGAUUGUCCAGCUGUAACAGAAACAGGCCCCCAGUGUUGUCUUCACCUGCCUGCUUGUCUCCUGGAAUCUUUAGCAUCAGGCAGUUGGUGGGAAAUGGUUUUCGUGCAAUUAAAGUCACCUUUAAUGGAGACUUGAAGGAUUUAAAGGACGGAUGGAGGUUAGGCAAUACAUUCAUUAAGUCCAGGGGAAAUGAUAUUUAGGAUGGAGGCAUGAGUGAUGCAAAACCUCCCCCUUUAGCUCUACUGAGAAGGAAAUCUGUCCCAGAGUUUCAGGAGAAAAUGGGUAAAAAAUAAGCACAGCCAACAUUUCUUUUCUUUUGCUUCCUCCUUUCAGGUAUGAUGCAGUGUGUCAUAGCUGUAGCAGACAAGGUGUUUGAAGCCUUCCUCUGCAUGAUGGCUGACAAAGUAAGUUAACCAGGGCAAUGACAAAACGCCUCCUUAGGUCAAUCCAAAUCUAGAGUGUUUUUGCAAACGUAGUGCAGAAGAGGGAUGGGGAACCUGUGAACCUUCAAUGUUGCUGGAGUACAGUUAUUGUCAUCCCUCACCGUGGCCUCUGCCAACUGAGGCUGAUGGGAGGUAAAGUCUGACAACAUCUGGACAGACACCAGUUCCCCAUCCUUGACUUGGGGCUGCAUCCAAUUUCUCUGUCCGCUACGAAAGGACCCUUGUGCUAAUGGAUGGGUGAGUUUCAGCUGUGACAACAGAGGAACCCCAACGCAACAGUGGCGCUGGCAGAAACUCCUUGUGCAAUAGAUUUCACAGUCUUAUCGUGCAACAAAGCUACUACGCUAAUGCGUUCCCUUGCACAACGUUUCACUGGCACAAAGCGUUUCGCCGGCAUAACAAGUGUACCUCAAAUUGACUUUAAUAAGCACUGCAUUGGAUACAACCCUGAUGCACUUCCACAUUAAAUCCUUAGGCUAGCAGAUUGGCUCCUCUGCUGUUGCUCCGACACAUUGAAAAACUGUUGCAUAGAAACGGCAGGUGGAACUUCCUUUAGCCCUUAAUUGAAACCUGUCCUAAAAACCUUCAGAGUGGGUUUCUCCCUGCAUUUAGAGCAUUGUGGAUCCAGGAAUAAAAGAGAACAAUCUGAGGGUCAGCUCAGAUUCAACAGAGAACUGUGGUUUGGGUGGAACAACAAACCAUGGUUUGCUGCUAGCCUGGAAGUUAGGGAGAGAAUUGUAGCGUGGAGAGGAAGAAGGAGGAGGGAGCAUAUGAGCAUAAAGAUCAUUCAUAUGACACUAACCCAUGAAAUCGUUAGCUAAUAACAUGGCCUUGUAUUUCCUUAACUUUACGUGGAACUGAAAAGCAGUGUGGUUCUGUUGGAGAGAGAUCUAUCGAUCGCAUGAAUUCAGGGCUCAUUCUUCUUACAUCGCAAAGCAAUAGCAAAUGCUCUAGGUGACGGCAGAACCUUUCUGAGGAGCAAACUUGGCAAUGGUUUUUAUUGAGUACUGCUCAAAAUAGGACAUUAGGGAUCAGCAAGCUGGCUGCUGUCUUGUUGUUACUCUCUACCCCACUCAUUAAUGGUGCUAGAUAAGAGAUAAAUCCUAAUGCAAAGCCAAGUCCUAUUUUCCUAUAACAGUCUUAGACAUUUUUAUCCAGAUAUUAGCGUACAUAGUAUUGCGACCUUAAGCAGUGAUUUAGCAACUGUUUUAAAGGAACAACAAAAAGCCUCAUGUUUCUCUUACACGUUUAGGCUAAAACGAAAGAAAACGAAGAAGAGCUGGAAAGACACGCUCAGUUUUUGCUGGUGAAUUUCAAUCAUAUUCAUAAGAGGAUCAGACGGGUCGCCGAUAAGUACUUAUCUGGCCUUGUAGACAAGUGAGUGUAUUUUUAAAUAUGCUGUCCUUAUUUUGAUGUUCAUGGAACAGCAACUCUCCCUUGGUUUUUGUAUUUUCCUCCCUUCAUUCCCACCCUCUGCUUUGUGUAACAACUAGACUGAUGAAGACUUUUGUACAUGUCUUUUUUGUUCCAAGGUUCCCUCACUUACUUUGGAGUGGAACAGUGCUGAAGACCAUGUUAGAUAUCCUCCAGACCCUCUCCCUGUCAUUGAGUGCAGUAAGUAUUUUCAUAUUAACCAUAUUAUUAUUAUUCGAUUUUGAAACUCCUUUGUAGAGUUCUUGCACUGCAUAUGUUGCUCUGCCCACAUUUGCUUCUGCAGAAAGUUGAGCAGAAGCGAUUGUGUCCCUUGGGCUGAAACAUGGUUCCUUAUCCUUGAAAUAACUGGCCAGCCCCUCUUCGUUUCCUCCAGGAUAUUCUAUUCCACUUCUCCCUUGGUUUUCUGUUCCAUCCUGCAAAAGACACUCAUCAUUGUCCAGUAACUGAGGAUGCUCAGCCUUUGUUGGGUUAUUGAGAACGCCUAGGGCUUUUUUCCUGAAAACCUUUUGAAUUUUUGUAGAUGUUGGGUUCUCCCAUGCAUGCUGAUACUUCCCUCUGGAGUAAAUCUUGCACAAAUCCAGAGUGGAGUCCCUAAGAUGGUUGGGUGGUGCCUUGUACAUUUCCUUCCAACAGCUCCUGCAGCCAAGCUGGUGCCAAAUGUAUUGCUCUGCUUUCCUCUGGACCCUACUGUGGCGAUCAGACAGGGCCCCCGGACGUUUGACAGUCUAUUGACCCUGUGCCACCACUGUGAUUACUUUCUUCGCUGCUACCACCCCGUUUCUCACGGGGACACACGGAGUCCAGACAGUUGUUAACAUAAACAAAUAAUCAAGUUUAUUUUUAAAUGCAGGAACAAGCUUAUGGUUUCAGUUAGUUUUUCUUGACAGUUUCUUAAUCUUAGUUCCUAACAACUUCAAACUGAUUAUCCCCAACUAUCUAUCUGACUCCACCUGACAAUUCCUCUCACUGUCUCACAAUACAACUCUACCAACCCACUGCCUAUUGCUCCCUCUUCCUUCUCCAACUCCCAAACCUCAACUGACUUUCAAAACCUCCCACUCUAACUUUUACUGCACCCCUUGCAUUCCCACUGGCCAAUCACAUCACACUCAUUUAACCUUUUCCUUAUGACCCAUCCUAGGAGGCAAACGCCACACCUACCAGCGAGGUGUGGGUCCUGUCUUCUGGGCAGCCCGGGAUCUCCAUACACACUGCCCAGGCUUGCGCCUCGGGGAAGUCACUUCAAUGCUACUAACACGGCAAAAACAACAUGGGAGGCAGUAGUUACAAAUUACCCUCUCUGUAGCCACAGCAGGCACUGUGAUUCUGCAGCAGUUUAAUUCUUCCCCUGGAGGCGCACUCCAUUGUCUUUUGAGACAGACGGAUGUCAACACACAGCAUUUCUAAGAAAGUGAUCUGAUUCUUGUUAAAGGGUUUUUUUUUUCUUUUCAGGACAUUCACAAGGACCAACCCUACUAUGACAUUCCAGACGCCCCGUAUAGAAUUACUGUUCCCGAUACAUACGAAGCUAGAGAGGUGAGACACUCCAGGAUGCAGAAAGAUGAAUUGAAGUUUACUGUGACCUUUUCUAGAUUUGCAUCCUCUUGCUCCUGCACAUGGUUAAUGCUUGAAGGCGACUAAUUACUUAUGUCUGGCCUCAUAUAAUUUUUCCUUCCAGAUAAUUUGGAACAUUUCUGUUUCCUUGCACUGCAGCAGUAUUGAACUGCAAGAGUAGCAUUUUGUCUGCCUUUGCCAGGCUGGAGUAGAUGGGCUUACCUAGUUGCAUAUGGGUGGAGGAGCAAGAGCCCAUCUUCCUCCCCACUUGCCCAGUGUGCCCACCCCAUUUCCUUUGUCCUAGAUUUCCACAUGUGGGGAUUGGUACAUGGGAAGCUCCCUUAUACUGAAUCAGGCUGAUUUGGUCCUUCUAGCUUAAUGUUGUCUUCGCUGCCUGACAGUGGCUCUCUGGGGAGGCUGGGGGAUGAACCUUUUACCUUCUGCAUGCCAAGCAGAGGUUCUUCCACCAAGCUAUUAUUGGUGAAAGGCAGAUAAGAAAUCUAAUUAAGAAAGAAAAGAAACCCAAUUCUGCUCACGCUUGGUUGAAAUUAACGGAUGUAAGUUAGUCAUGUCUAUUAAUUUUAGAGGUUCUACUCUCUGAGUUGGACCAGCCACCCAAAUAAUACUAAAUACAUUUAUCAAAUAUUAAUAAUGUGGGGGGGGGAUUGAUCAAUGUUCUAGAUAAAGCGCAGGAAUCGAAUGCACAAUUUGAAACCAUGCCAGAGCCUGCUUAGCUUUUCAAAUGUGCUAGCAGUUUUACUGCCGCAUGUUGGAUAUUUUGCAUGUGCGCCCGACCCAGCUUAAUAUUUGCUUUAUAGUCGCACCUUGGAAGUCGAAUGGGAUCCGUUCCGGAAGUCCAUUCGACUUCCAAAAUGUUCGGAAACCGAAGCGCAGCUUCUGAUUGGCUGCUGGAAGCUUCUGCAACCAAUCGGAAGCCAUGUCGGAUGUUGGGCUUCCAAAAAUAGUUUGCAAACCUGAACACUCACUUCCGGAUUUGCCGUAUUCGGGAGCCAAAAUGUUUGAGAACUAAGCUGUUCGAAAACCAAGGUACGACUGUAUUUUGCUUUUAUUAUUCAGCACAACAAUUCAUUUUACCAGCUGACUGUUUUGUGUCUCUUUUUUUAGAGUAUAGUGAAGGAUUUUGCCGCACGCUGUGGAAUGAUCCUCCAAGAAGCCAUGAAAUGGGCCCCUUCGGUCACCAAAUCUCACUUGCAGGUAACUUCUGCAAGUUGUAGCUAAAUAUUAGGGUGUGUGUGUCUGUGUGUGUGUAUUUAAAGAUGGAGGUAUACUAUGUAAAACAAAGCACUCCCUCUCUUCUCCCACAGAAGGGAAUGCCAUUUUCGGUAUAUUGUAUUAGACAUUGUUUUAAAGUAGUCAGUAUCAAACUUUAUUUCGUUUACUGACCAGCAUAAGAUAAAACAUACGCACCUUGUUUUAAAUUUUCUGCUUGCGCUCAGACUAUUAUUUCUGUUCUUCUUUCAGGAAUAUUUAAACAAGCAUCAGAACUGGGUCUCUGGCCUGUCCCAGCACACAGGGCUGGCUAUGGCCACGGAGAGCAUCCUCCACUUUGCAGGCUACAACAGGCAGAACACAACUCUGGGGGUGAGUGAGGACAAUCACCUCUUUGGUUAACUGGCCAGAGUUUGCUGUGUUUUCCCCCCUUGGUUUUGUGACUAUUUUAUACAAGUGGAGCCCAGUGCUCUCUGGGGAGUUAACAGUUUUCAUUGAGGAGGGGUUCGCUCUGAAUUCACGUAACGCUUUCAAGUUUUCCAGUGCCUGAGCUUGAUUUUCUUACUGCCUCCCGGUCCCCUUCCCCCCUUUUGUGUCCUGUUUCUUAGAUUGGAAGCCUGCAGGCAGGUACGGUCUUAUAACUGGGGUCGGGAAGCCGCUGUAGGAGUCUUUUUCCGGCUAAAGAGUGGAAUUAAAACACCAAGAACACCACCACCUAAUUCACUUAGCAGAUUCACUGCCACAAGACGUGGUGAUGGGUACGGGCUUAGUUAAUUUUAAAGGCGAGGGGGCUGGACAGAUCCAUGGAGGUCUGUGAGUGGCUAUUAUAGAUGCAGUGUCUGUGUAGAACCUCCAUGUUCAGGCAUAGCAUACCACUGAAUACCAUUUGCUGGACAGCAGCAGAAGGGGGGGUGGGCUGUGUGUGUGUGUGCGUGUGCGCGCGCACACACACACACACCACUUACAUCAGGGGUCAGCAAACUUUUUCAGCAGGGGGCUGGUCCACUGUCCCUCAGACCUUGUGGGGGGCCAAACUAUUUUUUUUGGGGGGGGGAGGAAAUAAAUGAAUUCCUAUGCCCCACAAAUAACCCAGAGAUGCAUUUUAAAUAAUAGCACACAUUCUACUCAUGUAAAAACACCAUGCAGGCCCCACAAAUAACCCAGAGAAGCAUUUUAAAUAAAAGGACACAUUCUACUCAUGUAAAAACAUGCUGAUUCCCGGACCGUCCGUGGGCCGAAUUUAGAAGGCGAUUGGGCUGGAUCCGGCCCCCGAGCUUUAGUUUGCCUAUCCAUGACUUACAUAGUAAUCGUAUGUUUUUUUUGUAGGCAACCCAGUUAACUGAAAGGCCUGCCUGUGUAAAGAAAGACUAUUCCAACUUCAUGGCUUCACUUAACUUGCGAAAUCGCUAUGCUGGAGAAGUAAGUACAGCAGUCUAAGCCCUGUGGCAUUAAAACAGGGAUCAUUAUUUGUUUCCCUCUUGCUUUGCUUCUCUUCACUAAAGUGAGUGACAUUUGCUCAUUUACAGUGAACUGUUUAUUGUGGCAUGAAACAUUAUUUUGAAAGUUAUACGUUUUAGUAUCUGAAAACAUUUUAUGUAGAAGUGAAAACAAACCGAGUAACUUUUGUUGCAUCCAUCAUAUUCUUCCUGAGCUCCUAGUACUUUUAAAAGCUUUUGGUUGACCAGGGAUUCUUUCGUGGAUCAUUACGUGCAAACAAGAUGUUUAAACUUGGCCAUUGAAAAGGGAUGCAUGAGAAUAUUUGGGAAUGUUUUAUUUUAAUAAUUUUUACCCAGCUCUUCUUUACCUGAAAAUAAACUCAAAAGUGGUUUGCAGAAUAAGAUUGAUUAAAACAUCAUGAAAUAAAGACAAUUCACAAAAUGCAGAAUCCAUAUUUUGCAAAGGCUGUAAUAGUAAUUUUGCCAUGCUUUGACAGGGCUGAAAAGCUCUACUUAGCCGUAGAGUAAUUGACCACAAAGAUAAACAAAGUGCAAGUAGAUAAAUAGAUACCGCUCCGGCGGGAAGGUAAAUGGCGUUUCCGUGCGCUGCUCUGGUUCGCCAGAAGCGGCUUAGUCAUGCUGGCCACAUGACCUGGAAGCUGUAUGUCGGCUCCCUCGGCCAGUAAAGCGAGAUAAGUGCUGCAACCCAGAGUCGGUCACGACUGGACCUAAUGGUCAGGGGUCCCUUUACCUUUAAUUGACCACAAAGAUAAACACUAGACAUUUAAAGGUUUUUGCAAGCCCUGUUAACUGAUUGGAAAUUCUCUUAACAGGUCGCUGGGAUGAUUAAUUACUGUCACGCCACAGGCCGCACCUCAGAUCUCAGUAAACUAAUGAUCAAGCAGCUCAACGAGGCUCUGGAACCAGGCCAGCCUGAACACUACACUCAAGUCAUGUUUAAGAUGACAGCCAUGUUGAUAAGUAGCAGAGGUAAGGACGACAGUUUGAUUUUCCUUGCUCUGCCAUGUGUACGUGCAUAUAUACAUGUUUUAGAGAGAGAAGCCACAGAAAAGGAUGCUGAAAGGAGAAUUGCAAUCUGGUUCUUUUAUUUCUCUAUAAAAGAGAAUUUUGUCUAUUGGUUGAUGGGCAAAUGAUUAUUUAGUUUUGUACAGCUGUAAGGAUGAUUGAUUGAGUGAGUGAGUGAGUGAUUGUUUUGUUUGUUUACCAGAAGGUCCCAGGGCAUAUUACAGCUAUUUAUUUAAAUAUUUGUAGACCACACUUUUCGGGGGGGGAGGGGCGGGGAAUGCAUACAACACACGAAAUUGCAACAGCAUCACUAAACCAUCAGUGCCUACCCUUAGAUCGUAACGGUGCAGGAUUAAAUAGCUACAGAUGCUUAUAUGUGAACAAAACGUUUGUGUGAUAAAUGCAAAAUGUUGCUUAUUUGUUUUGUAACGUAUGUACCACUUCUUUCAUUUCUUCCCUGGAGUCCCAUUAAUUUAAGUGGGUCUACAUUAAGUAUGACUAAGUCUGGACUCAACCCAUUUAAAAUACUUUUUUUUAAAAAAGUAUAUUGCUACGUAUAAAUGUUUCCAUUUCAGACACUGACCCUCAGCUCUUGCAUCACCUGUGUUGGGGCCCGCUGCGAAUGUUCAGCGAGCACGGCAUGGAAACGGCCAUCGCUUGUUGGGAAUGGCUGCUCGCUGCCAAGAAUGGAAUAGAAGUGCCGGUAAGGAAAACAAAAUCACUCGCAGCACAAUCUGAGAUGCGUUUACGCAGAAGUUAAUGUGUUAAAGGGUCCCUAGUAAGUGUCCCUAGUAACUCUCUUCAUGGUUGCAGUCUUAAGAGUCAUUCUCCAGAAGGAAUCUGGAGUAAAAAUUUGACAGUAAGAAUAGACGCAUGUUUAAAAUCACCUGUGCUAGAAAUUAUUUCUUCUCUGUCUGUUGGGUGGAAGAGGAUCUCCAGGGCUGGUUAUCCCCUUCCUCUUGUUCUGUAGGUGAGGUUUAUGAAAUAACUUGGAAGUAUCUUGCUAGAAGGAUGUCCCUUUCUAGUUCCAGACCUGCUGGUUUCUCUUCACUGACUUUGCAAGACUGGAAUAAUCCUAUCCCAGCUUCCCCUGUUAUUUAGCCAGGAUGGAAAGGAGUCAUAUCCACCUCAUUUGCCCUUCUGUUUUGUGUUUCUAAUUGCAUAGGUAAAGGUAAAGGGACCCCUGACCAUUAGGUCCAGUCGCGGAUGACUCUGGGGUUGGGGCGCUCAUCUCGCUUUACUGGCCGAGGGAACUGGUGUUUGUCCGCAGACAGCUUCCGGGUCAUGUGGCCAGCAUGACUAAGCCGCUUCUGGCGAACCAGAGCAGCACACGGAAAUGCCGUUUACCUUCCUGCUGGAGCGGUACCUAUUUAUCUACUUGCACUUCGUGCUUUUGAAUUCCUAGGUUGGCAGGAGCAGGGACCGAGCAACGGGAGCUCACCCCAUCACGGGGAUUCGAACCGCUGACCUUCUGAUCGGCAAGCCCUAGGCUCUGUGGUUUAACCCACAGCGCCACCUGCGUCCCAAUUGCAUAAUGCACAGUAAUAGUAAAUAACUAUCCAGCUAUUAAAGCAUACUUAGUGCAUUUGUUUUUGCUGCAAAUAUAGCAGAAAGGAAAGCAAAAGAAACAACAUAAGCUCACAUUAACUGUAAGAGUAUCCCACCAAUCCUAAUUUAAACACCUAUAUUGAUGUAGGUCGUCCAUAGAUAUCUGACAGCAUCUCACUUACAGUACAGUCCACUCAGUCUCUCCUGAUUGGCUGAUGGUCUCACUAACACUCACUGGUUGCUGGGACACCAGGAGGCAGACCCAGGGCCUGUCCAUCAGAGGGAGCACCAAUAAUACAGCACCCCUGACUUCUCCCAUAGUCAGCACUCACUCUCCAUAGCUUGAGAGGCACAGAGAGACAUGGAGAUCACAGUCUUCAACUUCCACUGCCAUCUCUGCAAUAGUAGUGACACUUUUAGCCCAGUAGGAGCUGGAUAACCAUGUGGGGGGUGGUUCUAAACCACUGAGCCUCUUGGGCUUGCCAAUCAGAAGGUUGGCGGUUCAAAUCCAUGCGACGGGGUGAGCUCCUGUUGCUCUGUCUCGGCUCCUGCCAACCUAGCAGUUCAAAAGCACGCCAGUGCAAGUAGAUAAAUAGGUACCACUGCAGCGGGAACGUAAACUGCAUUUCCGUGCGCUCUGGUUUCCGUCAUGGUGUCCCAUUGUGCCAGAAGCGGUUUAGUUUUGCUGGCCACAUGACCUGGAAAGCUGUCUGUGGACAAACGCUGGCUCCCUCGGCCUGAAAGCGAGAUGACUGUGGCAACCCCAUAGUUGCCUUUUACUGGACUUAACUGUCCAGGGUCCUUUUUUACAUGUAACUACUGUGCUUGGGGGACAUGGGUGGCGCUGUGGGUUAAACCACAGAGCCUAGGACUUGCCAAUCAGAAGGUCAGCGGUUUGAAUCCCCGUGACGGGAUGAGCUCCUGUUGCUUGGUCCUUCUGCCAACCUAGCAGUUCGAAAGCAUGUCAAAGUGCAAGUAGAUAAAUAGGUACCACCCUGGUGGGAAGCUAAAUGGUAUUUCCGUGCGCUGCUCUAUUUCUCCAGAAAGCAGCUUAGUCAUGCUGGCCACAUGACCCGGAAGCUGUACGCCGGCUCCCUUGGCCAAUAAAGCGAGAUGAGCACCGCAACCCCAGAGUUGGUCACGACUGGACCUAAUGGUCAGGGGUCCCUUUACCUGUACCUUUACUGUGCUUGGCAUAUCACUUCCACACAUUGGGUAGUGGUUGUUUGCAAAGAUUGUGCCAUGAAAUGUAGAAAUGCAGUCAGUUUUUCUAGCAAGAGUGGAUAGCUUGGGCCAGUUUUCUUUGAAAGUGGCCUUAUGUUGCUUUUGUAAUACAUGUGUGUUUAAAGGAAAUAUUCUAAAAUUAUCCCAUGAACUAGGUGUACACAUGCAUGCAUUUCUGUGUACUAACUAGCAUACAGAACCAAAAAACGUGUCUCAAAGUGGACUGUACACCCCACCAUUUAGAAUAAAAUUAAGAUCGGCAAGCAGGAAAUGAAGCAAACACUUGUGUUCCUCUUCCCUCCUGCCUCCCAGUUCAUGCGAGAAAUGUCAGGGGCCUGGCAAAUGACCGUGGAGCAGAAGUUUGGCCUGUUCUCUGCCGAGCGGAAAGAAGCAGAUCCCUUAGCUGCUUCGGAAGAGAGCCAGCCCAUACCGUGUCCCCCGGAGGUCACGCCGCAUUACAUCUGGAUAGAAGUAAGUGCUCGUCUCCUGCAGUCGCUAGAUCCUUACAGCAGAGAUGGAGCAAUGUCCUGUGCUGGUGGAUUGGGCUCACGGGAGAGUCGGGAGGGUACAGAACCAGAAAGCAUUCUGGAAUGGAAGGAGAGGAUAGUCAAGGUUUUGUCAGGGCUAGGAUGCCUGCCAAGGGAGGCUAGUAGCAGAUCUUUCAGGACCCUGGACAGAGCCCUUGGAUCAGACAGUUUGCACUGGUAAGAGCUUCCAAUACCCUUUCAAGGCUUCCUUGUCUGGACCCUUAGAGGCGCAGCCUUUGGGCACAAAGACUAGCAUUGAGGGGUUAAUGCUGAUCACAUGGCCUGGGUUGGCAGGACCCUAAAGAGUCACCGAAGGAUGCGGGUGGUGCUGUGGGUUAAACCACGGAGCCUAGGACUUGCCGAUCAGAAGGUCGGCGGUUCAAAUCCCCGCAACAGGGUGAGCUCCUGUUGUUCGGUCCCUGCUCCUGCCAACCUAGCAGUACGAAAGCACGCCAGUGCAAGUAGAUAAAUAGGUACCGCUCCGGCGGGAAGGUAAACGGCGUUUCCGUGCGCUGCUCUGGUUUGCCAGAAGCGGCUUAGUCAUGCUGGCCACAUGACCUGGAAGCUGUACGCCAGCUCCCUCGGCCAAUAAAGCGAGAUGAGCGCCGCAACCCCAGAGUCGUCCGUGACUGGACCUAAUGGUUAGGGGUCCCUUUACCUUUUAAAGAGUCACUGGCAGUGGAUACUAGAUGGAAAAAAUACAUUCUAUCAAGGCAGCUUCAUGUUUUCCUUGCAUUACAUCAUUAAAGGACAUUGAUUUGAUAUCUACAAACCUAAGGAGUGAUCUUUAAGUAGCAAACCCUUCCGAUGAAAUGCUAGACAGCAAAAGUUGUUCCGUUUUCCCCUUGGCAAUGCAAGGCCAUCAGGUUGGGCUAUGUCAGGAUGAACAUUUUGGGAAGUAGACAGCUCCCAGAACCACUGUCGAACAGCUCUUGCUGUCAGAAAGUUCUUCCUGGUGUUUAUAUGUCACCUCACGAAACGUUAGGGCAGUGUACAGCAACAUUAAAAAAACAAAAGCCAAAGCCACUAAAAUGACUAUCUACUCAGAAAAAAUUAAGCAGAUGGCAUGGGCUUGUUGGCAUAAAGUCUUCAAGAGACUCCUGAAAAGCGAAAGCCUUCUGAAUCUCUCUGCUGGAACGGUGUUCUGCAGCCUGGUGGCAGUAAAUGCUUGAUUUGUAGUUGAGGCCGUUCCAGUCUCUGUAACACAAGUAACAAUUAAGAUGGCUCCUUCGUAUGAUCUUGGGUGGUCGGGCUGGGAUAUGAGGGCUUUCAUGUUCUCCCCUUUUGAGAUCCUUUAAAGUGUAAGCAUGUCUUGUGGGCAGUGAGUUCUGUAAAUUUAAAAGCGACGUUGCUGUCCAUGUUUUAAUUCUGUUGAGAGAGACAUAUAAGCAUUUCUCUUGUUGACACAGUUCCUGGUGCAGAGGUUUGAAAUCGCAAAGUACUGUAGCUCUGACCAGGUGGAAAUCUUCUCCAGUCUACUCCAGCGAUCCCUUUCUCUGAACAUUGGGGGAUCAAAAGGCAGUAUGAAUCGGCACGUGGCCGCGAUUGGACCACGUUUCAAGUAAGUGGGUGCCUUUCUUUUUUUGGGGUGGGGGUAAAGAAAGAAAGAAAUAGGGAAAUGCAACAUGGGAAAGGCUUUGUAACUUGGGUGUAUCCUAUCCUAGUCCUUGACCAGUCUAGCCUCUGACUCUGUUACAAGGGUAGCCAAUAUGGUGCCCUCCAGAUAUUGUGGACUCCACCACCCAUCAUCCUUGACCGUUGACCACACUGGCUGGGGCCAGUGGGACUUGGUGUCCUCAGCAUCUGGGGACAUCAUGUUGUUUAGCCUUGCUCUGUUGAACCCAACUAUGUGCAAAAGAAAAUGAGCCUAGGACAGAUCUCUAGUUGGGAGAUGGAUGUUCACUGCCUCUCUUAAUAAAUUAGCCAAAUCCAUUAAUACGGAGCCAUCUUGAAGAUGAUGGUUCAGCCUAACUCAUUGUUUGCACCUCUAUUCACCUGACCAAAAGCAAAACCAAACCUAUUUCCCGUGUUCUUUGGCACACCUGUGGCGUGAAUCAUGAAUAGAAUCCAGGUCAGAGCUAUGAAACUUAAAUGGGCGUGAUUUUUCAGAUAAGAAUAGGUUUGAUUGUCAAAUACAUUUAUGGGACAAUGUAAUCAGGACACAAUCUAGGGUGGGUUAGAGUUGGAACGUAGGAUUAGCAGUUGUGCAGUUUCCAUGUUCCACUUGUCUAAAUUAUAGAUUUUGGAAGUAGUGACUCAGGGAGAGUUAAUCCCCCUUUCAUCUCUUCUGAGCCAUUCUGCCUUUGCACCACUGAAAUCUGGAACUGACCAGCUUUCCUUCAGCACUGGAUUUUGACUGCUCUCAAUAGAACACCAUGCUGCUGAAGGGUACAGUGGGAUCACAUUUCAGGGGGGGUGCCUUCAUUUUUAUUUUCAUUUUAAAAAAGAAAGAGCUUGCACUUGCAGCCUUGGUGCAAGAAAACAGGGGUAGGGAAUCCCUGUGGCCUUCCAGAUGUGUUUGGACUCCAGCUCCCCCAGCCCCAGGUGUGAUGGGGAGUUGUAGUGUGGCAACAUCUGGAGGGCCAAAGGUUUCCCACCUUCAAUCAGGCAAUCUCCAUAAAACGUAGCACGCCCUGUGUGCAUUUGCCCCCGUUCAGAUCAUGAAUGAAUUUAUUAAUACGGUCACAGACCAGCGCCAACACACACAACAUCACAGAUCAUAAAAAAAAUAUAUCAAAAAUACAGAGGACAAUAUGAGUAUAACAAGCAUUUAAAUAUAAAAAAUUAAAAUUAAUUAUUAGCAUGCCCCCUGCAAUUAACAUUUGGGGGUUUGGUCACCAUGGGAUACCACUUGCUUCCUGCGACUAAUUGCAGCCGCACAGAAUUUGGCUACAUUUAAUGUAGUCUUGGGAUUCUUGUCCUCUAGCAGUGGUUCCAAACCAUGGUGUUCCGACUCUUUCCUGGACUUCCGCAAAACAGGUGCAAUAAAAGUCAAACAUAUAUCCUCAUAAAGACGACAACGUAACAGUACAUGUGAAGCAGUCUCAACCUCCAACGAGCCACAGGGGCAGACCCGCGCUGUGUAUGGUUUACCCUCAAAUCUGCCCUGAAGUAAGGCAGAAGGGAGAACGUUGAAUCUGGCGAGGGUAAAAGACCGUCUGUAUUUGGGUACCUGAAGACCUGACAGAUAGCUGGAGAAAAACCUCUCCCAUAGUCCCUUAUUGCAGGAUGUUUGAUCAUUUCACUCAUGUGGCAUUGUAAUUCUACGUCCCAGAUACGCUGGCGAAUUGUAGUCCUAGCUUUCUCGAAGCCUGUCGCUAUCAGGGUCUGCUGUGGGAUCCCCAAGCCUUUAAGCUUUUCCAGCAGUGUAGCUUUCCGCCGUUCAGAUCAUGUGUUGUAACAGGUUCCUGAGCCCCAGUCAGUAAUAUAUGCUUCUGCAUCAGCCUGCACAGGAUUAUUAUUAUUUUUCUAAGUGAAAUCGGAAACCCGUUAGCAUGUGUAGGGAAGAGUAUUCGCAUGCCUUUUCAUGUAUUUAUGUAUUCAUUACUUUUGGGAUUAUUUAGGCUGCUGACUCUGGGAUUGUCCCUGCUUCACGCUGACGUGGUCCCAAAUGCAACGAUUCGCAAUGUCUUGAGAGAGAAGAUAUAUUCAACUGCUUUUGAUUAUUUCAGGUACUGCUCCGUUUUUGCUCCUUACUUAACAUGUGAGAAAGGUAAAGUGCACAAUCCAAGGGCCCCCCUUAUUCCCUCCCCUGCCCCAACAUACCAGCGCAGCAAUAAGAUAUUGCAACUCUGUAUGUUUUAGGUAGCUGCCCUGAAAGUGGAAAAAAGCUAAGCGUUAAGAAAGGGUGGCAGCUUUGAACUGUGCUCCUAAUAGCCUGGUUAUGUGAAUGAAUCUUGGGCUCACCUGCUCCCUCUUUUUCUCUGGAUGAUCAGAGUCUUUUACUUCAGUUUUAACUGCGGUAUUUAAAAAAAAGAGAGAGUCAACUUUAAGCUAUGAUUUAUGAUCCUGGCUUGUUUCCCUAAACCAGGUAUGGUUAAGCUGUGGCCCUUCAGAUGCUGUUGUACUACAACUCCCAUAAACCCCAGCCAGCAUGGUCAAUGAUCAGAGAUGAUGGGAUUUGUAGUCCAGUGAUAUCUGGAGAGCUGCAGGUUAGGCAUCCCUGCCCUAGGUCAUAGUUAAGUUUAGCCACAGCUUAAGGUUUGGACAGAACGAUAGACCGCAGUUGAUUGAAAAUGGAAGUGAAAGAUGACCAUGUUUUCCAAGGUUCAUUCAUGUAAACAUUACAGCAUAGUUUAGCAUUUCAUCUCAACCAGGCCAUUGUCUCUUACCCGAAGCACCUGCACUCUUCUAAUUAAUGGCAGACGAAAUUAAUGGACUAUGCAGAAUUGGACAAAAUGACAGGAAGGAUUCGAAACCUGCGGGACCAGAGAUUUACAGAAGAUUGGAAGAAGUAUAUGAAUUAUUUGAAGAGCAACUGUAAUCAACAAAUUACGCUAGUAGGACUACAAGAAGUUUUGUAAGGAGAAAUAUACGAAGUGUUACAAAGUAGAAAAAGAUAGAGAUAUUGGUUAUGAGUUUGAAAUGUAAUAGGGAAGAUAAGAAAUGCAUACUGAGAGAUUAGAUUGGAAAAUUUUCAGACAGGACUGAUGGAAGUCAAAAAAAAUGAAUAAGAUGUAAAAGUAUGUUUAAUUACUGUUGAAAAUGAUACGUUAAAAAAAACUAAUAAAGAAUUGUAUUAAAAAAGAAGUAAAUUAUGCUUUGUGUGUUUAAGCUCUGCUCCAAAGUGUCCAACCCAAGGGGAAAAGAGGCUGCGCGAGGAUAUCAUCAUCCUAAUCAAGUUUUGGACUGCCAUGUUCUCCGACAAGAAAUAUUUGACAGCCAGCCAGCUUGUUCCUCCUGGUGGGUCUUAGAUAAGAAACUAUAAAAACAACUUUCCUUUCCCUUUUUCAGUUGUCUGGUUUGGUGACGGGACGCUUCCUUUUCUUUUUAGAUAAUCAAGAUACACGGAGCAACUUGGACAUCACUGUUGGGUCUCGGCAGCAAGCCACCCAGGGAUGGAUAAAUACAUACCCUUUGUCCAGCGGCAUGUCAACGAUUUCCAAAAAAUCAGGUCUGUCUCACAUGACACUUCCUUAUCCUGAGCCCUGCUAAACCCUUCUUAAUUUAUGUUUUAUACUCCCAUCCCCUAAAGGAGAACAAAGGAGCACACAUACUCAUUUGAUUCUCUGCAAAACCUUUAGAGGAUUGUGAGGUCUAGACAGAAUGACUCGUUCAACUUCACCCUGUGAGUUUUCAUGGCUGAGCGAGCCUUGAAGCAGGAUCUCUCCAGUCUUGGUGUGACCCCGUAGCUAUUAUGCUACAUUGGCCUAGUAUUACAAGUUUUGGCCAACAACAGUCUGCAAGCUGAAGGUUGUUUUUUGCACUGUUUAACGUUGUUGGGACGCAGAUGGCGCUGUGGGUUAAACCACAGAGCCUAGGACUUGCCAAUCAGAAGGUUGGUGGUUCGAAUCCCUGUGACGGGGUGAGCUCCCGUUGCUCGGUCCCAGCUCCUGCCCACCUAGCAGUUCGAAAACACAUCAAAGUGCAAGUAGAUAAAUAGGUACCACUCCGGCGGGAAGGUAAACGGCGUUUCCGUGUGCUGCUCUGGUUUGCCAGAAGCCGCUUAGUCAUGCUGGCCACAUGACCCGGAAGCUGCACGCUGGCUCCCUCGGCCGAUAAAGCGAGAUGAGCGCCACAACCCCAGAGUCAGUCACGACUGGACCUAAUGGUCAGGGGUCCCUUUACCUUUACCUUAAGGUUGUUUCUAGCGGCAAUGCAGAAAAUCGAACCUGAGGCCUUUUAUAUAAGAAGUCCUGUGUUCUGUGUUUCUAAUUUUUAUAUAUAUGACCCAGUUUCAAGGAUUGUUGUUGUUGUUGCAAGAACUUGCACAACAUUGACCUCGGCAAGAACCAAAAGUAAGGUUUCAAAUCCAACCGUUUUACUUUCCUGGUCUGUGCAUCUCUAAAUGCAGAGAAUGCAUCAUCAUAAUCAUUAAUAAGAUUGCUUCUCUGUGCUUCACUAUGCAGUCCCAGGGCAAGUUAUAACACUUUGAAAGUACCAUAUUCAAAUCAUUAAAACAAAUUUACAGUCAAGAGAAUACACAUCUGAAGGGGUCAAUGGCCCAUGUAAAGAGUUGUUUCUUCAGCAUAUGAUGAGUAUUUCAAGGACUUCUCAAUUCUAUAGUCAAAGAUGCAUAGUAGUUCCACGAUGCUGCACUUAUAUGUGAUAGGAAGCUGCUUAUAUGUGAUAGGAAGCCCAAAGCCAUGUCGUUCAGCAUUGUCUAUGGUGAUCAGCAGUCGCUCUCUAGGAUUUCGGGCAAGAGUCUGAAAUAGUCUGCUGCCUCAUGAAAGGCGCUAAAAUAGCACAGCGCUGAAAACCAGUGUCCACUUUGGUCACUGCAAAGCUGUGGUUUUGUAUGGAAUUGGUCCGCCAUCAGAAACCCUUACAGAGCAAGAAGAUAUGAAAAGAGAUUUGAGAAAGCUCACUGUGUUCUUUUUAAGGAAUGUCCAAGAAGACCAAUCGAGGUACCCAGCUUCACAAGUACUACAUGAAAAGGAGAACGUUGUUGUUGUCACUGCUGGUAAGCUGCUUUUACUUCUUCAGUAGAGUGGAUUUGGCUUAUUACACUUUUGUUAGGCACCAGUAAUCAAGAGUUGAGUUAAGGUAGUGAAGGAAAACACAGGAAGCUGUUCUGUUCCAGGCCAGACUGUUUGUCCAUCUAGCCCACGGGUAGACAAUACAGUGGUACCUCAGGUUAAGUACUUAAUUCGUUCCAGAGGUCCGUUCUGAACCUGAAACUGUUCUUAACCUGAAGCACCACUUUAGCUAAUGGGGCCUUCUGCUGCCACCGCGCCACCUGAGCACGAUUUCUGUUCUUAUUCUGAAGCAAAGUUCUUAAUCUGAAGCACUAUUUCUGGGUUAGCAGAGUCUGUAACCUGAAGCGUAUGUAACCCGAGGUACCACUGUAUGAUAAUGUCCAGAUGCUGCUGGGCCACAACUCCCAUCAUCCCUCCUCCAAUGCUGGCUGGGGCUGAUGGGAGUUGUAGUCCAACAGCAUGUGGAGAACACCAACUUGGCUACUCCUGAUCUAGUUUAGUCUAGUCUAGUCUCCUCCCUCUGACAGCAGCUUUCCAGGGUCUCUGUAAGGCAGGCUUCCUCAAACUCGGCCCUCCAGAUGUUUUGAAACCACAACUCCCAUCAUCCCUGACCACUGGUCCGGCUAGCUAGGGAUCAUGGGAGUAGUAGGCCAAAAACAUCUGGAGGGCCGAGUUUGAGGAAGCCUGCUUAUAGGGGUCUUUCCCAUCACCUUGCAACAUGAUUAUUUGAAUUGGAGAUGUCAUGAAUUGGACCUGGAAUCUUCUGCAUGCAAAGCAGCUGUCCUGCCACAGAGCUGUGGUCUGUCCACACAAUGCAUGCAUGCUAUAUGUGCAACGUUUCAUCUUUGAUCUGACAAAACUUUGUUUUCUCUCCUUUAUUUAUUUACUUUUCCCUCCGAAGGCUACUGAGAUCGAACGCCUCAUUACAUGGUACAAUCCUCUCUCAUCCCCGGAGCUGGAGCUGGAUCAGACCGGGGAGAACAGCGUUGCGAACUGGAGGUCAAAGUAUGUCAGCUUGAGUGAGAAGCAGUGGAAAGAUAACGUCAAUCUGGCGUGGAGUAUUUCGCCUCACCUGGCCGUCCAGCUUCCCACCAGGUGAGAGUCCCUGUUUAAGGAGGAGACGAGACUUCAUUCCACUGUUCUUUUCAAGGCAGUGACCUUGCUACUUCGACCUUUUGAAGUUGCCGUGAGCCAGUGUGGUGUAGUGGUUAAGAGCAGUAGUCUCGUAAUCUGGGGAACCGGGUUCGCGUCUCUGCUCCUCCACAUGCAGCUGCUUGGUGACCUUGGGCCAGUCACACUUCCCUGAAGUAUCUCAGCCCCACUCACCCCACAGAGUGUUUGUUGUGGGGGAGGAAGGGAAAGGAGAAUGUUAGCCGCUUUGAGACUCCUUUGGGUAGUGCUAAAGCAGGAUAUCAAAUCCAAACUCUUCUCUUCUUCCUUGUGAAAUAUUUGGGCCUAUCUGAUUUUGGCAUCUUGUGAAACAGACCUCUUGAUAAUAUGUUGGCUUCAAUAUGCCCUCCUGCAGAAUGCAGCGAUCAGUUGGCCAUGAGACUAUCUUUGAGUUAUCCCGAUCCCAAGCUGUAUAUGGCUUUGCACACCAAUACAAGCACCUCAAACCUAACCUAGGUUGACCAUCUCAAUGAGAACUACUAGGCCUCUACUUGGCCAAUCCAUCCUUUGCUCUAAAGGCCAACUCCUUUGGGCCAAAGCUGCAGUACCAAAUGACGUUUCUCCCACCUCCUGAUGACAAGUAGGGAGAAGGGACCGCGUCGUGUUCAUUGUGUCCCAGUAAUCCGUUCAAACUGCUUGUCGCUCCUAGGUUUAAAAACACGGAAGCCAUCGGAAUGGAAGUGACUCGUCUCGUCCGCUUGGACCCAGGAGCAGUUAGCGAUGUGCCAGAAGCAAUAAAGGUAAGUGUCUGUGCUUGUUCUAGCUGUGCCUGUAACCUAAUGCGGAUUGCUUACGAACACCACGGGAAACACGUUUGCUGCUCUGAAGAUGCUGCUUUAGGCCCAAAGGGAUCAGGCAUCAUUUUCCUGGAUGCUGUAGCAUCAUCUAGCCUUCCUUAACCUGGAUACCUCUGGAUGUUUUGGACUGCAGGGCCAGCAUCUGCUUAUCUUAAUCAAGCUUGCUGCAUCAUGACCCUUCAGGCUAUGCCAGGGGUCCUCACCCUAUGGGGGCCUUUGGGGGAAUGUGCGGUGGCCAAAAUGCCUGACACGGAGCCAGUUCUGUGCCAUGUAAAAAUAAAUAAUCAGAUUCCGGCCCCUCUUUCCAUGUGAACGGGGCAGACACAGGAGCAACAGGCGUGGGUGUCCUUUCGCAGCUUGUUUGGUCCCAAGAAUUUCUUCCGUUUUUUCAAAAUCGCAAAGGUGCAGCAUACUGGUUUUUGUAACUAUGGGGCUUAAACUUGUGGAUGGUGAGAAUGGGCCUUUUCUGCGGUAGUUUCUUGUUUGUAGAAUGAUCUCCCCAGGGAGGCUCGCCUGGUGCCUUCGCUUUAGGUGCCAGGGGAAAACAUUCCUGUUCUCCCAGGCCUUGGACUGAUUAAACAAUCUGUGGGGGCGGGGGCAUAGUUUUGUUUGUUAUUCAUUUUUGUUUGGUAUGUAUUUUUCUGCUUUUAUACUGUAAACCACCCCAGUGUUCCUCAGAUGAAGGGCAGUAUAUAAAUUUAACAAACAAGCGAGCAAAUGGUGUUUAAAUGAUUAGCAGAAAGGUACAGCAUUCUUCAGGGACGCGGGUGGUGCUGUGGGUUAAACCACAGAGCCUAGGACUUGCCGAUCAGAAGGUCGGCGGUUCGAAUCCCCGUGAUGGGGUGAGCUCCCGUUGCUCGGUCCCUGCUCCUGCCAACCUAGCAGUUCGAAAGCAUGCCAGUGCAAGUAGACAAAUAGGUACCACUCUGGCAGGAAGGUAAACGGCGUUUCCAUGCGCUGCUCUGGUUUGCCAGAAGUGGCUUAGUCAUGCUGGCCACAUGACCUGGAAGCUGUACGCCGGCUCCCUCGGCCAAUAAAGCGAGAUGAGCGCCACAACCCCCGAGUCGGCCACGACUGGACCUAAUGGUCAGGGGUCCCUUUACCUUUACCUUUUACAGCAUUCUUCAAUCUUGCUUCUUUCCUGUGGGCCCUUCCCCAUUUUGGCCACUUGAGUGACUCACUCCCGUCUUGUCCUUUUGGUUCAUUAUUUCCCCCCCUUUCUGCUUUCAGUACCUCGUCACGUGGCACACGAUAGAUGCAGAUGCUCCUGAGCUGAGCCACAUCCUUUGCUGGACGCCGACAGACCCUCCAACGGGCCUUUCUUAUUUUUCCAGCAUGUAUCCUCCUCAUCCUUUGACAGCUCAGUACGGAGUUAAAGUCCUUCGUUCUUUCCCUCCGGUAAGAAACCCAGCCUUUUUUUUACAGGACGCUCUUAGAACUCAAGGGACGCGGGUGGCGCCGUGGGUUAAACCACAGAGCCUAGGACUUGCCGAUCAGGAGGUUGGCAGUUCAAAUCCCCGCGAUGGGGUGAGCUCCCAUUGUUCGGUCCCUGUUCCUGCCAACCUAGCAGUUUUAAAGCACGUCAAAGUGCAAGUAGAUAAAUAGGUACCACUCCGGCAGGAAGGUAAACGGCAUUUCCGUGCGCUGCUCUGGUUUGCCAGAAGUGGCUUAGUCAUGCUGGCCACAUGACCCGGAAGCUGUAUGCCGGCUCCUUCGGCCAAUAAAGCGAGAUGAGCGCCGUAACCCCACAGUCGGCCACGACUGGACCCUUUACCUUUACUUUUACCUUUACCUUAGAACACAUUUGUGCAAAAUUAGGGAUUUUGGUUUAUUGUCUUGGUGUGCUAGAGGGGAGGAGCAGGACUGCCCUGAUCUAUUAAUGUUACUGUGACAAUAUUUUCAUUUUAAAUGUUAUGUGGUGGCCCUUGACAGCAUCAGGUUGGGGACAAUUAGUACCACAUCUCUGUUUGUUUUAAAGGGAGCAUUUCUUCAAGGUGGGGGCUAAUGGGUAGUUGUCAGUAAUAUUCGUGACGGUAAGGGAGCAAUCUGUUUCUGAAGCCAGGAUUAGGUUAAAUGUGUUUGCUCUUUCAAGAGAAAUUUGUUUCCCUUCCCUAACUUGAGAAUAAGCAAAUCCUAACUGCUUUUCUCUUUCUUCUUUUCUCUUCUUUCCUUAUUCACACCUUCCAGGAUGCCAUUUUAUUUUACAUUCCACAGAUCGUGCAGGCACUUCGAUAUGAUAAGGUAAGGCUGCACAAGUACUGAACAAGCCAGGAAUCCUUGUUUUAAGCGUAGUCAUAGAAUCAUAGACCAACAGCAUCUGGAAGGAUCUGGGUUGCGGGAGGCCAGAAUAAGAUCUUUACAGGCGGAUGGAUUCAUGUGUGAGUGGGUGGUCUGUUAUUGUUGGCAUCUGUCUGUCUUGGAAGACGGUGGAGGAGUGUGCCUUUGGGGGCAAAGUCAAACAGUUGGAAGCUUGUGGCUGCAAAGACCGAUAUGGGAGAAAUACGUUUUGUUGCAGCUGCGGAAGGUGAAGCACUUGGUUGGGCUUCUGCAGAUGCACCACAGCGGUCCAUUAGGCCCCGUUCUUGGGGGAAAUCCUCUGGGUAAUAGGACUCCUUGCUUUUUCUCAGAUGGGCUACGUGAGGGAGUACAUCUUGUGGGCUGCCGCCAAAUCCCAGCUGCUGGCUCACCAGUUCAUUUGGAAUAUGAAAACCAACAUCUUCUUGGACGAAGAGGGGCAUCAGAAAGACCGUAAGUGCUUUAUACCUUGGGCUGUUUCCCUGAGAUUGGUGGGGGCCCUUUGACUGCCACGUGAUGAUGGGACUACAACUCCCAUCAUUCCAUCAUCAUCAUCAGCCAAGCUGAUGGGAGCUGGAGUCCAAUCAUAUACAUAGAGCCACAGCUCCCUUAUCUCUGCUUUCCAAGUUCCUUGGGUUAUGAAGCUUGUGGUGCCACCAUUUUAAGCCCUCCACGAAAGUUCCCAUUACCCAAAUGUCAUUUUUCAAAAAAAACCCCACCACCUUGCUGAUGAGCACAUGAGUCCACCCAGUCUGGCUGAGGGCAUUUGUGGCUAUCAAGCAGUUUUCAGCACGGAUGUUGAGGACAUGCAUUUCUACCCACGGCCCCACCCUGCCCAAUUAAAUAGGAUUUUGGUGUGCUGAACUUUCGCCCGGCUCAUUCCCAAUGUUUUUACUCCUCGGAAAGUGCAUUUAUUGCGAAGCGGUUUUGGAGAAGGUAACACUGAGUGUCUCGUGUUCCUCCCUUUGCUUGACUCUUCACGCAGCUGACAUUGGGGAACUGCUGGAGCAGCUGGUUGAGGAAAUAACGGGCUCAUUAUCUGGGCCAGCAAAGGAGUUUUAUCAACGCGAAUUUGAUUUCUUCAAUAAAAUCACCAACGUUUCAGCCAUCAUCAAGUAAGUAAUAAGACGCUCAGAAGAUUGUCCUGACAAUUAGUGGUCAUGAUUGCUCUGCCUGGGGCCUGAAUCUCCUCCACCCCCUCAACCUUGGGGGGCGGUCUCCCCAAAGGAUAUUGGGAGGGGGGCCCAAACAGCUUGGCCUCCAUGAGUUGGCGCCUCUGAUUUUGGAUAAAAAUUUAAUGGGUUUUUUAUGUUGCUGUAACACCCCCCCCCCCGAUAUCUUAUAAGAGGGAGGUAUAUAAUUAACUUAUACAAAUAAAUUAAUUAAAAUGAUUUUUCUCUCUGCUUAAAAUAUUGCUAGUAAAAACCUCCUUAUGGCUAUAUAAUGUGUAUUUCUUUGAAUGUGUGAAUAUUAUUAUUAUUAGUAUUUAGGUUUAUGUUUCUAAAUACGUCGCAAGUUGCUUUUAAGACCUCUGUGUCACCAGCGACUAACAAGUCUCAUCAAUAAUAAUAAUAAUCAUAAUAGCAAUAAAACUGCUAGCAUAUUUGCAGAGCUAUGCAGGGUCCGGGUUUUUUUCAAAUUGGAUGGGGGGCUGUGUGUUGAUAUUCCUGCUUUUCCUGCAUUGCAGGGGGUUGGACUUGAUGACCCUUGGGGUCCCUUCUAACUCUGAUUUUAUUAUCACUGUCAUGCUGUGUUAUAAACUUUAUUCUGCUGAAGACUUUGCAUUUGUAGUAAUGUGUGAAAAAAGGAAAUACGAGCUAGUUAUACAAGAUUGCAUUGUCAGGUCUGUAAUCUGUAUAGUAAAUAAAUGUAUCUAUAUUUGCAUUUAAGAUUUGCCUGCCCAGUAUGUUUAAACUUGGGCCAUUGGUUCUCUUUGCAUGAUGUUUUUGUGGUUUAGCUGUUUGACCAAGAGCUCUUUUAUCUUAAUUCCCCAAACGGUGACUUGGCCAAGAAUAACCUUUUAACUUGAUUGCAUGACGGAAAGCCUCCUGAACCUUGAGAGCUGACUCUUUUGAGGCACAAAAAUACCUGCUGUUUACUUCUGGCUCUGGGUGGAAACCCCAAACUCUUUUAUUGAGCAUCUGCUCUCAUUGGGCAAUGACAUAAAUAAAAAAUAAUAAUUCGUCCAGUAGCACCUUAGAGACCAAGUAAGUUUGUUCUGGGUAUAAGCUUUUGUGUGCAUGCACACUUCUUCAGAUAACAAUAACGUCUUCAGGUAUCUGAAGAAGUGUGCAUACAGGCAAAAGCUUAUACCCAGAACAAACUUACUUGGUCUCUAAGGUGCUACUGGACAAUUUUUUAAUUUGACUGCGUCAGACCAACAUGGCUACCUACCCGAAUCUGGGCAAUGACAUGUUUUGCAAAAGUAAAACUCUUUCUGUAGACCCAAACUUAUCUUCAGGUGACAAAAAAAUUAUUGGUCCAGUUUAAGUCUGUUUGGUAUGUGGUAAAACUGCAUCACCACCCUCAUUGUUGUCUGAAUUCCUGGGCCUUUUAGAUUUUCCCGUCUUGUUGGUAUCCAGCUAUUCCUCUCUUAGAGUAAUACCACCUCAAUAAGCAUCUGCUCAUCCUCCCUAGAGAAAGCUGGAAGAGUGGCUUCCAGCCAGUGGCCAAUAGCCUCAAGACGAAAGUCCUUGUGCUGUCUCCUGGAGCCAAGCUGUAGGCUUUUAAUACCUCUGAGCUUGGAUACAGCAGACAAAACACACUCACAGGAUCGGCCGGUUCCAACCUCACCUUUUCUGCUAUCGGACCCUCCCAGUGCUUGUGUGGCAGAUUUCCUCAUUCAGGUUCAAACACAAUCUUCUUUUUCUUCUUCUUCCUCCUCCUCCUCCUCCUCCUCCUCCUCCUCCUCCUCCUCCUCCUCCUCUUCUUCUUCUCCCCUCUCCAUAGGCCUUACCCUAAAGGCGACGAAAGGAAAAAGGCUUGUUUGAGUGCUUUGUCUGAGGUGAAAGUGCAGCCCGGUAAGGAGAUGAACAAUUAUUAUAAAAUUUCUUUUCUUUUGGCAUUGAUGCACAGGAACCAUUUUGUUUUUAUUGAUCUUGUGUGAGCUGCCCAGGGAGCUUUUUCAGCCGAAAUAAAUAAACCGCAGCUGAAAUACACGCACACACCCCUCCCACAUUACUCCAUCUUUAUCCCACAUGUCAGUCAACCAAGCAGCAUUUCUCAACGCUUGCUAGCUGUUAGUGAAAAAGCGUAGCUAACCAUUUUUUCAAGUAAUUAUACCACUGGCAAACAAAUUGCCGUGUGUGUGUGUGUGUGUGUGUGUGUGUGUGUCCAUGGGAAUUAAAUUUCCUUCUACGGAAGAGCUUGGGUUCCUUCCAAAGGCUGCAGGCUAUGAUCUGAAUGUGAUAGCCACAUUGUUUCAGACACUAAUUCCUGGACCAAUGUGCAAAGCGAUAAGAGGAAUUCCUCGUUGAGUUCAUUAUCGCACCAACGGGGCAGCGUCAAGUUGAUUUACCGGGGAAUUCUCUUUCUCUUGGACAGGUUGUUAUCUGCCCAGCAACCCCGAAGCGAUUGUUUUGGACAUCGACUACAAGUCAGGAACUCCGAUGCAAAGGUAUGGUGGCCUUGUUUUCUUCCUCAGCUCAGUUUGCCUCCAGUCAUAAAGACUUGGAUUCCCUUCCCCUUCUGAACCCAGGGGUGGGGGGUGUCUGUGGAUUACAGCUUCCACCAUCCCUUGCAGCCAACAUGGCCAGUGGUCAAGGGGCUGCAGUCCAACCACAUCUGGCCCAUUUCCAUUCUGUAUUAUUAUUCACUUUUCCUACUCUUAAUGUCCUUCCAGUGCUGCCAAAGCACCUUACUUGGCCAAGUUUAAGGUGAAGCGGUGCGGAGUCAGCGAACUCGAAAAAGAAGGUCAGUACAGUAGCUUCCCAGUACAUAUGAUGUUGUCCCCAUUUACAUUAGAGUUUCCUGCAGAGUAUUCCUUUAUUUUAGCUGAAAUGUAACAAUCCUUGGUUCCCCUUGAAGAAGAAUAUAAUUUACAUGGGUGUAUUCCAUGUGCUUUUCAUAUCAAGUGCCUGUGAGUUACAAGGAAGUGAUUGUUAUAGUCAGUAAGAUCAACCUUUUCCAUGAAGCCUUUGGCACAGUCCCCUAGACCCUAUGACCUUACUGUGUGUCUAAAGGUAAAGGUACCCCUGACCAUUAGGUCCAGUCGUGACCGACUCUAGGGUUGAGGCGCUCAUCUUGCUUUAUUGGCCGAGGGAGCUGGCGUACAGUUUCCGGGUCAUGUGGCCAGCAUGACUAAGCCUCUUCUGGCGAACCAGAGCAGCGCACGGAAACGCCGUUUACCUUCCCGCUGGAGCAGUACCUAUUUAUUUACUUGCACUUUGACGUGCUUUCGAACUGCUAGGUGGGCAGGAGCAAGGACCGAGCAAUGGGAGCUCACCCUGUCAUGGGGAUUCGAACUGCUGACCUUCCAAUUGGCAAGCCCUGUGGUUUAGACCACAGCACCACCUGCAGAGGAAAUAAUUGUAUAUCCUUUCCCUGUUUGCUGGAGCCUCCUCAUUUCUGUUGUGUGAAACUUUCUACGUAUUUCUUUAUUCUACUCAUUUGGUUCCUGUCUGACCUUUCGAUCCAGAAAGAUUGCUGGGAUUACUUUUACCUCCUGUGGAACAUGGCAUAGCUCUGCAGUUGCCUCUCCUCUCUUUCAGUGGUGGCUGGUGCCCAUUGCGGCUGGUUGGGUGAAAGACAGGGGAGGCCGACAGUAGGUGGCGCCAGAGCCAAUGACCAGCAGAGCCAGCUCAAGCUAGCUUUGUCUCCCAAUCCUCCUCCUCCUGGCUGGCUGGCUAGCUAUUUAUCUAUUUAUCUAUAGCACAUUCAGUAUAGAAAAUCCAAUAAAAAACAGCAACAGAACCAUUCUAAUAGGAAACUCAGAAACAAAUGAUGAUUAUUUUUUAAGGGAAGGAGAAGUAAUAUUUUAAAGAUCGUAUCCGAAAAUAUCAUCCUGCACAUUAGGCAGGAAAAACCAGAUGCACAAAUAUAGGGUGGGGGACGUCUGGCUUACUAGCAGUACAUGUGAAAAGGAUCUAGGGGUCUUGGUGCACCACCAGCUUAACAUGAGGCAACAGUGUGAUGCAGCAGCAAAAAACAAAAAAACUAAUACUAUUCUAGGCUGCAUCAACAGAAGUAUAGUUUCCAGUUCAAGGGAAGUUAUAGUACCACUCUAUUCUGCCUUGGUCGGACCACACUUGGGCACCACAAUUUAAGAAGCUGGAACAUGUGCAGAGGAGGGCAACCAAGAUGAUCAGGGGUCUGGAAGCUAAGCCUUAUGAGGAGCGCUUGAAGGAACUGGAUAUGUUUAGCCUUGAAAAGAGGAGACGGAGGAGAUAGAAUAGCCAUCUUCAAAUAUAUUAAGGUCUGUCACAUGGAGGAGGGAGCAUGCUUGAUUUCGUCUGCUCUGGAGUGUAGGACUUGAACCAGUGGCUUCAAGUUGCAAGAAAGGAGAUUCUGACUUGUUGUCUCCUUCUCUUGGCAAGCUUGCAUGGAGUUCCAGCAUUUCUUCUCCCCAGUGCAUUUGGUUUUACUUGGAUUUCACACGCUUUCUAGGUCUGCGCUGUCGUUCGGACUCCAUAGACGAAAGCGGAGAAGAUGGGGUAGAGAGCAAGAAGAUUUGCUGGCAGGCAGCCAUCUUCAAAGUGGGCGAUGACUGCAGACAGGUAAGGAGGCCGCAAGCCCUUUCUCAGCAACGACCAGUUGAUCUGUGGCAGUAAUAAAUGCGCAUACUUUUAUUUAUUUUUUGGCUUUCUCCUGAGAGCAAAAAAACCCGUGCCUGCUGCCCCAUUACGUACAUAGGCUGUUACUCUGAGUAACUCAGUUGGAUAAUGACUUCAGAAUUUAUUGCAAGCAGUGAUAUCUGAGCUAUUUAUUUAUUUUUAUCGGUAAGAUUUUUCUCCCUAUCUUUUUCAAAAGGGGUUUUCAAGGUGGCUCACUGUGCAGAGUGACAUGAAGGGGCUGCCGUGGUAGAGCUGUGAACGCCCCCUGUCUGAAAGGCCCCCCCCAAUGGCAGCCAGCCAAUAUAGACCAAGGUGGUCCCAACACAUGGCCCGAGGGCCACAUGCGGCCCUCGAUGCCCUUUUCGGCAACUGUUGGCAACAUUUGACACCUGCAGCCCUCGUGCUUCCUUCCCAGAGCUGGGCAAGGAGGUGCUGGGACUUGGGUCUGGCAGGUCCCACCUCCUUCCCAAAGCUCUCUCAAGCUUUGGGAAGGAGGUGGGUGGGCUCUAGGAUCCUGCUAGAGCCUCAUGCCUCCUUUCCCAAAUCCCGGUGCCUCGCUUAGGUGGCUAUGAGAAGGUGCACAAGGGCUGGGUGUGUCAAAUUUUGACCUCACUCCCCAACCCCAGUGUGACAAGACAAUGUGCAGCCUGCAGGUUCCAUGUCAAAGUGUUCAUGUGGCCCACUUGUUAUGAAAAGUUGGGCUGCCCUGAUAUAGACACUGCUGAGCUAGAUGGACCAGUUGUUUGGCUGUGUAUGAGACAGCGUCCUAUGCUUAAUAGGAGCCUUCUGCAACUGAGCCAACUUAAAGCUUGCAGCAAAGAAAGAUGGAGAAAAAGCCCAGCGUGCCAUCCUCUCUCGUGGCAUAAGUAAGGCAUGUUCUAGCUCUAAGGCUAUGCUUUGAAGCACACUGUUGAGAUUAAGUGGACGUGCUCCAGCCAUUGGGCUUACACAAUUCCCUGCCUCCUUCGGCCAAAUCGGUUUCAAAUCCAGUUGCUUGCCUCUGUUUGCCUCUGCUGAAUCUGAUUUAGUUUCCUCCUAACAUGUCUUCCAUGCGUUGCUAAACAGGACAUGCUGGCGUUGCAAAUCAUUGACCUCUUCAAGAACAUAUUUCAGCUGGUGGGUCUAGACCUGUAUGUGUUUCCGUACAGAGUAGUGGCCACAGCCCCAGGGGUGAGUAUUUACUUAUUGACUCUUCAAAUGGAAAGACAGGAUUUAGUGCCCCUGGGAAGGGGCAACUUGCCACUCCUUUUCGAAAUCCCAUAUAUCUCUAACAAUGUGAGUGUUUUUCUCUGACAAACCUCCUUUUCCUCUUGCAGCCUCCAAGCGGUCCUCUAUAGGGGGCUGCACAACUAUAACUCCCAUCAGUCCCAGCAAGCAUGGAUGAUGGGAGUUGUAGUUCGGCGUCAGCCGGAGGGCCACGGGUUCUGCCUGCCUAUUCUAAAAUGUGUUCCUGACCUUUUAUUGUAUUGUAUUUCUAUACGAUGUGCAGCACCUAGCACAUACCGGCAACGUUAUUUUUUAAAAAUGAGCCUUGCUGUACGGCAAGGUCCAUGAGUUGUGGUCAUUAAUCUUUCUGCUUUCUUCUCCUAGUGUGGCGUCAUCGAAUGCAUUCCUGAUUGUACGUCCCGUGACCAGCUGGGCAGGCAGACAGACUUUGGGAUGUAUGACUACUUUACAAGGCAGUACGGAGAUGAAUCAACCUUGGCUUUCCAAAAGGUAUUCUGCCCGAAGCUGAGCCAGACUUGGUUGUGGUAGUGAUUUAACAACACCCCUCCACCCCCCACUCACCCACCCCCAGCCUGCAAUAAGACCUGCACCACCAGCCUGUACUCUCAGGAGGUUUAGGAAGAGAUUUGCUCUCCCAGACAUUUGUAUUUUGCUGCUGUCGGCCUCCUCUAGAGUCAGGAUAUGGGAACUGGCUGUAUGUAAUCUACCCUUCCUCUCUGAACUAUGUUUAAGCCAGGCUUUUUGGAGUACAGCAAGACCAGUACCAGAAACUUUAUUUAACUUUCGUUUUUGCUUUAUAUUUAUGUACCUAAGCCUAGAUUUGGUGAGGGUUAUUUUUUUGUAAUAAUGAAUUUAUUCUGUGUUUGCUAAAUUGUUGGUUUUUGUCACUUUGAAUUUACUGGCAUGUUCUGUAUUUGGUAUGUUUGCAUUUCCAAUAUUCUCUGUUUUUAUGUUUUGGAUGUUUGCCAUAAGCUGCUUUUGGCGUAGCUGGUUGUAGGAAAGCGGCUUAUAAGUAAAACCAAUCAACCAGCCGAUAUAAUAACAGCCAGGGAUGCAGUUCAGCAGCACCCCAAGGGCUACACAUGUGUCAUUUUUUAGAGGUUAAAAAUUAAAGGCACCCCCAAUUCUUCAAAAGUCAACUUAAUCAGCCCUGUAAAAUUGUUUGCUGCAAGACUCUGACAAAAUUAUUGGUUUCAGAGAUACCGACUUCUACCCCACUCUUCCUAUUAUCUCUGUAGUUUCUCAGUGAUGAUCUGAAAUUUAUAUUUCUUUUUCUUUGCUUAACCUAACACUACCGACACUUGACUCAUCCUUGCAGGCUCGUUACAACUUCAUCCGCAGCAUGGCUGCCUACAGCCUCCUGUUGUUCCUGUUGCAGAUUAAAGACAGGCACAAUGGCAACAUCAUGCUGGACAAACAUGGACACAUCAUUCAUAUUGGUUAGUUCACUCCUUGGUUUUGUUCUGUUUGUUUGUUUGUUUUUGUCAUUGAGAAUUUUAUUCUUUUCUGCACAACACGAAUGCAUGUAAAUACGUUCUAACGCAAGGACAUAUCCAGUUAGAGAAACAGCAGUAAGUAACGUUGAAAUAUACUGAAAUUAAACACCAAAACAGUUAUUUAUAUUCCAUGCAAUGUGUUUCAAAGCAUUAUAAACUGUUACCAACCUCAGGUAAGCUACCAUGUCUUAGUUUUCAUUGUUUAAAUCUAAUAAAAUUGUUUCAUUUAGCCAUUGUUGUAAAUUCCCCACGAUGUUUCUACCCAUUCUCUUAUAGUUGGAAUAUCAGAAAAACUCAUGGUGUGCUGGUUAGACUCUAGGGCUGAGGAGAGCUGGGUUCAAAUCGUCUCUUGGCUGCGAAACUCAGAAGGGGGCCUUGAGCUAGUCGCCAUCUCUCAUCCUAACUUGCUUCACAGGGUUGUUGUGAGGAUCGAAAGGGAGUGGAAAACUCUCUAUGCUGUCUGGAGCUCCUUCAAGGAAGGGAUAUAAAUGUAAUAAAUAGGUAAAGGGGACCAUUAGGUCCAGUUGCGGACGACUCUGGGGUUGCGGCGCUCAUCUCGCUUUAUUGGCCGAGGGAGCCGGUGUACAGCUUCCGGGUCACAUGGCCAGUAUGACUAAGACGCUUCUGGUGAACCAGAGCAGCGCACAGAAACGUCUUUUACAGCUGUUUAUCUACUUGCACUUUGACGUGCUUUCGAACUGCUAGGUUGGCAGGAGCUGGGACAGAGCAACGGGAGCUCACCCCGUCACUGGGAUUCGAACCACCGACCUUCUGAUUGGCAAGCCCUAGGCUCUGUGGUUUAACACACAGCGCCACCCGCGUCCCACAAAUGUAAUUACCGUAUUUUUUGCACCAUAACACUCACUUUUCUCCUCCUAGAAAGUAAGGGGAAAUGUCUGUGCGUGUUAUGGAGCGAAUGCCUGCGGGUGGCGGGGGGGAUCUGCUGCAGUCGUGAGCAGAGGAUCCAUGGUUCCCCUUCCUUCCCUCCUCCGUGGUUACAAAGCAUGGAUCCACAUGGAUCCUCAGGAUUUUUGCAUUGGGCUACUCCAAACUCACUGUCAGAUCACAUGUCUGUGGCCACAGCAUGAACCACAAAAAUCAUAUAUCCACUAUUUCGUUUAGAAUAUUUUUUUUCUUGUUUUCCUCCUCUAAAAACUAUGUGCGUGUUAUGGUCUGGUGCGUGUUAUAGAGCGAAAAAUACGGUAAUAAAUAAAACCAAUUGGUAGAAGAGGUGCUCAUCUGUUUAUGAAUUCUCUUUGGCUUCUAAUGUGUGAUGUGAAAUUUCAUUGGUCCAUGUCUAAGGAUGCUUAGGCCACACUUUCAGAGGCCAAGAGUUCUCUCCUAGCAGAGACUUAGAGUGCCUAUAUCCUCAAGACAAAACUGACGAGUGCAGGUGAUGUUUAACCCUUUCCCUGCCAGCUAUUUCCCCGCUGAAAAUCAUGCGCCCUGAUGAGGCUCAGGGCAUGUGUUGUAAACGCACACCCCAAACUUCAGAGGGGGGAGGAGCCGCACUUGGCGAGGUUGAGAUUUUGAGUGGGAAAGUAUCCUGUGUGGAAAGGGUAAAGGGCUCUUUUUCUCCCUGCCAUUCCUUUUCCAGUCCUAGACAGCCUCCGGUGGCUGCACUGCCAAUUGGAGCCAUGGGCAUUGAUUACUUUUGAAUGAGGGAGCAGAAUGGGCUUGUUUGAUCCUUCUUGUGUUUUGUUUGCUUCCCCUCUCUCUCCCCCCCCUUCCCUGGCACAGACUUUGGUUUCAUGUUUGAGAGUUCUCCCGGCGGAAACCUGGGCUGGGAGCCAGACAUCAAGCUGACCGACGAGAUGGUUAUGAUAAUGGGAGGGAAGAUGGAGGCCACGCCUUUCAAGUGGUUCAUGGAGAUGUGCGUCAGGGGGUACCUGGCAGUCAGGUGAGGAGGCUUGCACUCUGGAGUCAAUCUCGAGCCCAAAUAAUAAUAAUAAUAGUAAUUUAUUAUUUGUACCCCGCUCAGCUGGCUGGGUUUCCCCAACCACUCUGGGCGGCUUCCAACAAAGAUUAAAAAUACAUCAAAAUGACCGAAUUACACCAAAGGCCAGCUCAUCUUUCCCAAGGACCAUUCCUGCAACUGCCUUGUGGUGGGAGGGGGGAGGUUGGCAUCACAGCUGCCAAUCCUAGAGGAACGGGGGCUGCCUUUGUCGCAGUAAUUUUGUUAUGGCUGAUAGAUUGCAGGUGGCAACCCAGCCUCAUCGGCAAACAGGAGAUGAUUACACUGUGUAGAUUUAAUUACAGUAAUAAGGUGUGGUCCACCCCCAGACCGAGUCCCUCUGGUUUUAUUUUCUUUCUUCAGAUACAGGAGAGGCUCUAAUAAUUCCCUCUCCUCUCUCUGUCCAUGUCUAUGUCUCUCCCUCCCCCCCUUGCGCAGGCCUUACAUGGAUGCCGUGGUCUCUCUGGUGACGUUGAUGCUGGACACAGGACUGCCCUGUUUCCGAGGGCAGACAAUCAAACUGUUAAAGUAAGUCAUGCCUCUUUUCUAAUGGCGGGGGCUGCCCUCUGGAAGCACAAGUUAAGCAGGCCUGGGCCCAGUUUGGGCCUGAAUUGCAGCCUGCCUUGAGUUCCACAUGGAGCUUUUUCUUAACGGGCACAGCCAGACUCAGAAUGGGCAGCCAUGGGGCGGGUCUGUGGGGAGGUUGCUGUUCAAAGGACAACAUUUGGGCAAUUCGAAAAAUAAGGGUCGUGCAAAAGUUGCAUUUUGUCAGUUGAGGUACAAAGUGACUGAUAACAAUAGGAAAAGCAAAUCGUAUAGUCUGGACUCCCCUAGAUUUAUUUAUUUGAAGCGUUUGUGCCCCACUCUUCAGCCAAAUAGGCCCCCAAAGUGCCUUACAUGCAGCCAGUUAAAACAAGACAGGUCUCUGCCCACACGCUUUCCGUCUAAAAGGCACGAUGCACAAGGGGAAGGGGAUAGGGAGGGAAAGCAAAGUUGGGAACCAUCCUUAAGUACUAGCUUUUACAGGUAAAGGUAAAGGUAAGGUAAAGGACCCCUAGACGGUUAAGUCCAGUCAAAGGCGACUAUGGGGUUGCGGAGCUCAUCUCGCUUUCAGGUCAAGGGAGCCAGCAUUUGCCCACAGACAGCUUUGCAGGUCAUGUGGCCAGCAGGACUAAACCACUUCUGGCACAAUGGGACACUGACAGAAACCAGAGCGCAUGGAAAUGCCGUUUACCUUCCUGCCACCUAUUUAUCUACCUGCACUGGCGUGCUUUCGAAUUGCUAGGUUGGCAGGAGCUGGGACCGAGCAACGGGAGCUCACUCUGUGGCAGGCAUUCGAACCGUUGACCUUUUGAUAGGCAAGCCCAAGAGGCUCAGUGGUUUAGACAACAGCGCCAUCCCCUAUAGCUUUUACAACGACCAACUGGCACAGAAAGGCUGGAGGUACCUUAUGGAGCUGGUCUUUCAGCAAAGCUAAUGGGAUGAGCCCUGCUUCCCAUUUAUCCCCCUGUGGCAGCCUGAUGGAAUGGCUUCUCCUGGGUGACAGAAGCACCCAGCUGGCCUGAUGGAGCUGGUCUUUCAGCAGAGCUUGAUGGAACAAGAAUCCCGGGUCUUGAACGAGCAUUCUUGUGUCUCCUUCCUCUGCCUAAGGCGCUCCUCAGAAUACUGUCAAGUUCGCAGUUCUGAGGAUUUCCUCCCACUCUUAACGCAGGCUUCCAAAUGUCAAGAAGCGUGUCCUCUGAGCAAGGAAGCAUCCCUGAGGAAAGGGCACAGGUGUGAAAGAGCAGCCCACACCUGGCGUGCAGAUUAGAAUCGCACCCCUCUGAGCAGUUCUAAAUUUUCCUUUUGAAAAAGCAGCCCUGGUUCCAUAAAGUGCAGUGAAUUUUUUGUAGAUUUUAAAAAUUAAAUUUUCACAAAAAUAAAAAGCUUGCAUUCAAGAAAGAAGCAUAAAAUAAAACGUUUAAAACAACUGUAUACAUUGUCGGUAUCAAAUCCACAUUAUGGGAUUACUUGAAUCCCUGAAGUGCAGUGAAUUAACUGAAUGACCAAAGCGUGGCGCGGCAUUCAAGAGCGUAGGCAUUGGAUCGUUCCCAUAUCUGGAAGUGAAACAACAUGGGACUUUAGAAUAAAUGGGAUUAGGAUCCAGCUGACUGGCAUCAGCCAGAUUUUCACAGAGCAGCCUGUGUCUCACUUUGUUGUCAGAAUCAGAGGCUCUAACUAAGAGAUGAGACAUUUUUGUCCUCGUAAGAACAUAUUCAAGUUGGAGCAACCACUGCCUCCUAGGAGGGCGAGUUCCAUAGCUUGUGCUGCUUGAAGAAGUCCUGUUUUUCCCCCAUCUCUCCCGAAUCUUCCAACAUUCAUCUUCAUUUGAUAUCCACAACUUCUGGCGCUGUGUGAGAGGGAGAAAUAACUUUUCUUCCUCCACUUUCUCCAUGCCCAUGCAUGAUUAUGUCUCAUCUCACUUGCCUUUUCUCCAAACUGCAAAGUCCCAAACUCUUGAGAUCUCCUCUGCUUCCUCCUUGACAGGAACAGGUUCAGCCCCAACAUGACGGAGAGAGAAGCGGCCAACUUCAUCAUCAAGAUAAUCCAGAGCUGCUUCCUCAGCAACAGGUAGGCCUCUAUGCUUCUGCUGGCUUAUUUCCUGGCUGUUCUCUAGCGAAGGAACCCUUCUCAGCCCAAGGGCCGCAUUUCCUUCGGGGCAGCCUUCCAGGGGCCGCAUCCCAAUUGUGGGCUGGAGCCAGAGGCAAAACCAGGAGGAGCGAUGAAUGAGAAUUGUACCUUUGGCGCAGUAGGCUCCAUCCUCCAUCCAGACAAGUGGUAUUACUACCCUAGCAUUCCUUCUUCUGUAACUGACCCUUAGCAGUGAAAACAGUGGAAGCGUCUGUAUUUCCCUCAGUCUGCCCAGCUCUAAAACCCUAAAAGGAGCUUUAUAUGUACUGCCUCCCAAACCUCUUCCACACCGUCUAGGGCUAGAUCUCCAGUGAUCUGGAAAACACUAUUUAAAAACACGUUAUUUUCCAUUGGUGAAAGAUCGCUGCUCUACAGCACCCUCUGGUGUCACAUUUUUAUAACACCUUGUUCACGUGACCGUGGUACAUUGGUUCUCAAACUUAAUCCAUUCCGGAAGUCCGUUCCAAAACCAAAGCGUUCCAAAACCAAGGUGCGCUUUCCCAUAGAAAGCAAUGCAAAAUGGAUUAAUCCGUUCCAGACUUUUAGAAACAACCCCUAAAACAGCAAUUUAACAUGAAUUUUAUUAUCUAAUGAGACCAUUGAUCCAUAAAAUGAAAGAAAUAAACAGUGUACUGCAGUUACACAAUCAGUCAAUCAAUCAGAAACUGAACUGGGUUCCAUACAGUCACAAAAACAAAAAAAGAGCCACAAAAACACAAAAUAAACAGCAGAAACAGACAGACCUCAGUGUAACACUCAAAACGGAAGUGUGGCACUCAAAACGGAAGCGUAACACUCAAAACUGAGCAUGUUCGGCUUCCGAAAUAGUUCACAAACCAGAACACUUACUUCUGGGUUUGCAGUGUUUGGAUUCCAAGUUGUUUGAGUACCAAGGCAUUUGAGAACCAAGGUACCACUAUAACUCACCGGUGACCACUUCUGAAUCGCCUUCUGUUUCGUUGCCUUUUUUCCAGGAGUAAGACCUACGAUAUGAUCCAGUACUACCAGAACGACAUUCCUUAUUGAACCCAGACGGGGUUAUCCUGGGGGAUCCAGAACCCCGUCUCCGUUGUUCCAGCCUAGAAACGUGAUUUCCUGGAAGUCACUGUGUACUGCCUCCGGUCAAUCCUCUCUGCGUGCGUGUGCAUGUGAAUGUGGGUGUGCCCGUUUUACAGGACCCUUGUAACAAUCAGCACCUCCCAAAUAGUUCCUCUUAUCUUCGCCAGGGUGUCCGUGUCCCUAGAUUGCACAGCAGCUGGCUGCAGUCGCGGAUUUUAAAAAAACCUGUCGCAGCUACGAAUGAGUGUAAAACUCAGCAAGGAAACGAUAAACCCGAGGAGUGUGGCGAUUGCCAGGGGGUUUUGUUUUGGCUUUUGGAAGCAAGUUCCAUUAAAACGCCCACUCUGUGGGAUCCGGCAGCAGUCAAAUGCUCUAGAGUCGCUGCUCAGUGCAGCGAGGAAGCAUUAAGUUGCUCUUCGUGAAUGCUGUAGAAAUUGUAAUGAUAAUCGUCUGUAGGUGGUGAUAGCCCUGCAUCUCUGUUAAUAUUGUACUUUGCACUGUAAAUGGUUCCUGCUCCACGGUCAGUAUUUCGUACCUACAUGAAGAAUGUAUUUCCUCCCUCCUUUUGUGUGGUUUUAAGGAGAGAAACUCUAUCCAAGAUAUAUUUAAUCUAAAAAAAAAAUGGAAUUAAAAAAAAAGAAGGCCUUAGGAUACUUUACGUCUCUGCUCCAGCGUUUGUUUUUGUUUUUUAAAAAUAAUAAAAACAACCGGCUUUAGAAAUC